AGAGGGAGGGAAAGGAGGGGGGGAGAGAAAGGAAAGAAUGAAGCGCAGCCUGCAAGCGCCGCGACUCUGAGCGGCGCCGGCGAUCCGGGCGGUCGGUGGGUCGUCUGCGCUGCUCCGCGGAUCCAUGUAGCGUCCAGGCGGCCGCUGGGCGCUCUCACGUCGAGGCGGCCUCCCCGCUUGCCUCUUGCUGGGGCCCAGCCUCGUGAACCAGCCAGCUAGCCAGCGUCGCCCUCCCUCCGGCCAGCGCUUGGGCAGCUGGCGGCGUGCCUGCCCCUCGGGCCGCGGGACUCGCCAGGCACGCACUCACCCCGUCGGGCGGCUAAAAUGAGCGAGAGGAGGCGCUCGGCAGUGGCCCUCAGCUCGCGAGCGCACGCCUUCUCCGUGGAGGCCCUCAUCGGCUCGCACAAGAAGAGGAAGCUCCGCGACUGGGACGACAAAGGCCUGGAUUUGUCCAUGGACAGCCUCAGCCCCGACGGGCAGCUGCCGGACGCCGACGACCCCGCCCAGUGCUUGGACCUCAACGCCAACGGUGAGUGGCCUGGACGGGGUUGGAUUUGGGGAGGGGGAGAAGGAAGGAACGAAAGGGUCCGCGGACGCGCCUUGGGGCGGCUGGAGAGUCCUCUUGGCACGCGGAAGUCGUGGUCAAAUGCGAGGCCAGAGCCCGUCCAGCGAGACAGGCGUUCGUUCUGGCCUGCGAAGGCUUGACCUUCCGCCGACAGGUGUUGCUGGAGGGGCCCCGGAAUAAUGGCCGAAUUUUUGGAGGUUCCUGGUGGAAACCAUUCAGGCUGCAACCGACGGAGACAUCUUUCGGGAAGGUUAAUUUAGCACAGCCUCCCCGCAGAAUGGUAGCUUUGGAAGCGACCCACAGGGCCGUCUCGUCCGACCCCCUGAAAUGCAGGAAUCGCCUCAAUGUUGCUUGUGGUUUUUAAUAGCCGUCGGGGAAACUGUAUCUCUUGAACCCUGGCCCGGGCGUCCCCAGGGACUCGGCCUUCCCACCCCUUGCCUUGCCUUGCCUUCCUCUUGCUGCCAGGCACCCCCUUCGCCCCUCCAGGACAGGAAUAGACCCGCUGAUGGCUAUUAAUAGCCAAAGGCAUCAAGGCAAUCGAAAGAGCGCCCCCCGAAGGGCCAAGCGGCGCUGGGUGGGCGACGCACGCUCCUUGCCACCUCGCCACUGCCGGGCCCGGGAGAGAGCUGGGAAAGGGGCGCCUCCUCGCGCGCUCCUACCGCGAACAUAUCCCGGGAUGGAGACUCGGGUCUCCGAGCGCGGAGAAGUCCGGGGAAGUUCACUCAGGGACGCCACAGGACCAGGUCUUGGGCCCACGGGCGGGAGCUGGGCUGCGGGUCCUGCGGGAAAGAGGCGCCGCGAUUGGCAACCCAGCUUGGAGACUAUUUUCGUUCAAGCGGCUCCACUUCAGAGUCCUUGGCCCGCGGAGCCCGGCAGCGAGGAUGGACGGACCGGGCUCCUGCGAGGACCGGAUCCGCCUCUCCUUCGCCACGGCUCCAGCGGGCUCGGUGUAGUGUUAGCAAAGACUUGUCUACUUCUUCACGUCGGUUCCUCUUCCGCAUCCUGGUCUUUCAGGACGCAUGCCAUAUAUCUACUAUAUUUAUUUAUAGCUGUAUCUAUAGCUGUAUUUGUGAUCCGUAUGUAUAUAUAUGAGCCUAAGCAGCCUUACUCAGAAGUAAGUCCCAUGUAGUGCAUGGGGCCUUACGUGUAUACGUGGGAUCGUAGCCUCCACAAAUAAUUCCUGACAUCCCAGGUGAUCGUUUUGAAUUUUCAGCUUUUUAACCGUUUCCCGUUUUAAGCAGUGCUUCCUGUAAAUUAUUUUGGUCUUCCAAUGACACUAUUGCGAGAAAGAGUUUAAAAACGCCAUUUGAUGGAAAUCCGUUUUUUUCUCUGUUUGGCUGUAUGUGUCAAAUCACUUCAGUUAUAAUUCGAACGACGGUUGUUUAAUUACUGUGAAUAUUAUUUUUUAAAAAAUAAGGACUUCAAAAGUAGGAAAGAGCUGAAAAUCUGUAAUUUUCCAAAACGUAAUUUUUUCCUGUUGCAGUAAAUCCCUUUUCUUUGGGUUAAAACCUUAAGUCAAUUCGUGUGCCUAGGAGUAUAAAUACAGGCCAGAAUUACCGGUGGAUUGUUUAAUGAAGUUGCCCGCUCGAAGUCAGUCCCUUGCUGGGAGGAUCGAGCGAGCGCCCACUUCAAAGUGCCGUCGAGCCUCCAGCGGGCUUAGAUUUCCACGUAGACAAGGAUCGAAGUCCUUUUUGCAAGUCCUUUCCCCGCUUCCUACACUUCCCCUCAAUGCGAUGAGGCUUAAAAAACAAAACAAAAUCCCUAUUCUGACCUCUCCGCUGUAGCCGAAGCCCCGUCGGGGGACAGCGAGUCGCACCUCGCUCGGAUUCUGCAUGAUUUUUGGAUUUUGCCGUCCAGUCUCGGAAAAGCGCAAUUCCCUGGGAUGUUUUCCAGCCACUUCCUCGAGCAGUCAGUGGAGCUUUGCGCAGGAGAACUGCCCGGUCAAUCGGUCUCUGAAAUAUAGUGGCUUUCAGUCCGAUUUGCAGUUCGCGGGCCUUUCCCACUUUGCCUCACGGGUGAAUUAUUUUAACUCAGUAGGACAAGGCCCGUCUCACAGCCGUGUUCCCCGAGGGCCCUCUCUGCUGUGAAUCGAACUCCUUCCCUCUCUUAUUACUUCUACUUCAAGUGGGGUGAUUUUGUAAAAAAAUAAAUAAAUUGGAGGGCUCGUCUUAAUUACAAAUGUCUUAAUUAUGCUCUGCCUCGGAAAGAAUUAGAGAAUAACGGGUGCGGGCGGGACAGCAGCUUCCUUGCCCCUCGUUAUAGCCUCCCAAGUCUCCUGGAACCGCAUUUAAUAGCCCUUCGAUAAGCGCUUCUAGGAACCGUCGGAAAGAGACCUUGCGAAGAAAGACGUUUGAGAUUCCGGAGGCGAAAAUUGAUUUUCUGGAGGGGCCGCGAAUCCGGGAAUCCAGACUUGGGUUUCGAAAGUUCUUACACAAAGGAAAGAAUAUAGAGAGAUCUAUCUGGGGGAUUCCUUCCCCACCCUUCCCCAAAACCCCCACACCGCUUUACUCCCCCCACACCUCUCGGAGGAGGGCGCACAUUGUUCAGCUGUUUGCAGUCCCAUAGAAGCGAGAUGUUUUUCAACUUAGCAGGACCGACGGCGAUCCCUGCUCCACCCCCGCUCCCAGCGGAUUCGUUUCGAAGGAAUCCCCCGGGCUGAGGGUCGGAAAAGGAGAAUAGCGAAGGGAAACGCGAGGUCGAGGCGAGGGGCAUUUGCGCAAAGCACCAAACCAGAACAGAAACAGGGACUGGCUGCAGCAAGAAGAUAAUAGUCACCCAAAAAAAUCACAAAAGGCAAAUCGUUAGGGGAAAGAGCCCAUUGCAACAGCCGCCUAGAUCCCGAGAUUAUCGCGAUCAUUAUUGACAUUUAUUUCUGACGCCAACAAUGUGGGCGGCGGGAGGGAAGCACAGUACUUGCUUACUUAAACCAAGAAUGGGGUGUGUGGCGGGGAUCUCGCUGCAACGAUAAAAAGCACAAGGCGAGACCUGGCUGUUGCUUUUUAACGAAGCCCGCUCUAUACACAAGAAGCGUGGCUGGUUACCUCUUGUAACGCAGCGGGCCACGAUCUGCGCCCUGCGCCAGGCCUCAAAUUCAGCGUUCAUUAUAUUUGCAGCGUGCUCUGGUCCAUGGGGUCACGAAGAGUCGGACACGACUAAAGGACUAAACAACAACAACAAUAUUUGCAGCUGUCCUCUAAAACACCGGAUCAUAGUUAAAAGUUCUUAAAGAGCUUUGGUGCUGUUGCGGAGCCGCCCAACCUAAACGCGUCCUGGAAGAAACCUAAAACACGGCUCUAACUUCGCACCCCGUCUUUUCUCCCGCUACUCCCCGUCAUAAUACGUAUUUCUCCUCCCGCGUGGGCUUUGCCCUAGACCCGUAAGCCUGACAAGUCCUCUGUUUCCCUGCUCUUGCCGCUGCAAAACGCGCCGGGCGUUCGCUCUCUCUCUCUCUCUCUCUCUCUCUCUCUCUCUCUCUCUCUGUGUGUGUGUGUGUGUGUGUGGCGGGGGGCACACUGGGACGGCGGAUGAUCCUCUUUACCUAAAAGGACGAGUCCAGUUUGGAAGAAGUUUGGCUGGCUCCUCGGUUUGUCUGGAUUUCUGCCUAACCCAGUCUGCCAGUUUCGCCCCGGACUAGGUUAGCUGAAGCAAAAACCCUUUCGGGUAGGAUGCGCCAUUCGGUUAAUCCGAGGCACAGCCUUGGAAAAAGAGAAAAGUGUUCUUGCUUCUCGGGGUCUUUUUCCUUAAAAAUAAAAUAACACUGGAGAGUUUGGAGGGAUAUUUUAAAAAAAAUAUCGAGACAUUUUUAAAGAUUCUGACCUGCUAAGCAUCUUCCCAGUCGUUCUGUACACAGCCGACACUGCAAGAAGAGAUGCCAGCAGAAACUAAGGGUUCAGGAGUCUUUUCAGAGAACAAACAAACCUGGAAGCAAAACUAUAUAUGAUCUUGCGUGUCCUUCCUUGCAUUUUUCGGGGUAGUGAUGGUGGGAGGGUGGGUACCGUUUUCCACAGCGAUUCCACUUUCUAUUAAUCUCUCAGCCACAUGCCACCUAUGUGAUGGUGUGUUUUCCCCCGAUGAGCUUACGACCUUCUCCUCCUCCUCCCGCCCUCAGCGCCGCACACGUGUCCUAGGUGCAGAGAUUUUUUCACACAUAGUUUAUGCCCUCGACUGGUGUAUGCAACGAUCUGGGUGGGUUUGGGGACACCGAUCUGACAGUGGCAGUAGAACAUUGAGUAGAACAGGGUGUCGUCGGCCCCUUCUAAAAGUGGGCGCGCAGGGAAAAAGUUUGUGAAAAGGAAGGAGACGUUCUUCCCGAGUCAGACUGGGAUGGUGGGGCAAGUGGAGGAACAGCCCCCCUCCAGGGUCAGCCAGUGGGGGUCCUCUUCGAGAGAGAAUUUAGCCCUUUUUAAUUGUGACAGCAGGAGGUCUCCACACACACCUCAGGAUCCUACCCCGUUCCCAGAUUUUCUUUCUCAGAGAGGAACCUGCCCCUUAGUUUGGGAUCGGCUCCGAUGAAUCUGUGGCAAUACAGCCCAAACUACAACCCCCUUCAGGUGAGCAGUUUAGAUGCUUUAUAGUUGUGCAAUCCUCCCCAUAAUUAUCCCAAAAGUUUCAUUGAAAUCAACGAGAUUUUCUUCCAGACGCAUGCAAAUUAUCAGGCUGCUGGAAUGGAAAUUGGUGGGAUUUCAAACGAAUCCCCAAAUGCUGUGUUUAUUUUCAUUAAGCUCAAUGAAGGUAUGGCUUCGUGCUUGGCCCGCUGACUUGGAAGUAUCCAUCUCUGGACUAUGCGCCCCUAAACACAUUUAGGUCAGAGGCCUAAACUUGAAUCUAAGCACGUUUCCUUAACUGGGUGGAUAGUUACUGCUUUCUGUGCCGAGUAACUGUUUGCUAACCUGUUUCCGAGCCCGGCAAAAGUGCCAAAAUUUGAGCAGAAUUAUAUUCCCACAACCUUCACCACGCCGUUUUGGAAUAAACUCAGUUGGAGUUAUUUGGCUGUGCUCGCCAGUUAUAUGUUGGGGGUCAAAGUUGCCGGCUAGGACCUAUAGUUGAUCCUAUCCAUAUUUAUAGUUAUCGGGUCCCCGUUUUUUUAGAGGGUCUUGCUUCCUAGUGCCUUUGCCUAGGAUCACAUCUUAAUCAGCCGCAGCCCAAGAAGCUUCAGUUUAUCUGGGUUGCAGAGCAGGCUGUGAGUUUGUUAUGCACAGCUGUCCAUCAUAAAAUGUGGACUGUGUAAAUGGUGCUGGCCGUCACAGUGUGCAUUAAAAUAACCCCCCUAGAGGUCAGGGCAAGGCAAACGGGAAGAUUUUCUUCCAAUAUGAUUCCCUUUUAUCUCUUUUAUGUUGAUAACUCAGAGAGGGGGUUUACAUAAACCAGAGAACUACCAACUAGUCCAUCUGUUUUUGUUAAUAUAGUUUUAGUAGUUGUACUUUUAGGUCCAAUAAUCAGAAAGAACAGAAGAAAAUUAAACUUCUUUGCUCUUCUUUGCUCAACAAAGGUUUUACUUAUUUAUUCAUUGUGAGUUCACCUUAUUUUUUUGGUUUCUUUAGUGUUCUACUUGCAUUUCUCAACUUCAUUGUGAAGUUGUUCGAUGAAGAGGUCUUAUUGCUGGGCAGCAUCUCUCUGUGGCAUCAUGGUUCUGCUGAGAGAGCUGUAGGUCAAGUUUAAUUUUAUAGUUUAACCAAAAGGUCAUAAUGAUAAAAUGUCAAACAUAGGAAGUAUGGUUCAAAUGAAUGUGUCUGCAGUCUAGCAAGAAUAUGGAGGCUUUUUUUUUGCCUCAGUUUCUGAGCAGCCAUUGCAAAUUUUGAGAUUCGAUUUGUGGCACAUUUCUCCUGAUUUUAUUUUAUUUUUUAUUUAAAAACAACAACCAAUCUUUGUAAAAUCAAAAAAAUUAGCUAAGGUCUUCAGGUUCAAUAGAGAUGGUGCAAUGGAAUACAUAAUGAAACACUGUUUAAAUUUCAUUGGCCCCACAGAUGCAUAAUAAUAAUAAUAAUAAUAAUAAUAAUAAUAAUAAUAUUUAUACCCCGCCCAUCUGGCUGGGUUACCCCAGCCACUCUGGGCAGCUCCCAACAGAAUAUUAAAAACACGAUAAAACACAAAACAUUAAAAACUUCCCUAAACAGGGCUGCCUUCAGAUGUCUUCUAAAAGUCAGAUAGAUGUUUAUUUACUUAACAUCUGAUGGGAAGGUGUUCCGCAGGGUGGGUGCCACUAUCGUGAAGGCCUUCUGCCUGCUUCCCUGUAACCUCACUUCUCAUGGUGAGGGAGCCGUCGGAAAGCCCUCGGAGCUGGAUCUCAGUGUCCAGGCUGAAUGAUGGGGGUGGAGAUGCUCCUUCAGGUAUAUGCUGUUCAACUGGAAUUUUCCAAGAACAGUGAUCAGGACAUUGUUAAGCCAUUACUUGGAGCCUGAAUGGUGCCUGAAUUGGUACCUGAAGCCAGUGGAUGCUGGUCCACUAUGGUGAAUGGGGCCACCAACCUUAAUCUGCCUUCAGCCAGCCCUCACCCAACUGCCUUCUUACUUACAAGUGGCCUAGAGCAUGGCCUUCCCACCAGCUUCCUCCUGCUUAGUCUCAGUGUUGCCCUCAGCAGGAAAGAGACAGGAGUCAAAGCUAGAACUAGGUGGCUCUGCCUCUCGUUGGCUGAGCUUGCUCUUGUGAUUGGCUCUUGCGCCACCUACUGCUGACAUCCCUGCCUUCUGCCCUAUCAGUCCCAAUGGACACCAGCACCCACAGCUGGAAGCAGAGCAACAAUGGCACCCCUCUCCUCAAGGCGAGGUGCAAUAUACGGCAAGGCUAACCAAGGUAUUCUGGACCUCAUUCAGGAAAGUUCCACAGAUACCUCUCUGCCAUUCUAGCAGUAAAAAUACAAGAAGAAAAAAUAAGUAAUGAACAACUUGCUGCCUUUUUGCUUUGAAUUUCUUGGGGAAAGUGAAACAAUAACAACAAUAACAACAACGUCUCCACCCCCACGGUCAUCAGCUGUGUCUGAGGCUGUCUAAUGGUAGGGUCAAUCUAAGAUGGCAAAUUAAUAAAGGGACUCAGUAGGUAAUGAAUGAGACUCUUAAUCUCUGGGUUGUUGGUUUGAGCCCUACGCUGGGCAAAUGAAUGAAUGAAUCGGUUUAUUUCAGUCACUGACCCGAUUGUACGCUGGGCAAAAGAUUCCUGCAUUGUAGAGCGUUUGACUAAAUGACCCUCGUGGUCUCUUCCAACUCUGCAAUUCUAUGAUUUUAUGAAAAUAACUUUCUAAAGCAUGACUAGGUUUUGCAGGGUGAGGGUAUAGUGAAAAUGCUGUGGUUUGACUCGACUCCAUAUCUAAACUAGGGAGAAAAUGCUUUAAUCUCUUAUGUAACCAAUGUUUUGAUUGAUCUAGGCUUCACUAUCUUAAAUUCCGGGGGGUUAAUGCCCAGUGCCCCUAGUUUUAAUGCCCCCUUUCCCUAUUUGACUUUCCAGUAACUGCUGCUAAUAUCACUGCCUUGUUCCAGAAAAGUUUAAAAUAACAUAUACAGAAGGAACUAAAAGCGCACCAUUUUAUCUGCGUAAGUCUCACUUCUACUCCAAUACAUGCUGUGGGUGUUCCAGGCAAAGUUGUUAGGAAUUUAUUUAGUGAGAGUUCCAGCCGUUUGGUCUCAAUCAAACCCCAAGCCACAGCAUCGUAAUUGGGGGGAAGAAACCUCUGGUUUGAGCACUCUCAGGGAUAGGAGGGUCAGACCACUCCCUUUCCUCCACGAAACCCAGGAAUAGCUUGUGAAGACUGAGUAGCUUUUAGCUUAGCUCACAUCCUUGCUCCUGUUUCUGCAGAUGUCACCCUCGAAUCGUCGAAACAACGAACUUGCCCAAUGAUUUCAUUAUCUAGGGUCCCUGUUUGACAUGCAGUCCAAUCCCGAAAAGCAGCCAGUUUUAUUUCAGUGUAAUUAAUAUAUAACUGCUCUCUCUGUCAGAUUGCCUCCCUUCAACCUUUCAAAAGCCUUCUCGGCCCUGUGUGGGAGUUAUAAUAUAAAAGUGUGUGUGUGCUUGUGUGUAACCCUAGACGACUGUCUAAGCAAUCCUCAUAAUACUACAAGAUGUGCCCAAAUUAAUCUCUCUUGCUCUUCAGCCUGACACCUCAGCUUCAGCAGCUGUGGGAGGGAUAUUUAUAAAGUUGACUGCCAUUCUGCUUGGCCUCUGACUCUUUCCCCUGAUCCCAAGCUGGAGGCUGUUUGAGGCGUAGCAGGUGGUUAGGGUGGGUGCCUAACAGUGCUCAGAGCCUAUUUGUCUGUUUGUUUAUUGCUCCCAUGGGGAAGGGAAACAAGGAAGAAUCUCCAGCACAUUCGAUCUGGGAAGUCAAGUUGCCCUCAGCACAGUUCUCUCUCCCCCCCCUCCAUUGCAUACCAAUACCCAUUUUGGGAGGCUGUAGAGGAAUUGGAGCUGAAAGCACUAAUUCAAUUAAUCAGCAGAUUAGCCAAUUAUCUCAUGAACUGCAGAUCAAGGAUGACAUGUUUUAACUGGACUGUCUCCCAUGAUGAUUAGUUAGUGCUGAUGACAUUAUAAGGAAUCUAUUUGACUUCCUUGGUCUCAAGUACGUUUGGCUGAUUUUUCCAAAGGUUUUUUUUUAUAGGUAAACAUCAAACUUAUGAGGAGAUUGUAAUAAUCAUUUAUUAGGUUUUAAAUGAAGUUGUGUUAGACGCUUAAUAUGAAUUAAAUACCCCUCAUGUGCAUCGAGAUGCACAUCUAGUUAAAUGAUUCACUCAAAGUAGGGCUGAUUCACAUAAUUUUGGCGGCUUCUUAUUUUGAACAGGUUUGGUUUUUAAAAAAAUUUUGGGUGACCCAUUCUGGAAAUAAACCCAAGGAAGGCUGAGCGAGUUAGCUUUUUAUUUUCUAAAGAAACAUUUAAUAGUCUGGGACAUAUAAGGAGCUUUGUUCGGGGUUUGUACAACUGCCACACAGCUGAACAUGUAUGUGCAGUAUCAAAAUAAGAAUCUGGAAAAAUAAGAAUCUGACCAUAAAGACAUAUAGGAGUUUAAAAUAUUGCUGCGGUCAGACCUCUCUUUGUCAGAAUUGAAUGAAAUUUGAAGGCAAAGUAGCCCUUUCUGUGGGUAAGAAGCAUAUUGAGUCUCAGACAGGUCCAGGGAUUUAUAGACUAGGUAGGACUUGCCGAUCAGAAGGUCGACGGUUCGAAUCCCCGUGAUGGGGUGAGCUCCCGUUGCUCGGUCCCUGCUCCUGCUAACCUAGCAGUUUGAAAGCAAUUGAAAGUGCAAGUAGAUCAAUAGGUACUGCUCCGGUGGGAAGCUAAACGGCGUUUCCGUGCGCUGCUCUGGUUCGCCAGAAGCAGCUUAGUCAUGCUGCCCACAUGAAUCGGAAGCUGUACGCCGGCUCCCUCGGCCAAUAAAGCGAGAUGAGAAAGGGGCCUAGCUUUGAAUAAUGCUGGGUGGGGACAGAGCCCAGGAGACCCCAGAGGGCAACCCCUGUCAUUUCCUCCCUAGGGUGAAAGAGACCAGCAGCGCCUGAUAUAUGCUGAGAGGCCCCUGGAGAGGCAGCGUGGACGGGUGAUUGCCAAGGAGGCAGCAGCCCUUGUGGAUCCUGCUGCCCGAGGCAAUAACCUCACCUUGUCUCACGGCUGAACCGGUCCUCCACAAACUCCUUCUGCAUCCUUCCCAAAAGCAGAAUGAUUAGAAGCAGAAAGUGGAGUCCUGAUAAAAUUAUUCUCUGGUUGAAAACUCAAGCUCUUAGCCACAAAACUGCACCCCUUACUUUCCGUUUCCCCUCUCCUGUCAUGCUACUAAUAUGUGGAUCUUGGUGUGUGUAUCAGUUUAUACAGACUCACUUUCUGUGUUUCAGAGUCCCUCUAAAUCUGUCCCAAAGGUCCAGGAACAACCCAAUGAGCCCUGGAAUCCUUUGAAAGACAUUCAUUUCAGUUCACAUGAAUCCUGUAUCUUUUUUUGUGUGCCACACUUUAGUCUGGGGUUUGUCUGAAGUACAAGCACACCUCUAAUUAAUAUGUGAUCAACUUAUGUCAUUAUGAAGCCCAACAUUCAAUAGUAGGUUUCAUAGGCUUAUUUCUCAUGCAAAACUGCCUAAGAAGCAACCAAGUGUCAUUGAAAGGAUCUGAACACAUUAACACCAAUGCUCUGGGCAUGAUCCCCAACUGAGUUCUCAUGCACAAGUCCCACUGAAAUUAAUAAAGGUUAUGGAAAAGAACAGUGAUGUUCUUAGUGCAAGCCCUGCUCAUUUUAAUGUGAGAUGUUCAGGAGAAAAUGCCAGGGGAGUGUGCCUUUUGCCACUUCAGCUCCCUGUAACAGUUCCAUUUCCUUUUUGCUACUUGCUACUUAUAUUUUCAAAGUUCUUUUGUUCAGUAACAUUAGCCAAUGUAUUUUCUUUUAAAAUCAGCCAGGCCCUUCCAGACUUCUAAAAUAUAUUUUAGAUAUAUUUAGAAAUACAAGCUCUCUAAAGGCUUGUCAUUAGUCUGAUCUAUUCUUGUUCAUUAACCUAAUGCAUUUGAUUAUCUGAACCUGGUUAAACUAUCAAAUAGGGAAAAGUCAGCCUGUUGGAAAUGAAAAUGAAACCUCCGCUCUCUGAGGCUACAUUAUAUAUAUGGAAGCAAACAUUUUCUGUUGCAAAUACUACCAGCCAACAUCCCAUGGUUAUUGAAAGGACUGUCAACACCAACUACAGGAACUAUUUCCCUAAAUGUUAACUAACUAAGGACACAAGCAAAUAAUUUUCUGUCCCCUUGAAAUAACUGGAAAUGAAAAGUAUUUAAAUUUGGCCAAAUUACCCCCUAAGUAUUAAUUCGUUUAUGGCUUGUGUGCCCUGUCCUUCCUCUAAGGAACUGAGAGUGACACACAUAGCUUUUUCUUCCUGCUUGAUUUUCCCAGCAACCCACAGAGGUAGAUUGGGCAGAGACUGUGGCUGUUACAAAAUUACAUGGCAGAUAAACGCAUCUGGAGCUGCCCAGAUGUGAAUCAGUAUAGCAGCCUAGGCAUGCGCCCUGGAUUUGCUCAGGUUCAUUCAACUCUGACCUCUGAGUCUGGAGAAUGGAGGAAGCGUGGGGAGGGGGUGGGUUUUUGUUGUGUGUCUCUAAAAGAAUCUGCAUCUCAUUGUCCUGGGGAAUCCUCACUUCUAGGCCUCUGAAAUUCCUUUUAUAUGGAGGAGAACUAGGCAGGGUCUGCGCAUGUAGCUGAAUGAGGUUUGAAGCAGGUGAGAAUGUGGCUGUAGAAUGCUUCCAGCAACACCACCCAGAGGGGGGCCACUUUCCCUGCUUAAAAAAACCUAUAAAUAGUGAUAAUACACUGGAGUAGCCCAGGAUUUUGCCUGCUAAAUACCAGAUUUCUAUUUGCAGUGGGGUUUUAUUUCUUUAAAGUAGUGAAGCAUUAAAAAUUGUGAUCCACCCCUCUCCACCUGCAGUCCAUUCUUCUGUUACCUCAUUCUGUUGUAGAUUUUUGGAUUGCCAUAAGGAUGCAAGUAAUAAGUUUUUUUGUGUGUGGGAGAAUCCUACAAAUGCACUCAAGGCUGCAAGAGGUGUCAACUGAUGUCUUCAUUUAGAAAGAUUACAUGCAUUUUAAAUACCACUCCCCCCCCCCCGCGCCGGUUUCCGCACAAUAUAAUUUUAUUACAUCUGUAGGAGCAGGAAGAAGUGGGAUUCAGAAGACAUUCCUGUCUGGACUGUGAUUUCUAAGCAAAUCCAAAGAGGUUUGAUUACAAGCAAAAGUCAAAGAUUGACUUACAAAUCAUCUAUCACGGCUCCCUUUCCCCACUUGGGUCGGAGUUAUUAUAUCAAAUAUCAACACAACUUGGCCUCUUCCAGAAGCGGCACCCAGCCCUAUUCAUAUCUGUCUUUGGCGAAACUGAUGUUUUUUUCAGAUGGAAAAGCUGGGAGGGAGAAAAGGGAGGGGACAGUCUCAAAAACGCCACAAAAUGCUUUAUUACUUUGCAGCCUGUUCCUGAAGCCCCCUAAAGAACCGGUUUGAGUGAGUAAGAAUUUAUUGCAUUAGGAGUUUGAAGAGUUCGGCUCUUUAGGAUUUAUAUUUUAGUCUUUAGGAUAGUAACAUUUCUCUGUCCCCGUCUUAUGUUUACAGGUUUCUGUUCUGCAUUAGAAAGUUUAUGCUGCUUGAUUGUAUUCAUAUUUCUAAGGGUUUGAAACAGCUUACAAUGUAAAACAAUUUCCACUACUUGUUUUCAGUUGCAAGUUUUCCAAUAUAGGCCUGCUUCCAUAGGUUACUGUAGAAUUUGUGCUGGGUUCUCUAUUAAGCUGCAAAAACUACAGAUUAAGAUGAAUUUAAGUCGAUUCACAUUUUUUUUCAUUUUGUCUGUGUAUAUGCAUGCAUAAGUGGUCUUGUGCUAGAAUGCAGUAUAUCGAACUAUACCAAUGUUUUUCUAAUUCUAGUAAAUAUUUUGGAAGUUGCCACAGUGCAAAGGAAGGGACCGGUUCCAUUUGUAUCCAAAAUGGAUUUUUAAAAUAAAAUAAAAUAAAAUGUUUUUAGUGCAGAUUGCAUUCUGGAGUUUAUUUUUUAGUGUAAGCCAGAUAAGUACACCGAUUGUGAAUUUGAAUUUGUGAUUUGAAUUGGAUCAUGAAUUCUUGUUGUUUCUUGACCCCACUCAAAUGGCUGCAGAGAGAAUAUGGCCUUUGGACUGCUAUCCAUAAUCAAACAAGACAUGCUUUUACAGAAUAAUAGAACAUAUGGUAGUCAACAAGCAGGCACAUUAAAUACAUAAAUUAUGUUGUAUCUAUAUUCCUUGGGACCUAGCAAUUAACUCAAAGUACAUGAAAUUAUGUUAAGUCAAUUCACAUGAUAAAAAAAAAAACCAGCCCCAAGAGUUGUUUCCAGCUUAGGCCCCAUCCACACUUUACAUUUAAACAAUUAUCAUGACUUUCUCUGAAGAUUCCUGGGAAUUGUAGUUUGUCAAGGACACUGAGAGCUGUCAGGAGACCCCUAUUUCCCCCACGGAGCUACAGAUCCCAGAUUUACCUGGGAACAAGGAUUGACUGUAGUUCUUGGAAUAAGGGUCUCCUAAGAACUCAGUGGACUUUACAAACUCCAUUUCCCAGGAUUCUUCAGGGGAAGCCACAACUAUUUAAACCGGUAUAAUACCGCUUUAAAUGUAUAGUGCAGAUUGUGCCCAUCAUAUUCAGUACAGACCCAUUGAAAUCAGUGGACAACUUACUUAAGUGUAUUGAUUUCAGUGGUUCUCAGGUAGAUCCAACCCUAAGCACACAAUUAAAUCCAAAUUCUGGCCAUGCAGUAAAGCAUCCAAACAUUUUAUUUUAUUUUGUGCACCAUCCUAAUAGCUACUUGAUGUAAGGUGGGUUUUUUAAAAAAGAUAAUAAUCACCUAAUAAUAAAAUAAAUGUCUCCAUCUCACAACCAAAUCAAUGUUUAGCAUGUAAGUCACGAUUUUAUGAAUUUGUGCAAUUGCAUGGAAAUGAAUCUGGCCACAAGAUGGAGCAAACAGUUUCUAGAAGUGUGUGAGGUGAGUAGAAAAAAAUAAAGGACCCACCAUCGCAUGCACUUACGAAGAAUGUCUCUGUGUGGCAAUCAGAUACCCCUAUUGCAUGCAGCUGUGUUCUCAUAAACCAUUACUGGGUUGUGUGUGAAUUAGCCCCAGCUCACUUCGCAGGUUGCCUGUCUCAUAACAUCCUUUCUUUCAGUUGUUUAAAUCUGUAGCAUGCUACUUUCCAAGGGUUUUGGCAGAUAGCAGAACUUAAGUGUAGACAUAAGGGUAACUUAUUGGUGGAUUGCUCACUUUGCAGUUGUAGGAAAGGGAUCUCAAAGUCAGCUUGCAACCUACGAAUGCUGCAAGAUAAGAAAUACCUUUGUGCUGCUUUUCGGUCCACAAAUCGUGUUAAGCAUCAUUGUGGUCCAUUUUGUCUUCCAUCCUGUCAGCAUUCGCCACCUGAAUUCGCUAUUAGAAGCAACAAUGCUAUGCUUUAUAUUGCCUUAAGAUAAUAAUAGAAAAUCAUAGAUAACCCGAAGGACAUUGGAAUAAUAAUUAGAAGACAAUUCACUAAAUGUGAGGGGGCUGGGAAACCCAAUCAAAAGAAGAUGCAUCGCCUCGUAUGUAAACACCAUGAAACUACACAUUGCCAUCCUAAGAUAAUAAUAAUUAAGCAACAUUUAUAUUAUUUUCUGGGAACGAAACCCAACAUUCUGGGUUCUGAUGCAACAACAGCAGCAAGGAUACUACUCGCAAAACAUUGGAAAACUCAAGAUCUACCCACACUGGAAGAAUGGCAGAUGCAACUGAUAGACUAUAUGCAACUGGCUGAAAUGACUGGCAGAAUCCGUGACCUGGGAGAAGAGAGAAUCGAGGAGGAUUGGAAGAAAUUUAAGAACUACCUACAAAAACAUUGUGAUUUGACUGAAUGCUGAAUAAGAUGCUUGACUAAAUAACUGAGCACCACUUAACCUAGAAGUUUUUAAAAAAAAUAAGAAAAACUGUGAAAGUUUAACUCUUUAUGAGAACUAUAAGAUUAUGAAAUAUCGAAGAGAUAUAAGAAUUUAAAUAAGAUGAUAAAUUGCUGACAAAAUGUUAUAAUGAUGAAGGUGGGAGCGGGAGAUGUGAGGAAGUCCAAAGAAAAUGUGAAAUUAUGUUAAGACGAAUGUUAUAUUGUUUAUUACAUUUAUUCCUAUUGUAAAACCCAAUAAAUUGCUUUAAAAAAAAAAAAAAAAAAAAACAUUCUGGGUUCUGGCCAAUAAAAUGCCUAUUUAAUUUCCUACCCAAUUAAUUUUUUACUGGAAGAAUGAUCUGUUUUUCAAGCAGCCGGACAGUACAGUGUUUUAUGGCAUACGUUUUCACAGGUCUCUGGAAGAGUCUCUGAUUCAUCAUAAGCGCCUCCUGCUGGGGGGGGGGCAUCAUUUUUGCAGCUUUCCUUUCCCUCUCCUGCAGCCUCCAGUGCUAUCCCACCCCCAGGAUGUUCCAGAAGCUCCCUAUAACACUCUGAAGUUGCUUUUGCAGAGGGAAAGCGGAUUCUGCAACAAUAAUCUCUCCCUUCCUCCAGGAUCCUGUUACUGGAACUUCACUCAUAGGAAGCCUGGGUGCAGCCCACAGAUGCAGUUUUUCCAGACUUGAUCACUGAAACUCUUUGCCCAUGGAGUCUGGAAAAGCUACAUUUGGGUUUAUUUCUUUUUAAUCAGAACUUAUAAUGAAUCCAGAUUCUGGGCAUGUAAGCAUAUUUAGUUGGCAUAAGCUGUGUUGGACUCAGCGGUACUUUCUUCUGAGUGAACAUGCAUCAAUGCCCUUCUUCAGCCAACCAAAAUGAGCUUUUUUUUUUGCAUUUCUAACGAAGCUCUUCCAAGGAACUUUUAUCCUUUCAAAAUAAUUGCCCCUUUCUUCUAAAUUGCUACAACUGCUUGCCUGCCUUUCAUUACUAUGUGGCGUGUGCUUGUGUGGAGGGGAAGACUGCAUUGCGGCAUAGAAUGACAAAACCUAACCAACAUCCCAGACAUCUACGGAGAAGUGCAAAGUGUGUUUGUGUGUAGAGUUUCUGCCCUCCCUCAACAUCCUGCCUGUUAUAACUAUAAAAUUAUUUCUAGAAUAGAUUUCUAUAUAAAACCAGGAGUGGACCAAUGUGAGCUCUUGUUAAGGUAAAGGUAAAGGUACCCCUGCCCGUACGGGCCAGUCUUGACAGACUCUGGGGUUGUGCGCUCAUCUCACUCUAUAGGCCGGGAGCCAGCGCUGUCCGCAGACACUUCCGGGUCAUGUGGCCAGCGUGACAAGCUGCAUCUGGUGAGCCAGCGCAGCACACGGAAUGCCGUUUACCUUCCCGCUAGUAAGCGGUCCCUAUUUAUCUACUUGCACUUUGACGUGCUUUUGAACUGCUAGGUUGGCAGGCGCUGGGACUGAGCAACGGGAGCGCACCCUGCCGCGGGGAUUCGAACCGUCGACCAUGCGAUCGGCAAGUCCUAGGCGCUGAGGUUUAACCCACAGCAAGCAAAUGUUCACCUUUAUUAUGGAGACAUUUUUUCCAGCUACCACAACUUUUAACCAACUGGGUGCUUGCCUCAUGAAGAAAAAAUGGGGGGCAUAGAUUCUUAAUUCCCUCCCAAUUUCUGCAUUGCUGUGCUCCUUCAGCUCCUAAGCCUUCUCUUUAUUUAAUUAUUAACAGGGUUAUCUAGUAGACCAGGGGUCAGCAAGGUUUACCUCGCCUGGGUUGGUUCACUCCAGCGGAGAUCCCUCCGUGGGCUGGGUCGUGCGUGUGUGAGCACACAUGCUUGCAAUUUUGGGCAUCUGCGUCUGCGCAGACAUGAUUUCUGGUGCCGUGGAAGUGAGCCCCCACGCUGCACUGCGCUGGUUUAGUGCAGCAGGCAGGGACUCGCCGAGUGGGCGGCUCAGUUUGGGGGCGGCUUGGGGGCCUGUUAAACAACCCCAAUGGGCUGCUUGUGGCCCAUGGGCCUUAGGUUGCCGACUCGUGUAGUAGACAAUUGGUUUAAAUGCAUUUCUCUCUUGUCUGGAUUGCUCAUCCAUACAAAAUGUUCCCUGCACAUAGAAAACUAUCCCUUUAUUUGUUUAUAAAUUAAAAUAAUUAUAUUGCCUGCUAUGUAGGCAUCUCAAGGUGGCAUACUCUAAUGCCAUUAAAAUACAGUACAAAACACAAUUGCAUUUACAAAACACAAUACAGAUAAACAAAGAAGCAGUCAGUGAAUGUUCUAAGAAUGUCUGCAAUGCCUGUUGUCAAUAGCCAGCAAAGGCUGUUCUUGAAGUUGUUGCUGUUGCUGUUAUUGUUAUUGUUUUGCAUGCACUGGAAUUGUAUGCUGGCGCAUGACUUAUCUCUAGGGGGAGACUAUUCUACUGGCACAGAAAAGACCUUUUCCUAGCUUAGAGAGAAGGCCGGGCCAGGCCUCUUUCCUCUUGUCAUGCAAGUUUUUACUGUACAGAAAAGGCUAUUGAUAAGCUGGAAUGUGUGCAGAGGAUGAUAAAGGGUCUGAAAACCAGGCCUUAUGAGGAACAGUUGAGGGAGUUGGGCAUGUUUAGUCUGGAGAAGAGUUGAUAAGAAAGCCUUCUUCCAAUAUCUGAAGGGCUGUCACAUGGAAGAUGGAGCAAGCUUGUUUUCUCUUGCUCCAAAGGGAAGAACAUCGUGAUAGUAAGAGCUGUCCAGUAGUGGUAUCAGCUUCCUUGGAAGGUGAGGGUUUUCAUUGUAGGUUUUAAAAUGGGUUGGGUGGCCAUUUGUCAGGAAUACUUUAAUUGUAGGGGGUGGAGCUACAUGACCCCGUGGCGUCCCUUCCAACUCCACUGUUCUCUGCUUCUGUGUGAAGCUCCCCCAUGUAGUUUUGCAGGCUAGAUGCAGGUAGGCUACCUCAGGGAGAACAAGGUAUUAACAAGUCUGGAGACAGAAGCAGGUAAUAAGAGUUUUAUAGUUUUGAAGAGAACUGAGGGGAAGGGAGUAGCAGCCUUUCUCAACCUGUGGGUCCCCAGAUGUUGUUGAACUACAACUCCCAUCAGCCCUAGCUAGCAAGGCCAGAGCUCAGGGAUGAUGGGAGUUGUAGUCCAACAACAUCUGGGGACCCACAGGUUGAGAACCGCUGGGAGCGUCUGAUCAAUAUACCAGUACUCUGAGCCUGUUCAUCCCUGCUGGUGUUCUUGCUUGCUGAUUGGUGAGGAGACCGUUCUUUGCUGCGGGAGAGGUAGAGUUGAGUAUUCCAUGCUGUUUUCACAUUCAGUUUUCACACUGGAGUCCGCUUUCAUUCAGCAUAGCUAGGAAUGUCAUCAGCAUGAUAAACCAUGCAAAUAAGUCUGUUGGCUGUUUCUGAAUGUUGGUUUCAACUCUACUGACUCACUGAGUGGGGAGAAGGUCUUCUCUGACCGUUUCUAAUUAGCAGUGUGGAUCCUAAAAGGUGAAACUAAAACGGGUAUGAGUAUUCGGUACUGUGUGUAAUUAGACACUGCCCAUCCCCGCAAUGGGGUGAGCUCCUGUUGUUCAGUCCCAGCUCCUGUCAACCUAGCAGUUUGAAAGUACAUCAAAGUGCAAAUAGAUAAAUAGGUACCACUCUGGCGGUAAGGUAAACAGCGUUUCCGUGCGCUGCUCUGGUUCGCCAGAAGCGGCUUAGUCAUGCUGGCCACAUGACCCGGAAGCUGUACGCCGGCUCCCUCGGCCAAUAAAGCAAGAUGAGUGCUGCAACCCUAGAGUCGGCCACAACUGGACCUAAUGGUCAGGGGUCGCUUUACCAUUUAUAAUGUGAUUGCUUUUGGCAAUCUCCUGCUAGCUAAGGCUAAUAAGGGGAAAUUUUGUGCCCCUAACAGUUUUGUGCCCGGGGCAACUGUCCUUGUGUCCCUCCCAUGUUACACCACUGGUUACUUGUUCUUCUGACUCGUCAGCAGCUAUCUUUCAGAAUUAGAUUCCUGCCUGCCUUAGUUUAUGUUGCCUGUCUCUUGUCCCUUGACUGCCAUCUCUCAGACUUGAUCUGUGCCUGCCCUUGACCUCACUUCUCUCCUCUUUUGCCUCACACUGACACCCAGCACCCCACUGGACCUGAUCCCCGUCUAUUUGCAAGACUGACUCCACUGUGCCCUGGCAGCACUGCAUAACUCAUUUCUCAUUCUCUAUGUGUCUUUAGCUUGGCAGUUCAGGUGCAUGUGCCGCCUUGAGCUCUCCAGCACCAGUUUUAUUACAACGAAGCUUCACAAUAUUUUAAACAGGCACAAUAAUUAGAGUUUUACUCGCAAGUGCUAUUAAAGUAAGAAAUGAAAUAGUCCAUGCCUAUGUGUCUGAGAGAUCUGGAAAACUAUUAAAAUAAGUCAUUAAAACAACACAUGGGUCUAAAUUCUUAAAGCACUUUUAUUUCAUUCUAUAAGUAAAAAUAGCAAUCAAAAGGCUUCAGGGUAGGGAUUUUCUGUGUGCUGGUCUUUCCAGGAUAUGCAAAAGAAUUAUUUUCUAUUUGGCAUCAAACAGCUUGGCCAAUGCUUCAUUCCUCCCAGUCGUACCUCUGUUGUUUCACUCUUCAGAUUUCUUUUCUUCUCUGGGUUCAACAGGACUGGUCUUUAUAAGGCUUAUACAAUUCUGAGUGGGUGGUAGGAAGCCUGGCUUCCUAACUCAUCUCCAUGUACAAUUCUGUAAUGAAACAUAAUAAAAUAAUAAUAAACCAAAGUUAGAAGGUAACAGAUUGCACAGGCUUGAAUAACCCAUUUUAGUUACAAACUCAGCACUCAGCGUUUUAAGCCAUAGUCGCUAAUAUGUUUCUCUAAUUUAGUGAUUAGUCAUGAAUUUGAAGUUAUCUAAGUAAUUUAUACAAUGUGUUGUAUCAAUUCUCUAAAUAAGGGACGUCUCUGGAAAAUAGAGACACUUUGAGGGUCUGACACACACAAAUCCUGGGCAAAAAUCCUGACCAGCCAGCCCACCCCUCAGCUACAGCUCUGCCUAACACUGUUUGCGUGUGUGUGUGUGUCAUCCUUCACAGUCACAAGAAUAUCUAAUCUGAUCCAGUCAGCCUUCCAAAUAUAUUUAGGAAUGUGCUUCAGUUUUGGGCAGUGUGUGUGUGUGUGUAUAGCGGGGAGUCUUUGAAUGGCCAGCCUUUUAAUAAAGCUGUAACAAGGUUUUAGGCACAAAGAGCCCAGUGAGAAUUUCUCCGUUGCUCGACUCAUUCAAACGAGUGGGCCAUGUGCAAAAACCUUGCUAUUUCCAUACGAUUUGCAAAGCAGAACUUCCCACCUGCUGAUUUUGGUCUUUUUGCUACCACCGGUUACAAAUUCUCCCUUGCCGGACAACUUUGCAAGAUUGUUAAAAAAAUGGUUGUGCCAGUGUGGCUUGAUGGCAGUACAAAUGAAAAGAAAAUCACGUGUGUGUCUUUUCUAAUUGCUUGUGAAAGUGUUUCACAUUCAGAUAGACCAUGGAGGAUGAGUCUGGAAGGACACUAACUAAUAAUUAGAAAAGACAGGUUUGUAAAAAUAUGUUUCUUUUGUGAGAAAGCAGUUUUUAAAAUAGUUAUGUUAGAGCAAACUCUUGACCCUUCUGACACCUUUAAGUUUUUCCCCACUGGGCAAAUAGCAGUUGUGGGAUCCACUUAGAUCAGGAAAGAGUUAAUUCCAUCUUUCUGCAGCCCCAAGUCCAACCUGCCUCAUAAGACUACAGUUAACUCAACCCACCCAACCAAUAGGAGGCACAUAAUCUUGCCUAAGGGACGCGGGUGGCGCUGUGGGUUAAACCACAGAGCCUAGGGCUUGCUGAUCAGAAGGUCAGCGGUUCGAAUCCCUGUGACAGAGUGAGCUCCCGUUGCCCAGUCCCUGCUCCUGCUAACCUAGCAGUUCGAAAGCACGUCAAAGUGCAAAUAGAUGAAUAGGUACCGCUCCGGCGGGAAGGUAAACGGCGUUUCCGUGCGCUGCUCUGGUUCGCCAGAAGCGGCUUAGUCAUGCUGGCCACAUGACCCGGAAGCUGUACAGCCAGUAAAGCGAGAUGAGCGCUGCAACCCCAGAGUUGGCCACGACUGGACCUAAUGGUCAGGGGUCCCUUUACCUUUAAUCUUGCCUAGUUUGAUGCUUCCUGUCUCUGCUGCUUUUACAGUACUACAGUAGCCGUCACACUAAAUUGUUCUCGGACAAAAAGUCUGCAGUAACAUUUCGUUGCAGGAGGUUGUACUAGAUGACCCUAUGAAUCACUUCCCAUUCCACAGCUCUAUGACAAGAUGCACAUUUUAACAGCGUUUGGAACGUGUGGUGUCACUGAAUCCACAAUGGUCUGCAUUUGCAUAAAACUUUUUCAGACUGUGCUAGAUCCCAUGGACAGGAGGAAACGCAACAAAGCUUGCGGUCUUCUGAAGAACCCAGGAAAUUUCCUUUUGGCCUCUCCCCCUGCUCCCCGCCCCCACCUGCACCACCAUUUAAUGCACGAACAACGGAGAACUGAAAGGAAGUUAUGAAGUGUUCUGCAUCUCUCUCCAGGUUAGGAACAGGGAAAGGUUAAAUGACGACGAGAUUUGAGUGGCAGCAAGCCAUCAAUUUUGGCUCCUAGGGUUCUUUUCUGUCCUAGCAGUUGUAGCUAUUUUAUGUGGCGUGCGAUUUCGGCAGCAGAGAGAGAGAUGCUGGCACUGAUCUUUAACACAUGUGGAAAAUACGGCUAGGGAGUGAAGCGUAUGGAAAACAUAUUAAUCUUUUUACAACCAGAAGAUCCAUGUUUGCUUCUUUGCACUCCACUCACUGCUUUUGACUCCACUGCACAUUUGGAAGCUCACCCCUCCCCUCCUCUAUGAAAUAAACAAGAGACAAGGGGCCCAAUCCACCAAGAAGCUCUUGCCCAACUUCUGUUCAUUUUCGAUGGAUUUUGUUUGUUCGCACAGGAGAACUUCCUGGCUGAUCGUACUCAUUCAUACUGUUGAAAUGGAUCAGAGCAGCAUAAGAGGAUGGUACAAACAUAAACAGCAUCGCCAACCCAGAUUUACCCAAAUUGCAUGAUUGGCUUGCAUUAAAAGAAAAACAACAACCAGAAUAACACUGUAAAAUGUGCAUGGUUAAUAUGAGUCUUCAGGAAAUAGUAUCCAGGAAGGUUAAAACAUCUCUAUGUAAGGUUUUGGUCUUAAAAUGGUUAGAUUUUUCACAAAAUUAUGAGCUGGAAAUGUUGAGGAAGAUGCGUCUUGCUGUGAAUUUUUGCUAAAAAUAUUCCCAGUGAGGUCUUUCUGUAAUUUGGGAAACAUUUCUUUCCUAUUCUGGAUUCUCUGAUCUGAUGGCCGGACACAUGAGCAGCUGGACAGUAAGCGAGAAGCUUCACAUUAUCCUAACACCCAGUGGGAUUUGAUAAGACUGAUCGGGCAAUCCUAUAAAUGUCUACUCAGAAGUAUGUCCCAUUGACUUCAGUAAGAUUUAGUCCUAGGGGAAAUUGUAGUAACUUACUUAGGAGCAAGCCCCAAGUGAGCUUGAGCUUGCUGGUCCUUGAUUCUGGUAGGAUCGCUCCAUAUCCCAAUCUCAACACCAAAUAUAUCAGAUUGUACUGAAUAAGAAGAAGAGUCCAGGAUACAUUUUGCAAUGCAAGUGGGAAAUGACCAUUUCAUAUCUAAAGGAGAGUAUGUGCAAAGGAAACUAUCCAAAAAUAAACCAGGGCUGUUCACAUCAGUGCUAGAAAUAAGAUGGUGUCCAUUGUCCAUUACAGUUUGUAAAAUCAGGUAGGACUGGACAUUUGGACCUUGAAGGUGGCUAAUGCCUCUGGGAGUGAAGGUAUGAAUCCCGAUAGCCUGAAGAAACUUAAUUCCUAUCUCAUGGUUUCUGAUGACUACCCCAGCAUUUGGGGGCAAGCUAUUGGAGUGUGUGGUUCUCCUCAGCUCCAGGUAGUCUGUGAUGUUGCAGGUGGUUUUGAUCCAUUCCAGUUCAGCUUCAUGCCUGGUUUUGGGAUGGAAACAGCCUUGGCCACCCUGAUGAAUGACUAGCCCAGGGGAAUGGAUUUGGGAGAGUGCCACCCUGCUAAUUCCUCUGGACUUCUCAGUGGCUUUCAGUAUCACCAAGCCUAGUAUCUCUCCAGAGCAGUUGUCUGGAUGAGGCCUGGUUCCAGUUUUUGAGGAUUUGAAGUCUCAGAACGUGGUGCUAUUGCUCUCCAGGUUCCUUUCUGUCUCCCUUCUACAUGAAACGGCUUGGUAAACUUGACUGGAGAUUUGGGCUGAUGUGAGGAUGAUGUCUGCUUGUCUGCUUGUUACUGAGCUGUGUUCUGAUUUUUGUUGUUGUACAUAUGCAUUGAAUUUUGGUAUUUGUGGAUUAUUUUUUACCCGCUUCUUUCAAAUAAAAAACCUGUUGUAACUGUAUUAAUUGUACUCUGCCUUGGGACCUCUGCCAUUGCUCCAUUUGGUGAGAGGUGACAUAAAAACAUUUUAAGCACAUAAGUAAAUGAAUGAAUCAAUGAAUAGAUGUCUUUUUGAACUGGAUUUGUUUCUCUUUCUGAUCUUUGCUCAUUCAAAAGUGUUGGCGCUGAUCUUUAAAGCCCUAAACGGCCUCGGCCCAGUAUACCUGAAGGAGCGUCUCCACCCCCAUUGUUCUGCCCGGACACUGAGAUCAAGCACUGAGGGCCUUCUGGUGGUUCCCUCACUGUGAGAAGUGAAGCUACAGGGAACUAGGGCCUUCUUGGUAGUGACACCUGCAGAGAGGGGAAGUACCUGGAUUUCUUGAGGGUCAGCAUUUUAACCAAGGCCUUAUCCACACUUCCUUUUGUCUCACUGCUUCCCCUGCCUGGGGAAACUGCUCUUUAGCGCUCAGCCAGAGAACACAGUGAUUUGGGUUUCCCCCAGAUUGCCAUUUCUUCUGAUCUAUGGCUAGAAUGGGGUUUCCCUUGGAAAGGAGCAGGGCAAGGGGGAAACUGCUCGGACCCAUGCUUUCUAAGUGCGGCGCAAGCGGAAGUGUAGACGAGCCCUAAAGUGGCAAAGGAUUUUGCCCAAGGGACAGAUGACAAAACGUUCCACCAAAUGUGCUAGAAAACCUAAGCAAGCAGGGAAUGACUUUGAAUUCCCAAAUCUACUAUUUAACUAUGCAGUUCAACAGCAGGCAAUAUCAGAAUGACUAAAAGAGGAACGUAAAUUCUGCCAGCUAUUAUGAAAGCAAUAAGCUGUUCUAGCACUUUUAAAGUAUUUUUCUUCUUCUGGGCAACAGUUAAUUGAUGGAUGGGUAAAAAAAUAAUAAUUGUAAUAAUGGGGCAGUUCCAUUAGUUCCAAAAUAAUAAUAAUAAUAAUAAUAAUAAUAAUAAUAAUAAUAAUAAUAAAUUCAACCAGUUUUAUAGAAAAGUAAUAGCCGGCACGAUUGGUCAGAGAUUUAUCCUCCUGAUAGGCUGAGAGAUAUAGCGAAUUCUAUCCAAUACUUCCCAUUGACACAACUGCAGAAGCAUGCAAUGUAAAGAGACCUGUAGGCCCAGAAAGAAUUUGCAUAGCUGGAGAAUUCACCUUGUUAAGGACCUUUCCCGUCAGAGCUCAAAGCUGCUUCUAGCAUUGUCUUGGCUCCUGCAGGUAUUUUUGGCACACAGUCUUGCCUCAUGUAGCUUUAUGAGUUGGCUCUUCCUUUAGGCAGGAUAAAGUGGCUUGGCUCAGGUGGUGGUGCAGCGGUCUAAAUCACAGAGCCUAGGGCUUGCUGACUGGAAGGUCGGCGGUUCAAAUCCCCGCGACGGGGUGAGCUCCCUGCUCCUGCCAACUUAGCAGUUCGAAAGCACGUCAAAGUGCAAGUAGAUAAAUACCGGCGGGAAGGUAAAUGGCGCUUCCGUGCACUGCUCUGGUUCACCAGAAGCGGCUUAGUCAUGCUGGCCACAUGACCCCGAAGCUGUAUGCCAGCUCCCUCGGCCAGUAAAGCGAGAUGAGCACCGCAACCCCAGAGUCGGCCAUGACUGGACCUAAUGAUCAGGGUCCCUUUACCUUUAAGGAGUGAUACAUUAUCAAUUUAUUAUAUAUACUGUAUAUAUUUAUCAAUGCAGGGAUUUCCUGCCAUUUGGAUUUUAUGCCCAGGCACCAACAUUCCUGCUUUUGGGCUGCAGCAAAGCUCAUGGGACUCUGAGAAUCCCAACGAUAAUUUGUUGGCGAAGCAACAGCAUGUGACCUAGAGGAGUGUUUCCUGUGCUCCUUGCGUGCUCCUGGCAUGGCCUCACGUGUAUGCAAAAGCCAUCAUGAGUCACAGAUUCCCAUAUUAAAAUGUUUGUUUUCAAGGUUAAAUUUAUACCGGGUGUACCACUAUAAGCAGUUAAAAUUACACUGUGGCCUUAAAAUGUUUUUAAUAGAAUUAACCUCCAUUUAGCUAACGUACCUGAAGCGUUUUAAGAAUAAAAUGCUGAAGUACAUAUUUAAACCCGUACUUCAGGGGUCAGCUAUGCAUAAAUGUGCAAAAUUGUACCAGGCCGGUUGAGUUUGCCAAGUCUUCCUCUCUGAUUGCCCUGUUAUUAUUUUGCUAGUUCUCCCUUAUCUCCCCUCUCUUAUAUCUCAACACAUCCCUGUCUAUGACCCUCCAGUGCCACCACCCUGAAGCAGAGGCACCAGGCUGCCCCCAAAAUUGAGGGGUCCCAGCGUGUGCUUGAUUCAGAGUGGGCCCCUCCCUCUUCCCUGUGAUGACCUUUGAUUCUCUCCCUUGUUCCCAAUGUAGGAAGAGGAGGAGUUUGGAUUUGAUAUCCGGCUUUAUCACUACCUGAAGGAGUCUCAAAGCGGCCAACAUUCUCCUUUCCCUUCCUCCCCCACAACAAACACUCUGUGAGGUGAGUGGGGCUGAGAGACUUCAGAGAAGUGUGACUGGCCCAAGGUCACCCAGCAGCUGCAUGUGGAGGAGCGGGGAAGCGAACCCGGUUCACCAGAUUACGAGUCUACCGCUCUUAACCACUACACCACACUGGCUCUUGUAGAUCUGUAGAUCUUUAUCCAGUGCUGGAUUUACAUAUAAGCUAAGCAAGUUUAUAUGAGAUGAGCGCACAACCCUAGAGUCUGUCAAGACUGGCCCAUACGGGCAGGGGUACCUUUACCUUUUACUAAGCAAGCUCUAGCUUAGGGCCCCACUCUCUUGGGGCCCCCAAAAAAAUUUAAAGGAAAAAAACCUGGAUGUACAUUUCCAAAAUAUACGAUAAAAAACCAAAUAAAAUAAAACCUACAUACAGCAACAGUGUUUUGUGUUGUGUAGGCUCCUAUAAUGUAAGUAAUGCUCAUUUCUAGAUACAGUGGUACCUCUACUUAUGUUCACCUCUGGUUACGUAUCCUACGGGAUAUGUACAUGGCAAACCUGGAAAUAUUUUUCUGGGUUUCGUCAUGUACACAUGCGCAGAAGCAGUCUACCACCAUGCGCACAUGCACAGAAACUGUCCCACCGGUUGCAGAAACCUCGGGGUCCAACCGGAGCUCUGGAACAGAUCCCGUCCGCAAAUGGGAUGCAUAGGGUCCCUACAUUCUGCAUGGACUGGUUGUAGGGUAACAUGUGCAAAUGGCUUUAGAUGCCUAUUUGGUCCAUAAAUUACCACAUAGCAUAUAUUCAACACAAAAAACAGUGACAAUUUGUUGUUGACAAAGGACAGCUGGACAUAUAAAGGGCCCCAUUACCUUCAGUAGCUGAGGGCCUCAUCAUACCUGAAUCCGGCCCUGUCUUUAUCCCACUCCCUUGCUCCUAAUGUAGGUCUUCAGUUGCCUCUUCUUCCCUGGCAGGAUGUGUGCGCUAUUUUGUGGUUCGCCUCAGGUGCCCAAGUGUCUUGGGCUGGCCCUGAUUCAGGUUCCCCCAAUGUAUCCAGAGUUUCUACUCUCUAAAAUAUAACAGGGACGCGGGUGGCGCUGUGGGUUAAGCCACAGAGCCUAGGACUUGCCAAUAAGAAGGUCAGUGGUUCGAAUCCCCGCGAUGGGGUGAGCUCCCGUUGCUUGGUCCCUGCUCCUGCCAACCUAGCAGUUCAAAAGCACGUCAAAGUGCAAGUAGAUAAAUAGGUACCACUCCAGUGGGAAGGUAAACGGCGUUUCCGUGCACUGCUCUGGUUCGCCAGAAGCAGCUUAGUCAUGCUGGCCACAUGACCCAGAAGCUGUACGCCAGCUUCCUCGGCCAAUAAAGCGAGAUGAGCGCCGCAACCCCAGAGCUGGUCACUGGACCUAAUGUUCAGGGGCCCCUUUACCUUUACCUUUAAAAUAUAACAAGCUGGAAAAUGGAGGCUCUCUCCCAGCCACUGGGACAGGUAAAUUCAUCUUGUGCUCCUCAAAUGAGGCAGUCAGAUUAGGCUUUAUUAAACCUCCUGGGCCUUUUAGGACAAGGAUUCAAAAUUCUCCUGUUUCCCUUUUGUCCAUUCCGCAUGUGAUUCUCACUUAUUCAAGUGACCCCAGGGUGUGUGUAUUUUCUAUUGGCUGGAGCCGAAUCACAAUUUCCUCUUUCCAGCGUCCAGUGCAACUGAUAUUUAUAGACUUUUUCCUUUCCUCUUCCUGCUGAGCAGCCUCCCAGCUCAGUACUUUGAAGUGUCAUCUAUGUUUACCCACUUUUUAUUGCAUGUUAUGGCUAACCCCUGCUGCUGCUCCUUUUUUUAAACCUGAGCCAAAACCAGUUUCUGGAGGCUGCAGUUGGAAUUGUUAUGAGAAUAUACUGCCUGGCAGAUUUCAGACAACAGACUUUGCACCUGUCAGGCUGAAAGCACCUGAAAUUUAAUGUCACUGCCCUGCGUUAAAUGUAUAUGGUGAUUUCUUAAUUUGGGCUGUACCUCCAAGGAAAAAUGACUCCUUUGUGUAAGUGAUGAACUAUUUUCUGUUUGGAGUUUGCCUCUUGCAUCAGGAAGCACAAAUUAGGGAGGCUUGCAUUAAUACAUGAAGCAAAUCCUGGCUUUUUCUUCUCCAAACCAAGAUCCGCAAGCCUCUUGACAAAUGCUUUUCAGAUUGCACAUGGCUACUAUAUAUAUUUUUCAAUGCUGGUGAUCAUAGAAUCAUAGAAUUGUUGAGUUGGAAGGGACCACAAGGAUAAUCUAAUCCAACUACCUGCAAAGCAGGAAUCUUUCGUCCAAUGCGGGACUUGAACCCACAACUCCGUGAUUAAGAGUCUCAUGCUCUACCAACUGAGCUAUCUCUAAGGGGUAAUUUGUCUAGUGAUUUCAUUGUGGUUUCAUUGUCCUAGUUAUACUGCCCUGGGGCCUUUGGGUAGGGCUGCCAUACGUCUGGAAUUUUUUGCACAUAUAUGUGAUCCGUCCAUCAGAAAUAGCGUCCAUGCGUAAUUUCUGAAAAUCGGCAAAACUGUCCAGGGAAACACGGGCAUGUGGAUAUGGUGAAUUUCCUAAUAAAUAGCUCAAAAACUUUGUUUGUUUGUUUGUUGCAAAAGAAGCUCAACAACCCUAGCAAAAAGAAAAAAGGAACAGUCACUUCUUGAAAUAUGGCAACCCUACCUUUGGGCGACCCCUUCAUGGAUCACCACUGCCUUGCCGUGGCGAAGGGGCUUGAAUAACUUAGAGAAGCUAUGAGCUAUGCCAUGCAGGGCACCCAAGAUGGACAGGUCAUAGUGGAGAGUUUUGACCAAAUGUGAUCCACCUGGAGCAGGAACCUGCAAGCCACUCCAAUAUCCCUGCCAAGAAAACUCCAUGGACAAAGACAACAGCCAUAUAAAAGUUAUGACUCUGGAAGAUGAGCCCCUCAGGUCAGAAGACGUCCAACAUGCUACUGAGGAAGAGUGGAGAACAAGUAAAAGUAGAUUCAGAGCUGAUGAAGCGGCUGGGCCAAAGCCGAAAGGUCGCUCAGUUGCGGAUAUGCCUGGAAGUGAAAGGAAAGUCCAGUGCUGUAAAGAAAAAUAUGGAGGGCACAAGGAGAAGGGGACGAUGGAGGACGAGAUGGUGGGACAGUGUUCUUGAAGCUACGAGCAUGAGUUUGACCAAACUGCUGGAGGCAGUGGAAGACAGGAGUGCCUGGUGUGCUCUGGUCCAGGGGUCACGAAGAGUCAGACACGACUAAAUGACUAAACAACAACAACAAACCUUUGGGUGAAGGGGAGGCAAUAUAUCUCAUAAAUAAAUAACUGGUUGGGUGGAAGCCAAGGAGCUCAACCGUAGGAGGAGCCAGUGCAAAGGACCGGCAGAUCCAGCUAUUUCUGUUUUUGCCCCCAUCCUCCUCCCUGCUGAGUUUUGCAAGGGCAAAACUGAGACUGAAGAGGAGGAAGCAGAUUGCCAGGGCAGCUUGCUGGACUGCUUGUCAGAAAGGAGGCCAGUGGGUUUGGAGGUUGCUGGGACAGUGCCCUACUUGCCCCAAAUGGGCUGGCCUCCACUGAUAGUUCAUGCUGGACUUCCCUAUGUGUCCCAGGAGACUGUUGUCUUUUCGGUGCCACGUCAAUCCUUUUGAUUUGCUCAGGUGUUUUGAUACCGUUUAUUUUAUUGGUAGAGAUUUUAAGUGGGUUUAACAUCGGCGUUGUCAUGAAUUGCUCUGCUGUUUCAUCGUUUUCAUGAGAUGUUUGCGACGUCAGUUUCAGACCGCUGUGGAAAUCCUUUAACCCUGAGAGUUAGAGAGGAAGGUACAAAUGUUUGGCCCCCCCCCCAAAGAUUUAGGAAGGUCUUGGGGACCCCCCCCCACUGCUAAAUGAGUAGUAGCUGUGCCUGUCUGGAUCUAUGGAUCUCUCUACAGUGCUGAGUAGAGGGGCCCCAUAAUAAUAAUAAUAAUUUUGAGAAGAUUCAUAAAAAAGCAACUGUAACAAAAGGAAUUAUUGUGAAAAUAAGAGGGGUUUUUUGUGGGGGGGCAAUUUUGUCCUUGCUCAGGACACUAUAUUAUUGAAGUCCAUAUCUGCUCUCUGGAUCCAUGGGGUGUCCCCCCCAAAACAGACCUCACUGCUGGGUCCAGCUGCCACUCCCAUCUCGCAGACAGUAUGCAGCCAAUAUAGCCAUCAUGCCUAGCAGACACUGAUAUUCUUUUCCUCCUUGAAUUAGGGCCUUUGAGAUUUAGGGACACUAUAGUUGUUCUUUCAGUUUUGCACAAGCCAAUUAAUAAUCACUGUUCAGCUUUCUUUUUGUUAUGUACUGAAGUUCUCACCCUGGGCCAGCAGGAGGAUACUGUAGACAGUUUUUAGUCAGGUCCACAUAUGCAAAUAAGGGAUCAAAAGUGACGUUCAGUGAUUGGAUAGUUACAGAAAGUUGUUACAAUUACGUUGUACUGGAGCUCUAUAUAAGCAGGCUGGCUGAACCCUUCAGUUCAGUUCUGUUCUGACCUGUGAAUAAACAAGAGCUGUUUGGAGAAUCACUGUGUCAUCUGAUAUGUUCACCCACAACUUAACACUUUCCUUUUCUUUUUUGGGAGCGGCAACAGUGGCAUCUAAAUCUUGUGGCUCCGCUUCCGUAUCCUUACGCAGCUGCUGUUCCUUCCAAUGGGGCUUGGGCAGGAGAAAAUAAGUGUUACCUGCUAGAUGCUUUCUUCCUUGAUAAAAUAAUAAAAACAAGUCCUCACAAUGCGCUCAUGGGAUUAUGUAAUUCUUGCAGUUCCACUUGGGUUAACAUCAAAGCCUAAAAAUUGGGUCUGGCCAGGUGCUGUUGAUCAGAUAAAAGGACCUUGGUUUCCACUGCAAAGGCUUUGGGUGGUCACCUUGCUCUGCACAUGCCCCACAUGGCUCUCUCGGUAAAAGAGCAAAGGGAGGUGUUUUCUGAGCACUGCUGUAGGACUUUCACCAUCUCUUUUUCCUGUCAGGGCAAGGAAGGCACCAUGCAGAGAGAGAGGGAGGGAGGGAGGAAGGGAGGGAGAGAAGCAUGAGGCAGAGAUCUGUUGCACAGGCAGGAAACUUGCUGCUUGCUGUUAAGACUCAUAUCCUCCAAGAACUCCGCCUUCCCAAGUGGCAGGAAUAGGGGAUACUUUGGGAGAAGCCCUUUGAGGUUCAGAGCCUGAGUCUCGGUGGGAAGAAAUGUGUUCGAAAGUGGCAGGAACUCCUUCAAAGAGGAAAUCACUUCUGAUCGCCAGAGUCUGAAGCUGGUAAUUUAAUAGGGAAACUCCGCAUCUCCUAUAGGGUUGGCGUUACUUGCCUGUGUAUUGAUUUUUUCCACCCCCCACCCCCAUGAGCCCAUUCAAAAAAAAAUGCACAAGGAUAUUGAAAGCAGAAACUUCUGGUGUACGGUUUGGAUGAAAGGGAAAAGGGAGGUGGGCGAGUGGAUGGGGGGGGGGAAUGUGGUGUGUGUGCCCACGUCAACUUUUGCUGGAAAAGUCACGUCAAGCCUAUAAACACUGCAAGAUGCAGAGAAGCCAAGGGCCCUGCUGCUCCAUCUGUGCCUGCCGGAGGAGGAGGAGGAGGAGGAGGAGGAGGAGGAAGAGAGGGCAGCGCGGGCAAGAGCAGGACCCACUUCUCUCAGAAAAAUAAAGCAAACUGGCAAACCAGCCCAACCCACAGCUGGGUGCAAAGACAAAAAUCUCCUGCCUAUAGAAAACAGAAUGAAAAUUUAAACACCGCUCCCUUCCCCAUUAAUAACAUUAUUUGUUUUGCAAUUGUUGUAAGAAAAAACUACUCCUUUCCCUUAUGGGGUACCCAAGAGCCCGUAAAGAGUCCUUAAGUGGGUUCCCUAUUGGUAGGAGAAAAUAAUAGAGGCCAACUAGAGAAUAUUGAGAAGCAAAGCGGCUAGUAAGCCUGAUCUUUAUUAAACUGUUGCAACAGGGUCCUCACUCACCACAUGCAGGGAACCCAGAACAAUGGUGUGCAAGCCUUUAUAUAGACUUUUGAAAUUGCCCACCCUGUAACCCAAGAUCACCCCCUCAAAACAUCAUACAUACAUCACAGAAGAGGCAGUCUACAGCAGAAAUCCUGUCUGCCAGGAUACCUGAUAAUGGUCACUGACUGCUUUUACCUGGGCAGCCUGGCCAUUCUUUUGUGAUGGUUAAUACCAGUACUUUAAUUCCUGAAUUCAGGUCACGGACUCACCCUAUUCAUGCACAAAUAUGCCCUUAAGACAGGAUUUGUGAGUAAAGAUACAAUGGGGAGUCUUUGUGUGAAAAAAUAUAAAUAAUAUACUUCUCACUGCCUAAGUCACCAUUGUUCCUGAUGUUCAGGAGUGGAGGAACCUUCUGAAAAGCAAGCAGCUACUGUAUAUGUAUAUAGAUCACCUAUAAGCCAUAGUCUUCCUCUUUCAAAACCGCAGAUAUGAAGUGCUAGGCUUUUAAAAAUAGCCUCCACUUUGGGCAUUGACGGAUUGUGUGAUUCCACCAGGGGGCAGUGGUGGCUGCCAAGUUAGAUGGCUUUAAAAGAGGAUUAGACAAGAGGAUUGGGGACAUGGGUGGCAUUGUGGGUUAAACCACAGAGCCUAGGACUUGCUGAUCAGAAGGUUGGCGGUUCGAAUCCCCGCGACGGGGUGAGCUCCCGUUGCUCGGUCCCUGCUCCUGCCAACCUAGCAGUUCGAAAGCACCUCAAAGUGCAAGUAGAUAAAUAGGUACCGCUCCAGCGGGAAGGUAAACGGCAUUUCCGUGCGCUGCUCUGGUUCACCAGAAGCAGCUUUGUCAUGCUGGCCACAUGACCCGGAAGCUGUACGCCGGCUCCCUUGGCCAAUAAAGCGAGAUGAGCGCCGCAACCCCAGAGUUGGUCACGACUGGACCUAAUGGUCAGGGGUCCCUUUACCUUUACCUAGACAAAUUCAUGGCGGAUAAGGCUGCCAAUGGCUUCUACCCACAAUGGAUAGGUGCUACCUCUACCUUAGGAGGUAGCAUGUUCCUGACAACCAGUUGCUGAGAAUCGCAAGUAGAAAAAGUGCUGUUGCACUCAGGUUCUGCUUGCAAGCAUCCCAUGGGUGUUGGCCAUUGUAAGAGAAGAAUGCUGGACUGGAUGGGCUGCUGGCCUGUUCUAGCAGACUCUUCUUGUAUAUUUAUGCCCUCCAGAUGUUUGGAAUGGCAACUCUCAGCCCCAGCCAGCACAGCCAUGCUGGAGGGUACCAGGUUGGGAAGGCUGUAGUAAGGCAUGGUGAAAGGUAAAAGGGUAAAAGGGGUGGCGCUGUGGUCUAAACCACUGAAUCUCCUGGGCUUGCUGAUCGGAAGGUCAGUGGUUCGAAUCCCGACAGAGUGAGCUCCUGUUGCUCUGUCCCAGCUCCUGCCAACCUAGCAGUUCGAAAGCACGCCAGUGCAAAUAGAUAAAUAGGUACCACUGUGGUGGGAAGGUAAAUGGCGUUUCUGUGCACUCUGGUUUCCCUCACAGUGUUCUGUUGUGCCAGAAGCAGCUUAGUCAUGCUGGUCACAUGACCCAGAAAUCUGUCUGUGGACAAACGGCACCUCCCUCGGCCUGAAAGCAGAGAUGAGUGCCGCACCCCAUAGCCGCCUUUGACUGGACUUAACCAUCCAGGGAUCCUUUACUUUUACCUUUAAUAAGGCACAAGGCUCCAUCAAAGAUGGCUCAGGCUUGAGCCAUGGCACCCAAUGGACCUUUGCUGUUGGAUAGCUGAGCUGUUUCCUUUGGUAAUCGCAAGCAGAGACAAAUAACUUGGUUCCACCUUGGUCCCAGUUUUUGCAUUCAUAGCUAUAUUAAGUAUUCGAUAAAGUUGUGGCCAGUUUAAUUCCCACACCCACCUCUCGCUGCCAUUCUGCAGUGCUAGAGCUUGCAGUCAUGGCAGCUAUACAAAUCAAAACAGUGCAGCCAAUGGCAAACUGAGAGAUACCUUAAGGGACUUCCGGUCGUUUGUGUUGAAAUUUUGCCCACUAUGUGUUUGAUAGCUUGGAAUUUUUAAGGGUAGCAUAUGAAGUUGUUCCAGCUGUAGAAAUUUACUUGGGGGUGUGUGUGUUUGAGUUUGAUGGCAGUUUCCUUCACCCCACCCCCCUUUUAACUUGCUUGGUUUGAAGAAGGAAGAAUCUCCCCUGGGAUUUGAUUGAUAUGGAUUUGGCAGCUGGUAAUUGCUCACAGCGUGCUGCAAAGCCUGUCCUGCGAGGUAUGUUCAGUUCCAUUGAGAUUUCAUGGUUGGGGAAAGGAAGCUUUGUAAGAGAACAGAGCAGAUGUGUCUUUCAGCUGGCUCACGCCUGGGCCUUUUGCAGCAAGCCUUUUCCUGGACUGCGUUGAUCUCCUGGCAAGCUUGUAGAAAAGAUGGCUCUGAAGAAUCAUAUUGAGGAUGAACUUUUAACUUGGGGUGUGGGUGGGAAUCCAGAGUGCUACAGAAGUGUUAAUGCAAGCAGAUUCAGUAUUAGAAAACUUCCCAACAGUAGUUGCUCAGAACAGUUGUCCAGAAUCUUGAUACUCCCCUAGUGGCAAUUUUUUUAUACAUAUCUUUACAAACACAACAUUGUGUCGAACAGUUGAAAGGAAGCUUAUUGUGACUGCAAUUUGAAACUCUUCCAAGGCAUUGCAUUAUUUGGCAGAAGGUCAUGCAAGGGCAUUUUUUUUUAUAAUAAUUUUUAUUCAUUUUCCAAACACUUUUAUACAAUCAACUCAUAUUAACUCUCACAUUCAUCAAUUUUUGACUUCCCUCAGUUUCUCUGCCAAUCUUUCGUUAAAAUUUCUAUUGUUAACGCAUUUCUGAACUUAUUAUUGCCUUUAACCAUUCCUCUUCCUUUCUCCUACUUUCUUUUUUACAAUAUUUCUUAAUUUUUCACAGAGACUCUUCAAAACCAACAAGCGUUGUCUGUGCAUCACAUAUGCUUUUCAGAUAAUCUGUAAAUUUCCCCCAGUCUUCGAUAAACUUUUGGUCUUUCUGAUAUCGAAUCUUCCCAGUCAGUUUAUCCAAUUCCGCAUAUUCAGUCAGUUUCAUUCUCCAUUCUUCCACUGUUGGAAUUUCUUCCUGCUUCCAUCUUUGCGCCAGAAGUAUUCUUGCAGCUAUUACAGCGUAUUGGAAAAGUUUACAAUCUUUUCUAUUAAUUUCAUUACCUACCAAUCCUAGUAAGAAGGCUUCUGGUUUUCUAACAAAUGUAUAUCUCAACAUCUUUUUCAAUUCCUUAUAUAUCAUUUCCCAGAAGCCUUUCACCUUUUUGCACUCCCACCACAUAUGAUAGAAAGUUCCUUCUUUUUCUUUACAUUUCCAACACUCAUUACAUGUUUUAUACAUUUUAGCUAAUUUAACUGGCGUUAUGUACCAUCUAUAUACCAUUUUCAUUACAUUUUCCUUCAACGCGGUACACGCCGUGAAUUUUAACUUUUCAUUCCAUAAUUUUGUCCAAUCAUCAUAUUGUAUAUUAUAACCAAAAUCUCUGGCCCAAUGUAUCAUUACUGAUUUCACCUCUUCAUCUUUUGUAUGCCAUUCCAACAACAUUCUAUACAUUUUAGACAAAUUUUUAUACUCAUUAUUCAAUACCUCUAUUUGAAAUUUUGAUUCUUUUCCUUCAUAUCCACACAUUUUACAAUCUUUUUUAAACAUUUCACUAAUCUGGUAGUAGUGCAACCAAUCAUAAACAAAUUCUUUCACCUCUUCAUAAGUCUUCAUUUUCCAUUUCCCCCCCCUCUCUUACUAUCAAUUCUCCAUAAGCUAUCCACCUCCCCCUCAUGUUUAUCUUUUUCACACUCAUCACUUCCAAUGGUGAAAGCCAAUGGGGGAGUCUUGGUUCCAACAAAUUUUUAUACCUCUCCCACACCUCUAUCAAUGAUCUUCGGAAGAUGUGGUUUUCAAAACCUUUAUUAAUUUUUUUCUUUUCAUACCACAGAUAUGCAUGCCACCCGAAUCUAUUAUCAAAUCCUUUUAAAUCUAACAAUUCUCCAUUCACUAAUUUAAUCCAUUCCUUUAACCAACAGAGGCAUGAUGCUUCAUAAUAUAGUUUCAAGUCUGGCAGGGCGAAGCCACCUCUUUCUCUCGCAUCUGUUAAUAACUUAAACUGAAUCCUUGGCUUCUUGCCCUGUCAGAUGUAUCUUGAAACUAUUUUUUGCCAUUCUUUGAAAAUUGAUGCCCUUUUAAUUAUUGGUAGUGAUUGAAAUAGAAAUAACAUCCUUGGCAGCACACUCAUCUUUAUCGUAGAUAUCCUUCCCCAAAAAGAUAGCUUCAAUCUUCCCCACACCUCCAGAUCCCUUUUUAUCCCAUUCCAAACAAGUACAUAGUUAUUUUGAAACAAAUCGAUAUUCUUGGGGGUUAACCAUACUCCUAAAUAUUUCACUUUGUUCACCACUUCCAACCCUGUCCUUUGUUGCAUUUCCUCUAUUAAUUCUUGGUCCAUAUUUUUUGCAAUAAUUUUAGUCUUUCUUUUGUUUAAAUAAAAACCUGCAACUUGACCAAAUUGUUCUAUUUCUUCUAGGAUUCCUUUAACGCUUCCCGCUGGUUCUUCUACCGUCAUUACGCAAGGGCAUUUUUAAUACAUUGUUGUGUGUGACAGGAGAGAAACAGCUAGAUUUGUAAGAUGGUGAUGUCCCUGUGAUCUGAAAUGCAACUGUAGGGGCUAAUAUCUUUGUAAAUAUAACUUGCAAAGCACCAAACACCAAGUUGUGCUCUUGAGUGGCGAGAGCAUCCCUUUGUGCUUUUGGCAUGUGUGUGUGGUGGGAAGGCACUGGUAGUUGAGGUGAACUGUUUUGGUCCUGCAUUGAUAGGAUUCAUUCCCACUCAAAAUCUUCUAGAUCUUCAGAUUCUUGAAUCAUUUACUAAGAUUUUUUCUUUUGAGCCAAGCUUUUAGAGAGUUCUGCUGGCUUUGCAUCAUUCUUCCUGCUGUUAAGAUAAUGCUGCUGAUUCCAUUUGCCUUUUGCUUUGGGCUGUUUUAAUGGGGUUUGGUUUUUCUCCUUGUUGGCCAUAUUAUUACCCACUGUGAAUGCUCAUUUGAGCUGAAAAGCAAAAGAUAAAUCCUAAAAUCAAUUAAUAAGAAGCCCUUGCCCAGAGGCUGACUAUCUAGGCAAAGAUGAGACACAGGAGAAGACAGGAAGGGAUAAUGGGAAACAGGAAGUAAUGGGAAAUUAAAGUUAUGUGCAGUUGUAAUGCUUUCAGGAGGCUUUCCUCCUUACCAUUAUGGAACCUUUAUAAUUGCUGUUGGAAUUGUUGGCAUCUGUCAUACCAUCAUAAGAGUGGAAAAUAAUGACAAGUUGAAGGAAGUUCCCUCAUUUCCUUUAUGGAAACAUUGAGUUGCCAAAUGCCAGGCCACAGAAUUAAUCUUAUCUCCAUCCUUGUCUUUGGCAGAUGAUGGAGGUGGAAGCAGGAGAAGCAAUCAGCCUUCCACAACGUAGUCUCUUCCAAAUGCUUUGAACCACAGCUUCCACCAGCCCCAACCAAUAUGACUGUGCUGGCUGAGGCUGAUGGGAACUGUAGUCCAAAAGAUCUGGAAGAAACCAGGUUGGUGGAAGGCUGACCUAUUGGUAGAGCCAGGGGUUGGUUGAGAGGACAGAUACCAAAGUGCAGGAGCCAACUUUCAAUUCAUCUGUAGGGUUUUUGCUUUUUUUGAGCUUUCACUUAUUGAUUGAACUGGUUUUUGGCAGCUGUAAAUGGCACGCUGCGAAGCCUCUCCGAAGAGAUGCCUUCAGUUCCAUUGAAGACUUUGAAACCACCCUUCCCCCAAGAGGGACUUUUGGCAAGGGAGAAACACGCUCUGUGCCACUGGACACCUGUUGUGAGGCAUAUUGCAGUGUGCUCAACAUAUGUGCCCAGCUGAGGGCUGGCAAAGUGGGAGGGUGGGAAAGGCUCAGUUGACUUCCUAUGGGGAUUGACAUCUGUGUGCAUUUAAUUCUGUGUGGAGGGCUUGUGCCCUUAUUUUGGAUGCAGGUUUGCAUUGGGAAUUCAGUGUAAAUUUAACACAUGAAGUGCCAUGGGCUUUGCCCUAAUACUGCCCGGGUUCAUGCAUCUAUAGGAGCCCAAAAUGGUUAGAAUGCAUUAUGUAAACAUUAGAACAGCCUAUAUAGAGGGAAAUCUAUGUCUUUGACCCAACUGACAGAAAUAAUUUGUUGAAUUCCUUUUCUCAUGAGAAACAAUAUUGGAGUCCAUUCUUUCUUAGGCAGAGAGGUUGCUUAAAAAUCCAGAAUAAUUAGGUGAUGUUUCAUCAGCAGAACAUUUUCUGUCAAAUGACAAAAAAAUUCAUUUUGCCUUCUCGAACCCCAUGACUUGAAAACAGCUUUUGAUAGCAGUUUUUAAGCAAACAACUGUGUAGUAUAUUUCAGUCACACCCAUGUCUGCCUGUCUCUCGUUCAGUCUUCUCUGAUCAUAGGUUUACUACGGAAAGCUGCUGUUACAAAUGAAAACUAUUUGAUAAAUUAGAUGUGGCUGAAUCAUGGCAGUCUUGAGCACAUUAUAGCUGCACUGGCAUAGUGCCUAAGAGAUUAAGCUACAAAUGAGGGAAUCCCCAGCGGAAACUCCAUUCAUUCUCCCAUGAACUUGUAAGGCUGGCAUUAGGCAGGCUAUAACCUCUCCGUCUUAGUCUCCAUUCACAAUAAUCCUGACCUACCAGCCCGAGCUAUUGCAAAGGUUAUGGCCUUAUAAGCUAUCUGAAGUGUUUUGACAAUCCAAACAAGUCAGCUGGGUGGCACAGAAACCCAACAGAAUGCAAAAAGAGAGCAACCAGUUCUCCAAAGUGCCAGCGAUGGAGGUUUAUUGUAGGUUUCUUUCUUCAAAUGCAGACUUUGAGCUUCUGAACCAGGCUCCUUUUGGAGCCAGAUGGGCAGCAAGCAGAGUUUGUGGGAUCUGCUUCAGAAAGUCUAGGCUUAUGGACUAUGCAGAAUUAGACAAGAUGACAGGAAGGAUUCGAAACCUGUGGGAUCAGAGAUUCUCAGAGGACUGGAGUAAAUAUGUGAACUAUCUGAAAAGCAAUUGUAAUCAACAGAUCACGCUAGUAGGACUGCAAGAAGUUUUGUAAGGAGGACUAUGUGAAAUAUUGCAGAGAAAAGUAUGAAGAGAACUAUUAGGGAAGGACUAUUAAAAGCAAUAGUGAAAUUAAUGAAAUGCAGAUUAAGUGAUAAAGGUUGAAAAAUCUUCAGAUGUGGUUGAUGGAAGUCCAAAAUAUUGAAUAAGAUGAGAAAAUAUGUUGUAUGUUUUUUUUGGUGGGGGGGAAUUUUAUGUAAAAAUUAAUCAAAAAUAUAUUUAAAAAAGAAAGUAAGUCUAGGCUUGCUCCUCAGGAAGAAACUUUAGAUCCGAAAUGUGUUGAGCUACAAUAAACAUUAACGGGUGUCACUUUUGAGAACUAGCUUCUACCUUUUUGCAUUCUUUGUGAAGUGUUUUGAAUGCUCUAUGUCAGGCAUGUCCAACCCCCAAGAGACGGUGAUCUACUCCCAGUAUAGAAAAAACUGGCAGUGAUCUACCCAUUGUCUUUGGAGGGGGGAGGAGCAUGCGGGGGGGUGGUGGAUUGCGUUGUUGAGCUUUUUGGGGGGAGGAUUGCACAGAGGUUUUUUUAAGCUUCCCCCCAUUACCUUUUGUACAUGAUAAGGAUCCCGUGAUCUACCAGGAUUAGCUGGGGAUCUACCGGUAGAUCGCGAUCUACUGGUUGGACAUCCCUGCUCUAUACAAAAGAUAAGUACUAUUCUUUGGAAGUAAGGCCUACUCUAAUCCUUGGGACAUCUUCCUUUUUAAAAUAAUAAUAAUAAUAAUUUUUAAAAUUAAGGUUUAUAGAGAAAAAUACAAAACUUAAUAUCUUUCCCCCCUUAAAAAAACAAACCAAGGCUUUUAUCUAGAUACAGUAAAUACACAAAAAGGGAGGGAGAGAAAAAAUAGAGAAAGAGGAAGAAAGAAUGAAGAGUAGAAAAGAGGCUAAAAGAGAAACAUAGAAAAAUAAGAUUUGGAAAAUAAAGAACUUCUUAUUAUUCAUUUGUCCUCUAUAUAAAAACAAUAUUCACUGUCUAUAAACAAACAUUAUCUUCAAUCCUCAAAUCCAUAUAUCAUCAUUUCUUUUUCUUUUUCAUGCAAAAAGUCUAUGUGAGCUUUCCAGUCUUUAACAAAUGUUAAAGAAAAUGACUUUUCUCUGAUUAAACAUGUCAAUUUCACUUUUGAAAACUAGCCUCUCAUUUUUUGCAUUCUUUGUGAAGUGUUUUGAACACUCUGUGUAAAAGCCAAGUACUAUUCUCUAAUCCCUGGGACAUCUUUCAAUUGGUAUGAACUGCUUACAUUUCCUGCACUUUUGACUCCAAUAUAUUCUGUAUGAGAGUCAUGCAUUUUGGUUGCUUGUAUAUUUGUAUUCUUGUUAUACUGACACGGAUAAUGCUUAUUAGAUGGUUUGUUCUCAUGUUUUUCAACACGAUCAAUAGCUAAGUUAAUGAAACAUAUUAAGCAUGCAAUAUGGGAUGUGUCAUUUCAUAUUGGUGUCCUUGAUAAAUCAGAUUUUUGUUUAAUGUGUACAAAUUCUCUAGGCUGGUGCAAAAUCAUUUCCUUGCACUAGCAGUACAUUGCUGGAGUUUUCACUUCCUAUCUGUGCAAACGACCAAUAAAAGGAAAGAAAACUGAAUACUGCUUGCCUGUUUUUAUUUAUAAGUAAAAGGACUGGAGGCUUAACGUUUUAUCAAAAUGAAAAUCCUAGGGAGGGGCCAGUGAUAUUGCUUAGAAUAUAUCCUAUAUUUAUUUAUUACACUUGUAUACCAUCCAAGAAUACUUUCAGGGCGGUUUACAAGUAUAAAAACACGUACUACGGCUUUGGGUUCACAAGACAACUCACAAUAAUAAAAAAUGAAACUGCAAGACGAAUGUGGAAACCAUCACAUCAAUAAUAAUAAUAAUAAUAAUAAUAAUAAUAAUAAUAAUUUAUUAUUUGUACCCCGCCCAUCCAGCUGGGUUUCCCCAGCCACUCUGGGCGGCUUCCACAAAUACCAAACAUACACUAAUAUGUCAUACAUUAAAAACUUCCCUCAAGAAGUAGCAAACAGCACUAAAGGUAAAGGGACCCCUGACCAUUAGGUCCAGUUGUGGCCGACUCUGGGGUUGCUGCGCUCAUCUCACUCUAUUGGCUGAGGGAGCUGGCAUACAGCUUCCGGGUCAUGUGGCCAGCAGGACUAAGCCGCUUCUGGCGAACCAGAGCAGCGCACGGAAACGCCAUUUACCUUCCUGCCGGAGUGGUACCUAUUUAUCUACUUGCACUUUGACAUGCUUUCGAACUGCUAGGUGGGCAGGAGCAGGGACCGAGCAACGGGAGCUCACCCCGUCGAGGGGAUUUGAACUGCCGACCUUCUGAUCGGCAAGUCCUAGGCUCUGUGGUUUAACCCACAGCGCCACCCGCGUCCCUUAAUAGCACUAUAAUGGAAUCCAAUAACAUCACAUGUGGAGAGAGCAUCACAUCAUGCCAAAUGCUUGGCGAAAUAUAACUAGUUCUUAUGGCUCACUUGGAAGCCUUAAUAGAGGGAAGCAGCUGGGCAUCUCUAGAAAAGGGAUUUACCAACCAGGGGGCCAUGACCAAGAAGGCCCUGUGCUGCCUUCCAGCUCACCAAACCUCAGAAGGCCAUGGAAAUAUUCACAACAUGGCCAUGGCCUCCACAAACAUUCAGUGUUUGCAGAGCAGUUUUUGAAAAUGGUUUGGCACAAGCCAUUUCUUUCGUUCAGCCCCAUUGUUCUGUUUCCCCCUCCUUUGUUAGUCAGACUUUUAUAUCCCAAGACCCCUGCAAAAACUUAGGUGUCCCUUGAAAUAACAAUUACUUUCCCAAUAAUUCUUCCCAUAUGUUCGCCAUCCUUCCUUCUGCAGCUUUAGUGCAAUGUGGUUAUUUUCUCAGGGGGGAAAAAAUCAUUGUUCCAGAAAUUAUAAUAGAGGAACAAAUAACAUAUAUUUGCAAAGAAAGCUCUGCCAAAAAAACCCCCAAAACCAAAAGCAACACCCAUUAUUUCUGAGAUACUAAAAAGAAGGAAAACAAGCGUUUUGUCUAAAAAUACCUAACUGCAAGAGCAACAUAUGUGGCAGGACAUAUGAGUAACCAGAACAUUAUUUCUCUGGUGUUGAGUGAAUUUUCUUUCUUUCUUUUCCUCCCAUCUCCAGUUGGAGUGCUCCAUUAUUGUGCAUCCUGAAUACAUUUCUUGCUAUUUAUAUUUUAUAUUGUGGGCAAUUUCAUACAGCUGCUUUAAAACUUAACGAAAAUUCCAGAUGUCAUGUUAGGAACAGAAAACCAGAAACCAGAUUGUAAAUCACAACAAUAGCAUGGCUAUAAUAAAAGAGAUGCCGUUUCACUCGUCUUUCUUUAUUUUAUUUAUUUUAAAAAAUAAUCCUUAUGCUGACUUUUCUUUAUGCCUUCCUUCUGUGGGGAAUUUUAGAAACUGAUAGUUUGAUCUGGUGUUCUCUCUCAUUUGUUUAGAUUCAGAGCAGAGUACGGGUUCAGACACUGAAGCAUUGGCUGAGAGGACAUCCUGCUCCUUUGACACGCACUCUGACCUCACAUCCAGCGGCCCCAUCUCUCAACCACCUCCUACCUCAUCCAUGGAGGAGAUCCAGGUGGAAUUGCAGUGUGCUGACCUCUGGAAACGGUUCCAUGAUAUUGGCACAGAAAUGAUCAUCACUAAAGCAGGCAGGUAAGAUGAAGGCAUCCCCUCAGCACAAGACUCUGAGUUUCGAUGUGAAAUUGACUUGAUGAAAUAGAAAGGUUGUCACGGUAUCGUCUGUGCUUUGUCACAAACUCAUUUCCCAAGACUGACAAGGGUUGAGGCUUGGAACGGGACUUUUCCCUUACCAUAAUAUCCAUGCCUUAGCUUUACAUCCAUGCUGCUUUGGAGGCAGCCCUGCCUGGCAGUAAGUUUCACAACAGAGAUACAGUGGAACCUCAGUUUUCGAACGUAAUUUGUUCUGGAAGACUGUUUGACUUCCAAAACGUUCGAAAACUGAAAGCGGAAGCCUCAAUUUAACAGGGAAACUCUAAACCAGGCAUAGGCAAACUCGGCCCUCCAGAUGUUUUGGGACCACAACUCCCAUCAUCCCUGACCACUGGUCCUGUUAGCUAGGGAAGGUGGGAGUUGUAGUCCCAAAACAUCUGGAGGGCCAGGUUUGCCUAUGCCUGCUCUAAACGGAAGCUGCACCGGGUUUUUCGGGUUCCGAAAAACGUUUGAAAACCGGAGCAUUUACUUCCAUGUUUUCAGAGUUUGGGAACCGAAAUGGAGCCACUUGAGAACUGAGGUUUGACUGUACAUAGGAAAUAUGAGCCAUCGUUGUACACAAAACCUUUCAUAUUUCAUCUCUCAAUCCUAGCUAUGGCCAUACCAAAGCAACUGUUGCCACAUGGGUACAUGUUUAGGUGUGUAUGCAUGUAUACAUAUAUGUAUUUUCAUUCAGAAGGGUGAUCGUUAAAAAGAAUAACACAUCAUCACAAUAAUUUAUUAUUAUUUUGUAUACUGCCCACCAUCUGUAGAUCUCUGGGCAGUUCACAGUCUAAAAACACAAGAUAAAAACAAAAAAAGCAUAAUAAGAACAAGAGCAAAACAAUAAGCUGCUCCCUCCAAAAUAUAUAUUAUUAGUAUUGGUGCCUUACCUCUGGCCAGCAUGAAACCUUUAGUGCCAAUUUUAAAGCAUUUCAAAUGGUAAUCUAUAUAUGCAAAUACAAAAAAAACACUCAUGACAUUUGGAAGCUUGUAGAACUUCAGCUUUGAAAUAAUAAUAUUAAAAGAUCCAUUAAAAGCAAUUGGGUGAUGAUGCCUUCGGAGGCACCCAAUGGUCUGUUAUCUUUUAAACUGGCGUUGCAUAUUCCAGCCAGUUCCCAUUUUAAUUCCAAUUAAUUUUCAUUUUUGCAAAUAAUCAGGACCUUGGACAGGGAAAGGACUCACCAGCUGUAAUAGUGUUCAGUCACUUAACAUGAAGGAAAAUUGGGGGGAAGAGAUUCAGCCUCUUUCCCCCCACUGUUUGAUUUCCCUUAUCUUUUUUCUUUGCUCUCCUUUAAUUCCCUGAAUUUCAUAAGAGGAACCAAGUGUAAGAUAUGCUUGUGGCCUGUAUUAUGGUCCACGUGGCACUGAGCUACUGCUCCAGAUGAACCCAAUGGGUUUGGAGAAGUUUCAACAAUCCAUAUCUUAGAAGCCAAUUCUUACCUGUCUCAAGGCUCUCCUUUUCCCCAUGAGUACAAGUAUUAAUCUAGUUUUUGUCAUUUGUUUUAGACCGUACAUGGUUCCUAAUUACACAGAUCACUGUAAACAAACAAUGGAUGUUUGGCAGCCGCUGUUCUCACAUUUAUGGAAUCAUAUCACAUUCAGUGAGGAAAUACUCCUUCAACUCAGUUGCAGGUUUGCAAAUAGGCUUUAAGAGGUGACUCUGUGCCUGUUUGCUGGCAGAGGGGUAUAUGCAGUAUAUGCAGUAUAUGCCGUAUAUAUGGGAUAUGCAGAUGCUUCAAGCUAUCUGAACUAUACAUUUAAAGCAGCAUCAUACAACUCAGGGCAGUUUGUUAAGGGUGCUGUGAGCUGUUAGGACGCUCCCUAUUCCAUCCUAGAGCUACAAUCCCUCGAGUGGUUUAACAAUCAAUCCCUUUUCCCAGGGAACUUCUCAAUUGUGCUUUUAAAAAAGAUGUUGGUUUAUUUAAACAGCAUGACAAAUAACACCUAAAAAAAUCCCCAACUAUAUAAGCAAUGGGAAUGGAGAAAAACAAAACGUGAUUCUAUAGAUUCCACUAUGAAGCCUAUACGCAGGACAUAGGUUCUUAACUUGUUGUGUAAAAAAGUGACCGCUUUGAGGUUUGUUUUUUUACAAUCAAGUGAUACGGUAUAUAACUUUUUUGAAAUCAGUAAAUACAGUAUGUACUGGGCAGGGUCUCUUUUAAAAUGAAAUUGAGCAUCAGUGGCUCAGUGAAGCAAAAAAAGUAUGUUCUGGUUAAAUAUAAAGAUGAAUUAGUAUGAUCUAGAGAGAGAUAAUUUCCCUCCUCCCUCUCUUACCCCAAAUAAAUUGACUGACGGUACAUUCAGGACAUUUCUCAGCCACACAGGUUUGUUGUGAAGAUGGAACAAAAGGGGACAGAGGCUGACAUUUACACCCCCACUCUGAGCUCAUGGCAGAAACGGUAGAAUAGAAAUGUCAUGGUGUGACUUUAAGCUUAGGGAAUUCGUUGCAGCAUCUUUAAAACCUUCACCUCCUGGUCCAAUGAGUGUGAUCUACACAUAAAAGCAAGCUGUGUGCAAUGGAUGUGGGUGUUGGGAGUGCAUCUGAAUGCAGUUUUAUGAUGCUCAUCCAGGUUCCGUUGAAUUAGCUGGAUGAAACUUUGAGUGUGUAGAUGCACAUCACCCUAUUGAGUUGUUAGUUGUUGCACAAGACCUACCCACGCAAGACUUGGGGACCUCCUGAUGUUUCCGUAUAAGAAGCAGGCUGUGUUAUAAUAUUGUUGAAUGGUGAUUUUGGAGUGUGUUAUAGUGGCUGCUGUUCUUUUGAUUAUGAUUAAGAAUUCCAGUUUAGGAAUUUUAAUGUCCUUUCCUGUUUGUUGUUGGGAUAUUGUUGUACGUUGUUGUUUUGUUACUUUGGUUUUCUUUUUUUUUUCUAAUGAAGAGUAGUCUCUAAAUGAGAUGAGAUAUGUAAUACUUGAGUACAGGUAGGGUUGUAUGAGGCCCUACUAUUUUAAACUCUUUUAACUGCAUACUUGUGCCGUGUCCCAUGUUGUUAGUCUGGAAUGUAAUGGCGUUUGCGUCGGAUGAGAGCAAAGCCAUUGUGCUUUUGCACUAAACUUGCACAGUUAUUUCUGUAGACUGCUCACACUGGCUGCAUGGAGGUUACCCUGCCUUAGCCUGAAAAUCUUAACCAAUUGACAUCUAUGGCAAAUCUCCCAUGACUUCACUUAGGUCAGGUUUUUUUUUUUUUACUGGUUUCCAUCCUUUGAACUAUGAUUGCAGCUGGCUCCGUUCUCCCCUCAGAAAUCUGUACUGCAGUGCUUAAAAGUCUCUUGGGUUCUGUAUAGUGGCGAUCCCAGGCUCCAGGACCAGCUGGCUCCUAGCAGCCACUUUUGCUGUCUUGCAACUGAUGCUUUCUGCAUCCACGAAACUCUUUGGCAUCUCACCCACUGUCAUGCAAGGCGGGCCUGAUGGAUUUGUAGAACUUGUCGCCCUGUUAGCACUGCUUAUGUCGUAUCUCUUGCCAUUUGUAGACACUUUGCAGACACAGGUCUCUGAGCAGGGGAGCUGCUCCUGCGUAGGGAGAGAGGAAAUCGGUACCCAAGACUCCAUUAUGCUUACAUGCCAUUUCUGUUUCUUAUUUCUUGGGUAAAACAUUCAUGUGAAAUGAAGUAUUGGAGUCAGGGAUUUAGGUUUGAUGACGCCCUAAGCAACUGAACGUAAUGGGACCCUUCAUAUGCCCAGCUGUCCUUUGUCAACAACAAAUUGUCGCUAUUUUUUGUGUUGGAUAUAUGCUACAUGGUAAUUUAUGGACCUAAUAGGUAUCUAAAGCCAUUUGCACAUAUCAAAUAGGAGCCUACACAACACAAAACACUGUUGCCGUAUGUAGGUUUUUUUUAUUUGUUUUUUAUCUUAUAUUUUGGAAAUGUACAUCCAGGUUUUUUUCCUUUAAAUUUUUUGGGGGGCCCUAUAGCUUGUUUAGCUUAUACGUAAAUCUGGCACUGAUUGGGGGGCUCAUUUUGGCAAAGCAAAUUUCAUGAAAACCUCCCAGCCCCAGCAAAAUGCAUCCAAGGAGCCCCUCACACUGUUGGAGGCCAGUGGAGAAACACUUAUGCACCAUCCUGGCAUAGGUAAUAUAAGGGUUAAACCACUGAGCCCCUUGGGCUUGCCGAUCGUAAGGUCGGCGGUUCGAAUCCCCGCGACGGGGUGAGCUCCUGUUGCUCUGUCUCAGCUUCUGCCAACCUAUCAGUUCGAAAGCACGCCCGUGCAAGUAGAUAAAUAGAUACUGCUGCAGCGGAAAGGUAAACGGCAUUUCCGUGUGCUCCGGUUUCUGUCACGGUGUCCCAUUGCGGCAGAAGCAGUUUAGUCAUGCUGGCCACAUGACCCAGAAAGCUGUCUGCGGACAAAUGCUGGCUCCCUCGGCUUGAAAGUGAGAUGAGCACCGCAACUCCAUAGUCGUCUUUGACUGGACUUUACCGUUCAGGGGUCCUUUACCUUUUUAAAUCUGACAGUGUUAGGGGCCAACACCACUGAGGACCUGCUGAAGUGUCCACACCAAGCCUGGGCAGCAGCUGUAUCUUCCACCAGUUCCCUUGUGCCCCUCAAAUUUGACUGGACUUAACUGUCCAGGGUUCCUUCACCUUUACCUUUUACCUAGGUAGUCUGAGUUUGAAGUCAGCAAACAAUUAUUCUCCCAUGAAGGGGCCUUUGAGCCAUGCCUUGACACAUGGAGCUUAUCUGUAGGCAGGCGUCCAAUGCAGUUACAUUUGCAAGGAUACUGGACAGCUGUAAAAGGUUCAGAAAAGGACCACCAACAUUAUUAAGGGGGCUGGAAAAAUUCCUCUAUGAGAAAAGGUUACAACGCCCUUGGCUUUUCAGUUUAUAAAACAGGCAAGAUUGUUCACAUCACUGUGUAUAGAGAAAAUGGGUAGAGAUAAAAACACAAUGGAGCUAAGGGUGGGAAGUCAACUUCUAAGGAUAUAUUAAAUUGGAAAUUAAUUUUAAUUUUAGAAUUGUUAAUCUGAUAUUUGCUAAAUUUGUUAAUCUGUUUAUUUUAUUUUUUUUAAAAAAAACUUAAUAAAAAUUAAUUGGCAAAGAGAGAGAGAGAGAAAGAAAAAGUGAAUAGAGAGAAGUUUUUCUCCCUCUUGCUUAAUUCUUUUUUUAAAAAAAAAAAUAUAUUUUUUUAUUAGAUUUUCCACAGUGAUAACACAAACCACAAAGCAAAAUGAUACACAAAAACAGAAAAAAAGAAAAAAGAAGAAAGGAAAAAAAGGGGGGAAACAGAUAAACAAUAACAACAAACUUAAUUCUUCACAAAUCCAACCUUUUAAACAUCUUGGUUGACUUCCUCAAAUCCCUCCCUUCUGAGUUUCCUUGUAGUUGAAGGUAACAGCUUUCCAAUAUCAUUAUUAAACUAAAACAAUUUCCAAUUAUAGUCCAUCUUAUUCACUUUUCCUAACAUUCUAAAUCCCAUUUAUUUAAUUAUAACUUCAUUUAAUCCUAGGCCUAUGUGUUUCUUUCAAGUAAUUUCUGAUUUUUUAUAUUACUAUAUUUAUUCAAAUAGUCCUUGAAUUUCCUCCAUUCCACUUGAAACUCCUCUUCUUUCUGGUCGCGGAUUCUUCCAGUCAGGUCAGCUAGCUCCGAAAAGUCCAUCAUCUUCCCUCUUGCUUAAUUCUAGCAGCUAGGUCAUUCAAUAAAGCUGAAUGCUGAGACAUUGAGGAGAGACAAAAUGAAGCGCUUCUUCACAGCAGGUCGUGGUUAAGAUAUGGAAAUUGUUGCCCCAAGAUAUAGUUAUGUCCACCUAGUUGGACAGCUUCAAAAGGCACAUUAAUGGAGAAUAAGGCUAUCAAUGCCAAGAUGUCUAUAUAUUGCAGUGCUGGGGGAUUUUCAGUUGGGCUGCCUCUCAUGGCUGAGACCUGUCUGACUGUGGCACCUUCAGUCUUGCUUCACCUUGUCUAUUAGGGCUACUUCUGGAUCAGGCCCCGGAAACCUGAUACGUCCUUCAGCUGUUCUCCAGUCUCCUCUCUCCAAUUAGGGAGACCUUGGCUGUAAAUUGCAACUUCCUCUACCCAUUUGACUUGGCAGGUUUAACAAGCCGGUGUGGUGGAAAUGAGGCAAGGCCCCCAAGCCACUCCAUAGUAAUUUAUCUUGCCUAAAGACUGUGUCCGGCUAUGAAGCUAACCUCAUCAAAUAGACAAAUCCUCUCCCUCAAUAUGGGGUUUUGGAAGAGUUCCUCCUCCCCCCCCCCCCCGGACAGUUUUAUGCUCUUAGCUUUAACUACCCAGAGCCUUUCUGGCAAGAGCAAGAUUUCCUUGUGCUCCUGCGAAUGCUGCUUAAAAAGCAAGGAAGCUGCAAAUGCCGCUAGAUACCUCAUGCUUUAAAAAUGCAGACUUUAAGGUGAUGAAAUGGAAGAAGCAACAGCUAGGUGGAGCAAUAGAUCGCAAAUGUUCCACGGACAAUCCCUUCUGUGCCAUUCUGAACUGGUUUGGAAAGAACUUUUCCACAGUGCUUAUUUACAACCCACAACCAACCAUUUUUAGCUGAUUUUUUUUAGAGCCCAAUAGAAAAGACUAUUGUGAUCAAUAGAAUGGGAAGAAAUUCUGGUGCUGGAGGAGACUCUUGAGAGUCCCAUGGACUGCAAGAAGAUCAAACCUCUCCAUUCAUAAGGAUAUCAGCCCUGAGUGCUCACUGGAAGGACAGAUCGUGAAGCUGAGGCUCCAAUACUUUGGCCCCCUCAUGAGAAGAGAAGACUCCCUGGAAAAGACCCUGAUGUUGGGAAAGAUGGAGGGCAGAAGGAGAAGGGGACGACAGAGGAUGAGAUGGUUGGAUAGUGUUCUUGAAGCUGCCAGCAUGAGUUUGACCAAACUGCGGGAGGCUGUGGAAGAUAGGAGUGUCUGGCGUGCUCUGGUCCAUGGGGUCAUGAAGAGGCGGACACGGCUAAACGACUAAACUACAACAACAACAAAUUGUGAUCAGUGACAUCAGAACAUAUCAUUAUGUCCUUUAAUCAUGUCCUUUAAAACUAGUACUGCACGACAUUUUUUUUUGGGGGGGGGGACAGGGGUCUAUACACCUGGUGCAAAAGAGAUUUGGAGUGUGGCAAACUUUUUCCUGAACCCCACUCGAAUGGUUUGUUGAUAACGGCUGUUUUGCAUCUGUUUCCUGUUAUCUGCUGUCCCAAUCAGCUCUUGCUUCAGUGUGUUGGAAACCCCCAGCCAUCUUCCCUCUUUAAAUACUGAGGUCAGGUGUGCCAACUUUAAUAAAAUAUUUUUUUGAGGGGGCAGGUAAGCCCCACCCCCAUAAUUGAUCACAUGAUGUGGCUCACACACACUAUUUGAAUGGCAAUGCCCAUCAAUUUUUGGGCUCCCCGGCCCUCUCAAAUAUUUUUUUGGGGGGGGCAAAGGGACUUGGGCCCCUAUGAGUUUGCUCCUAUGACUGAGGUUAUCAUGUAGCCAGUUAGAUUUACCCAGGUGCUGAGACCAUAGAAGGCAAACAAAGCUUUUGAGGUUACUGCCCAUAAUCUUUGUUUGUCCACAGGCCCUAGUCAAAGUCAACUGGCCAUAUAAAAAGGUUGCUGUUUUGGGGAUGAAUGAGAUAUAAACCAUUCACACCAAAGAGCUGAAUCAGGCUGUAAAUGAACUAAGAAAGGGAUGAGAGGAGGGUAUGCAUUGUCGAGAAGAUGGGAGAAGCAGCUAUUGGGGGAAAGCUGAUAUUGGGAGGUGGCUAUAGCCCCCCCCCCCCAUAAAUAUAACUCCUACAUAUUUUGCAGGAGAAGAAAAUGUGCACAUAUCUCCCAAGGUUUAGCUUAAUACAAGUAAAAAAAAUAUUUGAUGUUGUUUGUGGGAACAUUCACAUCAUUUUUUUUUAAAAAAAUAUAUUUUUCAUUAAAGAUUUCUUAGUUUACAGAAAUAUGUGCGUUGUCUCUUUUUUCAAGUUGUGUUUUCUACAGGUCAGUUACAUAAUGCUUCUAUUUUUCUGCUUAGUUGUAUGUGUGGGGUUUUGUGUCAGUGUCACUUGUGUGAGUUUCUCUUUCUAUUUGCGUGUUAUAUUUCCUUGGUGAGGAGAGAGGUUGGGGGUGGCCUAGGGUGUGGUUGGUUGUCUUUGGUUGGCUGUACAGUGGUACCUCGGGUUACAUAUGCUUCAGGUUACAGACGCUUCAGGUUACAGACUCCGCUAACCCAGAAAUAGUGUUUCAGGUUAAGAACUUUGCUUCAGGAUAAGAACAGAAAUAUUGCUCUGGCGGCACGGCGGCAGCAGGAGGCCCCAUUAGCUAAAGUGGUGCUUCAGGUUAAGAACAGUUUCAGGUUAAGAACAGACCUCUGGAACUAAUUAAGUACUUAACCCGAGGUACCACUGUAGUGAUAUUUGUUUAUGUGUCUGAGUGUGUGAGAGGGUGGAUUUUUGGGUCAGGUUAGCCAUAUUGAUUCGUAUGCUGUCGGAUUCUUGUUGUUGUCUUGUUGGGCUAUGUAUGUGAUAAAGGGGAACCAUACCGGGGUGAAGGCGUCUUCUUCUAUUUAUGCCCAUGUCAGCUUCAGUUUAUUGGUUAGUUUUUCUAGUGAGACUGUUUCCCAUACUAUUUGAUACCAUUGGUCCAUGUUUACUCCUGACAGGUUUCUCCAGUGUCUGGCUAUUACACUUCUGGCUACUGAGAGUAGGUGGGUUAUGAACUCUUCAUAAUGUGAGUGGGCAUUAUUCUCUUGGAAGAUGUUCAAUAGGGCCAGUUCUGGAGUGACUUCUAAGACUUAUUUAGUUAUUUUGCUUGUUUCUUGUAUGACUGAUGUCCGGAAGAGUUGGAUUUUGGGACAUUCCCACCACAUGUGGAGGUAUGUUCCUGUGGAAAUUCAUCCUCUCCAGCAUUUUGGUGAGGCUCCUGGGCAUAUCAGCGCUAGUUUCUGUGGUGUUAGGUACCAUCUGUAAGUGAGUUUCAGGGUGAGUUCUUUUCUUUUAGCUGAGAUGGAUUUAAAGUGGGGUUUGGACCACAUUCUAGUCCAUUGGGUGGGGUUAAUUUCAUAGCCUAUGUCAUCCUCCCAUUGUUUUCUGAUUACGUCGAUGGGGUUUGUGGGAUUUUGGAGCAGUAUUUUGUAUAUUGUGCAUAUCAUCCCCUUGCCAUGUACCUUUGUUGUUAGGAGGAAGUUUUGUUGCUACUGAUUUUACUACUGGAUUGUUUAAGAAGACAUGUAAUUGGUGGUGUGUUAGCCAGAGCAUGUUGAUGUCCCCUAUCUUGUCUUGUAUUUCUUUUUCUUUUCUUUUUUUCUUUGCAUUUUCAAAAACAGGAACAGAAAGCAUACUCUACCCCCCCGUCCCACUUACAAUUUCGUACCAAAUACAGCAUGUAUACAUAUACCAUAUGACUUCCACUCUUGUCCUGGUUCCUUUGCUUUCUACUACUCUGUGUAAUCUACAUCUUUUUAAUCAUCCAAUUUGUUAUCUAUUAAAAACUCUAUCUGUUUCAACUCUUCCACUGGAUUUACUCAAGACCUGCUAAGCUAUGUAUUUGUUUAUACUGGUUCUUAAAAUAUUCAACAAACAUUAUCCAUUCCUCCUUGCAUUACUUAUAUUUGUUUUCUCUUAUCCUGUUUGUCAGACCAGCCAAUUCAGCAUAUUUAAACAUUAUACACUGCCAUUCUUCCUUAGUGGGUACUAUACUUGCUCUCCAGCUUUGUGCCAAUAAGGUUCUAGCUGCGGUGGUGGUGUUUCGGGGUAAGUUUUUUUUAAGUAUCUUUUUAAAUUCAUUAUAUAUAAUUUCCCAAUAUUCCUUAAUUACUGUACAGGACCACCACAUGUGGAAAAAGGAUCCCCCAUUUUCAUUGCACUUCCAACAUAUACCUUUUUCUUUUUCAGACAUUUUCGCCAAUCUGGUGGGUGUUAAAUACCAUCUGUGGGUCAUUUUCAUCAUAUUUUCUUUUAUCGCAUAACAUGCUGUGAAAUUCAUAUUUCUUUUCCACAACUUUCCCCAUAAUUCAUAAUCAAUAUUGUGACCCACAUCUUGUGCCCACUUAAUCAUGCUCGAUUUCACAAGUUCCUCUUUAGUUUCCCACUCCAACAGCAGUAUGAACAUUUUUUAUACUACUUUUAUAUUUGUAUCUAAUAGGUCUUUGAGACUUUCGUCCUGCAAAGGCAUUUUCCCUAUCUAUCUUAAACAAUUCAUUAAUCUGACGUACCUGUAGCCAAUCUGUAACCAGAUUUCUUAAUUCCUCGAGAUUUCUCAGUUUUGGUUCCUGUCCUAUAAAAUCUAAAAUUCCACUGUAUGUUAACCACUGUUUAUCCAUAUUUGUUCUUCUCCUGGUCAUAGCUUCCACUGUCAGUUUGGUUUUGCCGUCUAGUAUCCCUUUAGCGAAAAAGAAUCUGCCUCUCUUGUCUUUUAGCAUCGUUGUAGCUUUGAAAUUAAGGUCUCUACUGCGUAUUAUAGCUACUCCGUGAGCCUUUCCAGAGUCAGGUGCAAACCAUUGUUGACUGAAGCUGGGUUUGCUCAGGAGUUUGCUUCCUUUAGGUGAAUUGUGUAUUUUUUGUAGGAAGGCAAUGUGUGGUUUCAUGGUGUUUACAUAUGAGGUGAUGCAUUUUCUUCUGAUAGAGUUUCCCAUCCAUCUCACGUUUAGUGUAAUUGCUUUUAAGCAAGCCAUUCUGCUUGUCUACUUUAUAGGAUGAUUCCUUACCAAUCCGUCAGGGUUGUCCUGUGUCUCUCACCUUAUAUUGUCUAUCCAACCUAUUUUGUUGUAUUGGCAUAAAGUGUGAUGGGUGGGGGAAGAGGGGGAUUAGAAUUAGAUUUGGGUUAAAGAGUGGGGGGUAGAUUACAGAAAGUAGCCUAUAUGUAGUUAUAUAAGUGUUUGCUUGGGGUUAUUUGGAUCAUCUGGCUUCCAACCCAUUGGUCCUGGGUCUCAGCUGGCAUGGAGGGCCUUGUUUAAGAACAGGUCAUCCUGCCUAUCGUUUGCGAUAGGGGAAUAGUCAGUGAGAUGGUGUUAAGUGCCUUUGUGACACUUGUGUUGGGUAUAAGGUUUAUAAGCAAUGUUGUCAGUAUUAUUAACAACAUUAUUGGUUUGUUGGGGUAUUGGGGUAGGGAUAUGGGUAUUGGCACGCUCUGGCGCCAGCAUUGUGGUGGUUGUAUGCCAGAUUUUAGCCUGUUUAUUGAUUGUUUUAUUGAGUUUGGGGGUAUUGUUUUAGUUGGUAUGGGUUUCUUUCUUUGCUUUUAAUUUUCUUUUACCUACUGAUUUUGUUUGUUGCCUUUGUGUGGUGAAGGAAGAGACGGAGAGGUUGGCAGGGGAAUUCACAUCAUUUUAAUUCUUUUUGUUGAGUGUUAGAAAUAACUAUUGUGAACACACUGAGGGAAAUAAGGUUACUGGUUUGUCUUCUAUGAGUGUUCAUUUACUUUGUUGCUCUGAUGUAUUGCUGUGAGGUUGUUCAUAUGACCCGAGAUAGCCCAAGAUAGAAGCAUGUUGACCAAAUGUUGGUAAGAACACAAGAGGUUGGCUGCAUUUGGGCCCAAUGUCCAUUGAAUCCAAUAUUAAUGUUUCCAACUAUAAUCACCAGGAGGCCUUGGGGAUGCCUAUAAGCAAGGUGUAAAUGCAAUACAUGGUUUUGUCCUGAGUAGCUGUUAUUUGGUGGUAGAAUGCUUCUGAAUUUGGAGGUUCCAUCUAGCUAGCAUGAGAAUGCUGGCUAAGAGUCAAGGCCGCAGCUGAAACCUCACCUCAGCUAUAAAGUCACCAGGUGGCCUCAAGUAAGCAGCCAUUUUCCUCUUCAGCCCCUCUCCCAAUUUACAGCACAGAUAUAUAAAUAGCGCAGUGAGGAUUUCUGAGGUAAUCUGUGUAAAGCACACUAAAUGCUAUAUAAAUAGGAAGUAUUUUCCCCUCUUAUUACGUUUGAGCGGAAAGCAUUGCGGCCACCACUGAAAAUCAUUUCUUGCUUCCGUUAUAUAACAACACUGAAUUGGCAGGAUUCCAGUGUGGCUGGAGGAGGAGUUAUAAUCUCUUCGAUGACCCCAGCAGCGAAUAUUCUUUGUUCGUAAAACAGGGCUACUGUCUCCAUUUGGUAAAAUACCAAGGUGGCGCUAGGAAAAUAAUCAUAUUAUAAAUAGAAAUUGGUGUCAGGUGGCCAUCAGUGGUAUGGCACACACACUGAAGAAAAUGUGAUGCGUGAAUUAGACUGGGCGCAUCAGUCCUUCAGAGAAAAAAGAAGGGUGCACAGCAUGUGCCAUUUGUUCUCCUAACCCAGGGGGAGGCAAACUAAGGCCCGGGGGCCGGAUGCGGCCCAAUCGUCUUCUCAAUCCGGCCCACGGACGGUCCGGGAAUCAGCGUGUUUUUACAUGAGUAGAAUGUGUCCUUUUAUUUAAAAUGGAUCUCUGGGUUAUUUGUGGGGCCUGCCUGGUGUUUUUACAUGAGUAGAAUGUGUCCUUUUAUUUAAAAUGCAUCUCUGGGUUAUUUGUGGGGCAUAGAAAUUUGUUCACCCCCCCCCCCAAAUAUAGUCCGGCCCCCCACAUGGUCUGAGGCGUGGUGGACUGGCCCAUGGCUGGAAAAGGUUGCUCACCCCUGUACUAACCAAAGGAAAGAGGAUGAAAUCUGGGGGGUAGAGGAGAGACCAGGAGUCUGGGGUGGGUUAUACGUAAGGGGUAGCAGUUGUCCUCAUCAAUGGUUGGGGGCGAGUUGUAUUUGCAACACCUGGAGAACACUAUGUUAGUUGUCCCUGGUAUUAUGCCAUUAGGGUGUGCCGUUUUAGGGAGUGAAACUUAAUCUUUUGCAAAUUUCUUCAGUGAGGGGGUCUUGAGAAUAUGUCGUUAGGUGUGCGGGAUUCAAAUCUGCUAUCGUUUUUGUAUUUAACUUGGUAAGCCUACAUAUGAGGAAGAAGUACACAAACUGCUUUCGGAAAACCAAAGAAUUUUAAUUUUGCCUUCUGAAAAGGUCAGGCCAAUUCUAAAUAACAUUAAUAAAUAAAAAUAAUAAUAAUAAUCUAUAAUAUAAUUGCAAGUACUUGGCAACCAUUUGAAAUGAUUUCUAUGCAAUUUUACACACAUUUUCCCUAUCAAACAAAACUAAACAUUAUUAAUUUAAUCGAAAUAUUUUUGAAUUCCCAAGUCUCUUACAACAUUUUAGCACCCCUAAUUUUUUGAUUUUGAAAAAUUCAGCAUGCCCUACUGCAGCAUUCCUAGCCACAGGUGUGACCUGAGCAUCCACCUGCAUUAACAGAUCCCAAAGUGUCGCUUCUUUGCUUCCCCGUUUCAUUCUGGAGAUUCUGCAAAAAACUUGGAAUGGGCGAGUGAGUGGAGGCAAGAGUUUAUUGGCAUGUUUGCUUGAGGAGUUUUCUAUGCCAAGAGUCCCUUUGUGUCCCUUGACGCUGGACACAGAGCAACAGUUUUCAAUGUUUUAGCAGACUCCUUCCUCUGUCAUCUUUACAAUCCUGCCUUUCCCCUUCCUCUUUAAAUGAUGUGCAGAUUGAUUUUUCAGAGAAAUUAAACACUUUUUAUUGGUGCUGGGUGGGUGGGGAAGGAAGGAUUGCAGCCUCAAUUUAAUUUAAUUUAUGGGGAGGGAAUGAUGUGGUGAUUGAUGAACAGGGGUAAUUAUUGGAGGGGGGUGGAACUGAUGUUACAGACACAGAUGUUCUUAUAUUAUAUUUAUUAUAAAAUAUAUAUUAAUCUGAGAGUCACCAACCACUGGAGUAGCUGCAUGUAUGUUUGGGCGAAGAACUGAGGAGAAUCUCUCUCUCUCUCUCUCUCUCUCUCUCUCUCUCUCUCUGUGUGUGUGUGUGUAUGGCAUGAUCCUGGGGGAGAGAAAGAGAUGUGGGGUGACUUAUUUGCACCGGGGAAAUGAAUGGACUGUGGGUUAAUUUAGGAUGAAUUCAUUUGGACAAUGAAUUAGGGGAAACGUGGGGGUGUGUUCUUCCCAAUAGUCCUUUCCUCCCUGUGAAACACCCUCCCAUCAAGGAUGGGAGAUAAAGAACCACACAACUAUUAGAAGACAUCUGAAGGAAGCCCUGUAUCGGGAAGCUUUUAAUGUUCAAUGUUUUGUUAUGCUUUUUACGUUUCCGGGCAUAAUUCAAAGUGUUGGUGCUGACCUUUAAAGCCCUAAACGGCUUUGGCCCUGCAUACCUGAAGGAGUGUCUGCACCCCCAUCAUUCAGCCGGACACUGAGAUCCAGCGCUGAGGACCUUCUGGCGGUUCCCUCACUGCGAGAAGUGAAGCUACAGGGAACCAGGCAGUGGGCCUUCUCGGUAAUGGCACCCGCCCUGUGGAACGCCCUCCCUUCAGAUGUGAAGGAAAUGAACAACUAUCUGACUUUUAGAAGACACCUGAAGGCAGCCCUGUUUAGGGAAGUUUUUAUCGUGUUUUUAAUAUUCUAUUGGCAGCUGCCCAGAGUGGCUGGGGAAACCCAGCCAGAUGGGUGGGGUAUAAAUAAUAAAUUAUUAUUAUUGUAGAACAAUAAAAUGUCUCCAAAUGCCUCUGUAGUCGUGCCAGCCAAAUACCUUUGACAUUCUUAAAAGUGGUCGGUGCACAAGGCAUCCUGUUUGUCCCCAGCGUUUGUUAGGAGAGUGUAUGAGUUUUAUCGCUUGUUGUAUGAUGCCUGUCUGUGCAUGAUAGAGAAGGCUAUAUAAAACCAUGUGAAUUGUCAUUUCAGGCUUGGGUGGUAUGUACCCCCAUCUCUAAAAUGGGUACAUGUUUUUUUCUAAGAGGUUCACAUGCAAUUCCAUCAUCACACAAGCGUAUCAUGUGUGAUAUGACCUGAAGCCUGUGGUUCACUUUCUUGAUGUUUGUUGUGCUCUGUAUGAAGAUAAUUUCCUGCCUUUUGACUAAAGCAUGACUAGUCUUGUCUGAGUUAUAUUGAUACCAUGUGGGGAUGGAUGGUUAUUAUUUAAUAUGUGGUGGAUUUAUAAACUCAUAGCUAAGAAAGGCUCUGUGCAGCAAACGAAUAUGUUGGGCAGUGUUUCUACAAAUUUAUAUCCACAGUGGAAGACCUUGUUCAGCCUCUGUGUCGCAGAACUUUUUUUAAAAACGUGCAACUUGACAUAAAACAUUCCAAGAGGAAAUUAGCCAUUCCAAAUUCAUGUUAGUUACAUUUAGUUACUGAAGAGAUAGGUAGCACAUUGCCAAAAUAGUGCAACACUUUGUCGUGUUGAUAAAGAACACAGAAGCUUGGAUAGUUACUUUAUACCAAUUCAGACAACUGGUUCAUCUAGCUUUGUAUAAUUGUCACCGUCUGUUCCUCAAGAUUUCUGCAGGAACUUGUGAUUUUUUAAAAGAAAUCCUCAUGAAAAUUCUUCAGCAUUUUAGUGCAAAUUUAUCCUAAUAAACAAACUUUUGUUGCCAGUUUUGACAGAUGUACACUUUUUUUUGCAAGCAUUUUCUUCUAAUAUGAUAUAAUUUUGUACACUAUUUUCACCAAUAUACAGUGGUGCCUCUGGUUGCGGAUGGGAUCUGUUCCGGAGGUCUGGUCGGAUCCUGAGGCUUCCACAACCUGAGGACCGCUUCUGCGCAUGUGCGCACGGUGGUAGACUGCUUCUGCGCAUGCGCACGUGGCAAAACCCAGAAAAUACUUCCAGGUGUGCUGCUUUCACAUCCCGAAGGUUAUGUAACCAGAGGGUUACGUAAGCAGAGGCACUACUGUACUAAUUUUUCUGCACACUUACCCCCUAGCAACUGCAUUUCUGUGAUGGGUGCCUUAGUUGAGAUUACUGCCUUGCAAGGGAUAUGACUAGAUGAUCCUUUGGGUCCCUUUCAGCUCUGCAAUUCUAUGAUUGGUUGGGGAACUGCGUCACAAAAUUCGGAUAAAUGUGAAGUUUUGCAGGGUGGCUGUGUUUUGGGUCUUAUAGAAUCACAGAAAUCAUAGCAUCGGAUGUCAAGGAGAUAAAGAACUACACAACUAUUAGAAGACAUCUGAAGGAAGCCCUGUAUUGGGAAGCUUUUAAUGUUUGAUGUUUUGUUAUGCUUUUUACGUUUCCAAACACAAUUCAAAGUGUUGGUGCUGACCUUUAAAGCCCUAAAUGGAUUUGGCUACAUACCUGAAGGAGUGUCUCCACCCCCAUCGUUCUGCCUGGACACUGAGGUCCAGCUCCGAGGACCUUCUGGCGGUUCCCUCACUGUGAGAAGUGAGGUUACAGGGAACCAGGCAGAGGGCCUUCUCGGUAGUGGCGCCCGACCUGUGGAACGCCCUCCCAUCAGAUGUCAAGGAAAUGAACAACGAUCUGACUUUUAGAAGACAUCUGAAGGCAGCCCUGUUUAGGGAAGUUUUUAAUGUUUGAUGUUGGCAGGAAUCACGAGGGUCAUCUAGUCAAACCCCCUGUAAUGCAGGAAGCUUUUGCCCAAUGUGGGACUUGAAUCCACAAAGCUGAGAUUAAGAGUCUCAUGGUAUUUUGGAAUUUGAUAGAUUCAGCUUUAAAUGGAUUUUUCCCAUCUUCCCUGACAUGUGCUCUAUCACUGAGCUAAGGACCUCCUCCUUAAGUGUGGUGCUUAAAAAGAGUGCUCUUCUUACCUAACACUGUCAAGAGUCUCAGUUCUGAGGAUUUCCUGCCACUUUCUGUAGGCAGAACUCUCAGCAACAAAGUAUGGGCACACAAAAAGACAAUGCAAACUAAUGCUUUGUUACCAAGCCCAGCCAUAAUCUGUAGGAGCCUGCACAGUUCUGUCUCAACAGAGCAGCUCUCUAAGGCUCAUCAGGAUGUCUACAUUGACCACUUUCCUCCUUCCUUUUCAACCUUCAUAUUUCUAGGAGAAUGUUUCCUGCAAUGAGAGUGAAGAUUACCGGACUGGACCCCCAUCAGCAGUAUUACAUUGCCAUGGACAUUGUGCCUGUGGAUAACAAGAGGUACAGGUAAGAGCUGCUAAAGAAUGGGAACGAUUAACUAAGUGCUCCAUUGAGAACCAGAGAGCCUGAGCGAGCAAGAGAGAAAGCUCAGCGCCAGACCCAAAACGGUCAGAAUUGUUUUUUAAAAGAGAAGAGAGAUGUUUGGAUGUGAAUUGGAGUGUGCCACAACACAUCUGGUUAAAAAAUAGUGCACACACACGCUCUCUCUCUCUCUCACACACGUAUAUAAAAUCAUCAUCAUCAUCACUGCUUUUUUUCUUUAAAAAUGUUUAGGGAUACUCUCAUUUUCCUACUCAUAUUGAAAUACUUCCCCUCAAUGAGGCCAAACGUAGACUGACAAAAUGUUUAGGGGUAUGUGUACCCCUGCGUCUCCCCAGGAAAAAAGCACAUUCAGAAUUAAAUGACAUUUGAAGGCAAAGUAGCCAUUUCUGUGCGUAAGAAGCCUAUUGAGUCUCAGACAGGUCCAGGGAUUUAUAGACUAGGUAGGACUUGCCGAUCAGAAGGUCAGCGGUUCGAAUCCCCGCGAUGGGGUGAGCUCCCGUUGCUCGGUCCCAGCUCCUGCCAACCUAGCAGUUCGAAAGCACAUCAAAGUGCAAGUAGAUAAAUAAGUACCACUCCGACGGGAAGGUAAAUGGCAUUUCCAUGCGCUGCUCUGGUUUGCCAGAAGCGGCUUAGUCCUGCUGGCCACAUGACCCGGAAGCUGUACGCCGGCUCCCUCGGCCAAUAAAGCGAGAUGAGCGCUGCAACCCCAGAGUCGGUCACGACUGGACCUAAUGGUCAGGGGUCCCUUUACCUUUACCUUUACUUAUGUAUGUAGGUGCUUUUACCUUAUGCUGGCAAAGGUUUUGAUUUGAUUUGAUUUCAUACUCUGAUCAGGAGUAUGGCUUUGGAAUAGGUGUAACUCUUUCCUGGUCCCAUCCCAGCCACGCCCCCUAUUUGGGGAGUUACAGCAGAAUAAGUUAUGCUGACUUAAAUUCCAUUGGCUGAGCCCUCACUGAGCCAAGGUGUAUAUUUAUACCAGUGUAUCUCCGGCACAGCUGGAGUGAGGGUCUCACUCUGGUGUAAGCUUGGCUGAGCUCUGGCUCAGCUUGGAAACCCGAAGACCUCCCAAUUCCAAUCUCUCUCAUCCCAGCAGAUUUUGGGUGUGGAUUCUGAUGUUAGUAACUUUCACUGAAUAGAAAACUUUCAGCUUGCUAUCCUCUUCAUCAGUUAUAUAUAUUUUUACUCGCCCUUCACCAUGAGAUCUCAGGGCGGGUUAGAACAAUUUAAAUAUACUAUAUUAAAAACAGUUGAAGCAGAUUAUGAUCAAGAUAACAGGGUGGACACUAAAAUGUUCAUGGACAGUGUUGCAGCACACAGAAAUGGAGUCUGAACUAAGGGUUUUUAGAGAUGAAAUCAUGGGACCUCCGCUGUGUAAACUGAGAAGCAAAUGGCAUUUGCAGGUGCAGAGUGUGUUAGAAGAGUCAUCUGCAAGUAAUGAAAUAUUCCUAUUAUAUCUCUAAAGGCUUUCAUCUGUGGAUUAGUAGGGUUAACCAAUUAGCCUGUCCCAUGUGCAAAGUUUUUUAGGGACAGUAAUUGGAAAAGAGGAUUAAUAGAGAUGCAAAAGUGAGGAACUGGUUCCAGGUAUCAUCUGGUUUCCAUUAAAGAUGAAGCACAUGGUUUCCUUCCUGUGCAUAUAAUCUGAGCCUGAACGCUGUUGGGUGAGUGCAGAAGGAAAGCUCUUAACGGGAGGGGGAUUACAGGUGUUGUCUGUGUCUGCACUUUGAAUAAUAAAGCCUCCUUUCUCGCAUCCUCGUCUCUCGCAGGUAUGUGUAUCACAGCUCCAAGUGGAUGGUAGCGGGCAACGCAGACUCCCCGGUGCCUCCAAGGGUUUAUAUUCACCCCGACUCGCUGGCAUCUGGGGACACCUGGAUGCGGCAGGUUGUCAGUUUUGAUAAACUCAAACUGACCAACAACGAGCUAGACGACCAAGGCCAUGUAAGUUAUUAAGAAGCACAUUCCCUUUUCACCAGCCUUUUGCUUCAGACCUGCCCCUUUCAGCUCUGGGCACCACACACGACAGGGAUGUAUUCCUUAGCUCAAAGCCCUUCCUCCAAGCAGGGGCAGAGGAAGGGGGGUGCGGAGGGGGCGGGUCGUCCCGGGUGUCACCACUGAGGGGGGUAACAAAAUGCCGGGUGGCACUCACCGCGGGGCCUGCAGCGUGCCCGAGCCAUGCGUCUCUCCUGGGAGUGACGCGGUGACUUGGGCGCCCGCAGGCUCCGUGCUGCCCCAAAUGGUCCCCCCGCUGCCUCCCCCUCAGCUGUAGGGCGGCUGAGUGGGAGGAGGCAGGCAAACUCCUCAAAAGCCCCAUGGAGUGUCCUGCCCCGGCUGGCCCCACCCCUGGGCACAGGGUACACCCCAGGUGCCCGAUCAGUUUUCUCCGCCACUGCCUUCAAGGUGCAGUUUCUGCUCUUCCUGCAGGGCCAUAGGAAGGCAGGGGCACAGUGUGUGUGUGGGGGGGAUGCCCCCAUGUAGGCCUAGCCCAGUGCUCCUUUCCAGCCACCAAGGGUCAUGUCAGCCGGUUGGACUCCCCCCUGCAUGGGUGAGAAGGUGGCUCAGGGAAGCCCUGCUUUGCUCCAGUGGGGGUGGGGUCAUUCUGGCAGUGAGGACUGGGCUCGUGUCCCCCUGCCUAGUGUGUGCAUGCUGUCCCACCUGGACACUGGCAACCAACGGUAAGAUUUAGGGACUACGGUCAUACCUCGGGAUGAAUACGCUUCAGGUUAAGUGUUUUCGGGUUGCGCUCCGCGGCAACCUGGAAGAGAUGGAAUGCGUUACUUCCGGGUUUUGCCGCUCACGCAUGCGCAGACACUCAAAAUGAUGUCACGCGCAUGCGCGGAAGCGGCGAAACGCGAUCCGUGCAUGCGCAGACAGGCAGUCGCGUGUUACGUUCACUUCAGGAUGCGAACGGCGCUCCGGAACGAAUCCUGUUCGCAUCCAGAGGUACCACUGUAGCUCCACUGGGGACUGGGAGUCACUGCAGGGAACAUAAAACACUGGUUCUAAAAGAUCUAUGCAGCCUCUCAGUAUGUUUCUGAGCACAAUUCCAAGUGUUGGUGCUGACCUUUAAAGCGUAUCCACCCCCAUCAUUCAGCCCAGACGCUGAGGUCCACCUCUGAGGGCCUUUUGGAGGUUCUCUUACUGCAAGAAGGCAGAGGGCCUUCUCGGUAGUGGCCCCCACCCUGUGGAACGCCCUCCCAUCAGAUGUCAAGGAAAUAAACAACUAUCUGACGUUUAGAAGACAUCUGAAGGUGGCCGUCCUGUAUCAGGAAGUUUUUAAUGUUUGAUAUUUUACUAUGUUUUUAUAUGUGUUGGAAGCUGCCUAGAGUGGUUGGGACAACCCAGCCAGAUGGGUGGGGGUAUCAUCAUCAUCAUCAUCAUCAUCAUCAUCAUCAUCAUCAUUAGAGUAUAAUUCUAUCCUUAUCAAGCUACUAGUUUGGGAGUCAUUUGUUCAGUACCCAUCCCCAAAUAUCAGCUCUGAAAUUUUUAGAAUGGUGCAUUUCAAAUAAAUCUCCCUUGCCUUUCCUCUGUUUUCCCAAAGAUAAUCCUGCACUCAAUGCACAAAUAUCAGCCCCGCGUCCAUGUUAUCCGCAAAGACUUCAGCAGUGACCUGUCUCCCACGAAGCCAGUCCCCACAGGUGAUGGGGUGAAAACCUUCAACUUCCCAGAGACUGUCUUUACCACUGUCACUGCUUAUCAAAACCAGCAGGUAAUGAAAAAGAUGAUCUAGCAGCCCAUCUGUUAACUGCCGAACAGGUUUCGAUCUGCUCUUAAAUGAAAGCUAUGCUGUCUGUGCCAAACUAUGGCCCACUAAUUAAUACAUUUAUAAACAAAUCUAUCAGCAAAAGUGUCACAACAAGCCAAGUACUGUUACAAUGCACGAGCAGAGUGGUGGUCUCAGCAAUAAGUCAGCAGAGCAAGCGAAAAUGACAGCAUAAGUUAGCUUUGAAAGAAAAGGACAGGUGGUGUAACCCAACUUGUGGAAAAAAAACCCCACACACAAAUUCCACAGAGGAACAGAAUUUGUCAUAAAUCAGGAACAGAAGGAGAUUUGCAACAUGGACAGUUGAGUUUACAGGCUGUUGAUAUAGAAAUAUUAAGUCUUUGGAAGAAUGCCAGCAGGAACCGACCUAACAUUAAUGUCAAGAUAGCCCAACAGCGUUUCGACUACAUAUGUAUAUUUCAAAUCUCAAAAUUGUAAAUACACGCUGAGUUUUGCAGAAGACAAAGAAACCCUUUCUGUGACUUUAUGACUUUAAGCUACUUACACAGCUAUUAAAAAAUUGUCCGCGUUAGGAACUCAGGAAAACAUGGAGAAGUGUUCAAGGGUUGAGAGCAGACUUUCCUCAUAAUGGGUAUCUGUUUUCUUUUCCCAAAUCCUUCAUGAAAUCUCUCUCUUGUGAGGUCAACCAGCUGCAAUGUAAGAUGCACAGUGUCAUUACAUAGUAUGUAGCUUAAAGCAUAUGAAAGCACAAUCUGUUUUCUUUACUCGGUCCCCUGACAAGAUCAAAACUCUUUGCCCUGUACUAUAGAUCCUACAAAGUAAUGUAUGUUGGUUCCAGUUUUAACGCCAUCAGGCAUUGUUCAGCAAAUUCCUGAAUAGGACAGGCUAAAGUAGGAAUUGCCGUCUGUGAACUUUGCCAUUCUCCCAGAAACAGCUGACAUGCAAAGGACUGAGUGUACUUUGCUGCUUUCUUGAGCUCACUGUAGUUGGAAAAACAAAUACCAAGAUAUGAGAGAGAUGGAAAUCUAGAAACACCAAUUGCAGCUUUGAAGAUAGAAUGCUUUUCUGAGAUUUGCUAUUUUUAUAGCAACAUAACUGUACCUCGUAAAAGCCGACACAGCAUUUCAACACAAGGAGAAAUGAAAAAAGGAGUGGAGGGAAGGAUAAAUAUGGUUAGUUGUGAGCAAAUGCAGUCUUCAUUUUAGAAGAAGGUGGCAGGGAUGCCUAAAGGUCUCAUAGAAUAAGCGACAUGGGAUUUUAGGAAGAGCAAGGGGUAUUGAUCCGAGAUAGCUGAUUUACAAGUUGAAGAAACAAAUACACACACACACCACACACAAUAUACAAUACAAGGUGUGUGUGUGUGUAAUUUAAUUCUGAAUAAAAUGCAAUUGAAUGCAACCCAGAAUUUACAGUGACAUAGAACUGUUAAUUUACCAUUUAUGGAAGCAAAAAUUCAUUGUGCAUGCUCCUAACUCAACUGCAAACUGUUUAACUGGGGGGCCGUGUGAAAUGGCAUAAAGCACCAAUGAAAAGAAGAGUAAUUGUGGGAUGAUCAAAGUUAUGCAAAGUGUUCAGGAAUGAAAUAUUCUCCAUAGAAUCUAAGUUAAUUUACAUUCUGUUACAGAUUACACGAUUAAAAAUUGACCGGAAUCCAUUUGCAAAAGGGUUCAGGGAUUCUGGAAGAAACAGGUAAGAGAGUCCCUGAUUUCCUUUAUUGUAUCAUCCUUCUCUGGCCACGGUGCUGGAUCAGGUCCCCCAGGCACAAUGUGGUGCCUUAUGUAGUUAAAUGGCCCUGGAAUCAGCAUCUGGGGCAGCAGAUGGAUUCACUUGCAUCUUCAAACAUGGCUGUGGUCAGUUUUAUUUGUAACAGUCACAUUCGCUCCUCCCCAAGACUUGACUGAUAUCAAAUCUAAUUUCACUUACCAUCUGCUUUGCUCUGCUCUUUUACAAUCAAGCAAUAUAUAAAUGUUAUGAAAUAAAUAAAUCUGCUGGGCAAUCCCCCUCUCAGAUCCUUGCUCAUAGCCAACGCUAUGUGCAUGAAUCGCUGGACCAGGUUAUAUGCUUUGGGGAGGGCAGUGUACAGAACAUAUAUAGGCUGUCGUGCUGCUUUAAUUGUCCUGGUUUCAGUGGGUAAUUCUGAUCAGGUUGCCCAAGCUUGAUAGUUCUAGUUCUUCACAAUGCUUUCUGAAACAGGCACUGAUUUCCUAGCCCAGUGAUUGCUUUCCUCUUCACCAUGCUAUGCCAUCCACCCUACUAGUGGGAGCAGAAUGACUGCAGCCUCGCUGCUUAGAACCUUGUAGGCUCAUAGGUGUGUGUGGUCUUUCUGCUAUCAAGACCAGAAGAUGCCCUUCCCUAACUUCAGAUGUUUUGGACUUCAACUCCCAUAGGCCCUGCCAACUGGGACUGAUGUGAACUUCAGACCCAAACAUCUGGAGGGUGCCAGGUUUCCUCUCUUAUUUGGGCCAGUCUGGGUGGUUUGGUAGUUCUUUUGGAUUUCUGAUCCAGUAACAUUGCAGAUGGUGGAAAAGCUUGAAGCGUGUGUGUUGUGGGGGGAGGUCUAACUCUGAGAUUUUAGGCAUCGUCUCCCAGGGAUCAAUUCUGGAUCAGACCCUCCAGGCUCAUAAGAGGCCUCCAGGACUUGGUACACAGUGAAACCCACAUUGCCAUGGAUGCAGCUCUCCUUGUUGCCUUCUAGCAAGUAGCGCAACACAAUAUGAGAGGUGGCGUCAAGGAAAGUCAUAGUCUGAAGGCCAAGGAAGGCUUCAUCAGUUGGUUCUUGUGGGAAUGUUCAGGGUGGCAGGAGAGGAUAUAUUGUUUAUCAAUAUCCUUCCUAACUUGCACUAGCAAGUUCUUUACUUCCUUUCUCCUUGAGAGCCAGUGUGGUGUAGUGGUUGAGAGUGGUAGACUCGUAAUCUGGGGAACCGGGUUCGUGUCUCCGCUCCUCCACCUGCAGCUGCUGGGUGACCUUGGGCCAGUCACACUUCUCUGAAGUCUCUCAGCCCCACUCACCUCACAGAGUGUUUGUUGUGGGGGAGGAAGGGAAAGGAGAAUGUGAGCCGCUUUGAGACUCCUUUGGGUAGUGAUAAAGUGGGAUAUCAAAUCCAAACUCUUUACUCAGCAGUGUGCAUUCCCCUUUACACAGCAGAAAACUAGUUGCAAACUCAUGUGAGUUUCUUAAGACAAUACGCAAUUCAAUCUGGCUUGUCCAGACUGAAAUGUGUUCUAAUAUUUUCCUGGUAAGACCCCUUGAAUCCCUCCUAAAAUAAUAAAGACACCCCAGUCUUAUUCAUAAACAGUAAAAAGUAAGUUUACUCACGAUCAGGCAGAGCACAGCCUUUAGGCUUAAAUUUACAAACAUGUACAAACAGGUUUACCCCAUAUGGGAGAUAACCUGGGGGACUGCUUGGCUGGCAGCCAGCAGUUCAUUCCAGGAAGUUGACAGGAUGAAAGGAAGAUGGAAAAAGAGAGAGUGGCAGCAUGCCUUGUCCUUUUACCAGGUCUGGCAAGGUCACACCCACCCACUGGUCACAUGCAAGGAAGGAUGCUCCAGGCCAGGAGGAACAGGAAGUUUCGACUGGCUGAACCAAACAUUCCCUUGCAUGUCCACUCUAGCAAAACAAGGAAUGUUGUAUUUGACUGCUCCCAGUGGAUUCCAUCCCACUGUUCUGGUGUACGAUGAUGAUAUAAUCACUAUUAGGCCUAGGAGUCCAAUCUGAACUCAGUCUGGAGUUUGGAUGAACUUCCCACGCAUCUGGGAAAUUAGUCAUUUCUGAAAAUAAUUUCUAGGAUGGGCUGGAGGGAUUUGUCCCUUCCCUGAUGAAGCAUGGGUCUCAGGGGGACUGAUAGAUUCAAGAGCCUUGUUUGGGGAAAAUUGGGAAGGGCCAGGGAAGUUUGUGUAAAUAAAUUAACUGCAUUCAGCAGGUCUGAAGGUGCUUGUGAGUGAUGAGAGUGGUCCAUGAAGAUGUGGCUGGGGGGCCGAAGUCCAGCAUCUGAAUGAGACAUCCACAAGGCUUUGGCCUGGUGUGGUUGGACUCCCUCCCCCCAAAAAAACUCUGGGAAUCACAGAAACUUGUGGCUCAUUAACAUUAGGUAUAGGGCAGGAAAUUGCUACACGGCUGUGGCUGCGGAGAGCUCAGCGCAGCUUUCUGCUGACGUCAAACGGAACUGAAAUCUUUAAGGUAUUACACAUUUAAGAAAGCUGCCCUGGGGGGCUUAUUGCAGGGAAGCCACACAAAUAGUUGUGAGUGUUAACGAAGAUCCUGCCAAGAUUUUGUUGCAGGGUUCAGCCAACGAGAUGCUGUAAUUCUUGGAGGCCUUCUGCGGAGAAAUUGGGUGGAGGGGCUAAAGGGAAAGGCAGAAUAAAGCUGUCCUGAAGAGGUUUUCUAUUGCAUUACAUACACAUUAAUUUUGUUCAACAGCCAUUCCCUCACCUGGAGAAUCAGGGGACUAUAGCGGGAGAGAAUUAUUAUUAUUAUGAUUUAUUGAAUUUAAAUACCACCCUAUACCCAGAGGUCUCAGGGCCGUUCACAGAACAAAAUCAAAAUAUAAAACCACAAAAUAUAUAAUUAAACUAAAAACAACAACCCAUUACUCCCCUUCCACCACCACCCCAUUUUAAAGGAGCAUAGGAUGUCAAUCAAAUCAGCCAAGAGCAUGGCAAGGCUCUCAAAUGGAGGACAUACUACGGUUCCCAGGAUUUUGGGAGGCAGUGGGAGAGCCAUGACAGCUUAAUUGCUAUAAAAUUGAUAUACAUUUCAAGCGUAGAUAACCCCGCUGUGUACUUUGAAUUACUCUUGUCUUCUUUCUUUCGCCACAAUUUUCAGCGUCAUAGUUAGCCUUGUACAGAACCAGCAGGGGGCUCUGUGAUUAUUCUCAAUUCACCCAGAUUUUUUUUUUUUAACUACUAUUAUAUGUUUCUCACCAUCGCCAUACAGUGUGUGUAUCAGGGUAUGUAAAAUGAGAGUCAUCAUAGUGAUCCAUAGUCAAAAGCAGAAGUUGGCAGAUGUGUCCUCCUUUUUGCUCUUCAAAAUAUGGCAACCCUAGUAUGCAUGUGUGUACAUACAUGUACACACACACACACUCUCAUUGUAAUUAGGUAUAUAUGUCUUUCCUUUCUGGAUACAAAUCUUCACAAGGCAGUUUACAAGUAACAUGAAAGAUACAUAAAUAGAACGCCAAGUAAAGGUAAAGGGACCCCUGACCAUUAGGUCCAGUUGUGACCUACUCUGGGGUUGUGGCGCCCACCUCGCUUUAUUGGCCGAGGGAGCCGGCGUACAGCUUCCGGGUCAUGUGGCCAGCAGGACUAAGCCACUUCUGGCGAACCAGAGCAGCGCACGGAAACGCCGUUUACCUUCCCGCCGGAGCGGUACCUAUUUAUCUACUUGCACUUUGACGUGCUUCCAAACUGCUAGGUUGGCAGGAUAAGGGACUGAGCAACGGGAGCUCACCCCAUCGCGGGGAUUCGAACUGCUGACCUUCUGAUCGGCAAGUCCUAGGCUCUCUGUUUUAACCCACAGUGCCAACUGCAUCCCUAGAACGCCAGUAAACAUUAUCAAAAAAGUGAUCAGAAAUAUUGUUGUGUGGACAGCAGAAAGGGAUGUGCAGUCACCCUCUCUACCUUCUCACUGCUUGUGGUUCCCAGUUUUCAACCCAUGAUUUGCAAAAGCAUAGCAAAGCUUUGGAUUAAUUAAAAAUAAAUAAAACACAGUAACAUAAAGGCAGGAUGUUAACAUAUAACACCAGUCCUGAAAGACCUACAUUGGCUCCCAGUAUGUUUCCAAGCACAAUUCAAAGUGUUGGUGCUGACCUUUAAAGCCCUAAACGGCCUCGGCCCAGUAUUCCCGAAGGAGCGUCUCCACCCCCAUCGUUCAGCCCGGACACUGAGGUCCAGCGCCGAGGGCCUUCUGGCGGUUCCCUCACUGCGAGAAGCGAAGUUACAGGGAACCAGGCAGAGGGCCUUCUCGGUGGUGGCGCCCACCUUGUGGAACGCUCUCCCAUCAGAUGUCAAGGAAAUAAACAACUAUCUGACUUUUAGAAGACAUCUGAAGGCAGCCCUGUUUAGGGAAGUUUUUAAUGUUUGAUGUUUUAUCGUGUUUUUAAUAUUCUGUUGGAAGCUGCCCAGAGUGGCUGGGGAAACCCAGCCAGAUGGGUGGGGUAUAAAUAAUAAAUUUUUAUUAUUAUUACUAAAGUUUCAACACUAAAGCAGUUUUUCAACAACCAAAAUGCUGGCUAUUAAAAUCUCUAGUGUUUGAUCAGCUAAGUUACCUCACGGGGGUUGUUGUUGUGAGGGUAAAAUGGGGUUGUGGAGAGCCGUGGGUGCCUCCUUAAUCACCACAAAGGAAAAGUGGCAAUAAAUAUCCAUAAUUACAAGGGCAAAAACUAUUAUUAUUAUUAUUAUUAUUUGAACCAAGCAAGCUCGGAAUCUGGGGAUUGCGUCUCAUCCGAGGGGGAUCAACAGCUAUACUUCCCCACUCUGGGGGUGCACCCAUGACUUUUGCCUCCCGUCACAAACUUUCUUUUGUUCAAAACUCCUCCAGGGCUGAAAAACGAGUAGCAAACAAUAAAAAAGGAUUACAAUAUUGGUAUCCUCUUUCAUCACGCCUUUCCUUUUAGAAACUGUGUCUCUCCCCCACACUUUAUCCUGGGAUAAUUGAGGCCUUCUCUCCCCUGCAGUCUCCAGGUUUUGUUUCUUUUUAUUAGCUACUGCAGCGUUCACACGGUGUAACGUUGCCAUUAAAAGCAUAGUUUGCUGUCCAUUUAGAAACCUAUGGGGCAGGCUCCAACACCGAGUUAGGCGUGCCGGUUUCCCAUUGGUGUCAACGGGCUUAAGCAUGCUUAACUGCGCACUGGAUUAAAGCCAUGGUUUUUAUUUGCUCAUAAAUUCUACCAACCCUCAACCCUCCCCCUUUUUUCUGGGUAGAACCCUGCACAAGCCUAUAAAACCCGGCUGAAUUAAUUGGUGGCUUGGGAACACCAACCGAAAUGUACUACUCCACAAAACAAACUUAACCUAGUGUGGUGUAGUGGUUUGCUGGGGUGCUUGACCUGGAGGGAGGGAGAGAUGGAGGGAGAGAGAACAAGAGAGAACCAGAGGUUCAGAUUUCUCUUCUAGCAUAUUACUAGAGAUAAUGCCACAGCUUGGCUGGAUUUAAUAUGCUAGGGGAGAAAUUUGAACCCAGGUUCUCAUUAAAUGAGUAGUUACAAAAUAAUGAGGCACUAGGUAGCCAGUGUGAACUACAGGCUACAGUUGGUGAGUAAUCAACAUGGCACAAGCUAAGUAAGGCAAUAAUUCUACAAAAUGCAUUCAAUAUGCCUUGAAUAUUUCAUACCCUAAUCAUCAUCAUCAUCACCAUCACCAUCAGGGCUUUUUUUCUGGGGGGACGCACGCAUACCCCUAAACAUUUUGUGAAUCUAAGUUCGGCCUCAUUGAGGGGUGGUGAUGUUGGGAAAGAUGGAGGGCACAAGGAGAAGGGGACGGCAGAGGGCGAGAUGGUGGGACAGUGUUCUCGAAGCUACCAGCAUGAGUUUGACCAAACUGCGGGAGGCAGUGGAAGACAGGAGUGCCUGGCGUGCUCUGGUCCAGGGGGUCACGAAGAGGCGGACACCACUAAACGACUAAACAACAACAAUUUCAAUAUGAGUAGGGAAAUGAGAGUACCCCUAAACAUUGUUUUAUAGAAAAAAAGCACUGAUAACAAUUAUAACAAAAAUACCCCCCUUUUUUGCCUGUGUCUUGAGAAACAGAAAUGGAGUUUGCUUUUGUUUUGGGGAUUUUUACACCCCUCAUUUGCUCCGAUGCAUUUUGUUUAAUGUCUUUAGAGAGAUGAAUGUAAAGACCAGAAGAAAUAAGGCUAUGAAUCCUUACAGAGAGUUGUCAUUCAUCUAUCUGGUUUUAAAAUACAGUUGUUAGGGUGCUCUUUUCUAGCCCCUUCCCUAACGAUGUUCAUCUUCUAACCUCACUCCUGCUCAGCUCCCCUAAUUUGCUCCACCUCACUGUUGCCUCUGUUGCCAUUCCCUCAUUAGGGAUACUUUGCAAAUAAAAGCAGAAAAAUAUUACACCAGCUUACUUUUCUGUAUUAGUGAUUAAAAAUACAGCCGUUCUCUAUCCUUGACUUUGCUUCUGUAAGAACCAUCCCAUAGCUUAAGUUGAAUACUGGAUAUUGUGAUUAUUCAAAUGGUAUUGUAAGUGUUAAGCUGAAAGGGACAAAGCGUAUGUGUGUUUUACCAAAGUGUAUUCUUAAUUUCAUAUAAAACCCCAAAUUUAUUUGGAAAACACUCUGUGACAUAUGCCAAAACAAAACAAAUCCUCCCCAACUUUCACAACAAAUCUUUGACAGAUUGCUCUCAUGGCCACUUUGCCUGGGAGAGAUGCUACUUUCCAUCAGAGAAGGUUUGGCGUUCUCAAAUUAGAAGCGAAACUUUUAGAUAUGCAGUUGCUUUCUGACAACUGAGAUUGGCGGUGUACACUGGGGGUGGGGAAAGCUUUUCAGAUCAGCUAGGUGGGGUGGAAAAUGUAGCAAGAUAUUCCAGAUGCCAAGGAACGGGCUUCUUGCAAGAACACUCAGAAGACAGCAAAAACACUGUAUGCUAGCAGAUGCCGUGGGGGAAGGCGGGCCAUAUGGAAAGAGUUACUGAAACAAAGAGAUACGUGGAACAUCUUUUCCCAUUUUGGGGGAACAAUGGGGUCAUUUAAUAUAUUACCUAUUAAUAAAAUGUAAUGGCACUAAAAAAACCCCUAAAAACCCAAAAGAAAAUCAAACAAGAGACAGUAAAGUCUGAAGACCUAUUAAAGAGGUUUGGUUUUUAAAAAUGAAAUGGAGCCUAUACAGUUUCCCUCUUUCUCCUUCCAGUCCAUCAUUAACGACAGAAAGAAAAAUGAGAGUUUGUGAUUGAACAGACAACAUUAGUCCGCAAUAGGACUGGGGGGAGGGCAGAGAAUAGGAAACCUGAGCUGACAGGCAGGCAGUCCGCUUGGACCAGGUCAUGCAUAAGAGCUUCAGUUUUGGUUAGGAAUUCAAAUCUGCAACCAUUUCAUCAAAGUCUGAUAUCCUCUUGUGAAACUCGUUCUCCAUGCAGUAGCAGCCCAUUUGGCAGGGUAGAGCCAUGGAGCCAUCUUCCUGAGACCGGUGCCCCUGGAGCUUGCCAAGGUGGGGCAGCAGUGAGGUCUGGGAUGAGUGAAAGCACCCAGUUGGUUCUGCUGGUGCAUCUGUUGUUGUUGUUUAGUCGUUUAGUCGUGUCCACCUCUUCGUGACCCCCUGGACCAGAGCAGGCCAGGCACUCCUGUCUUCCACCGCCUCCCACAGUUUGGUCAAACUCAUGCUGGUAGCUUCGAGAACACUGUCCCACCAUCUCGUCCUCCGUUGUCCCCUUCUCCUUGCGCCCUCCAUCUUUCCCAACAUCAGGGUCUUUUCCAGGGAGUCUUCUCUUCUCAUGAGGUGGCCAAAGUCUUGGAGCCUCAGCUUCACGAUCUGUCCUUCCAGUGAGCACUCAGGGCUGAUUUCCUUGAGAAUGGAGAGGUUUGAUCUUUUUGUAGUCCAUGGGACUCUCAAGAGUCUCCUCCAGCACCAGAAUUCAAAAGCAUCAAUUCUUUAGUGAUCAGCCUUCUUUAUGGUCCAGCUCUCACUUCAAUACAUCACUACUGGGAAAACCAGAGCUUUAACUAUACGUACCUGGUGCAUCUACUCAGCCCCAAAUGUGCCCUUGCCCUGCCCCAUACCACCACAAGGUCCACCACUGCUUGAGAGUAACUAAGGUCCAUGAAAACAUGGGUACCUGAGGUUAACUUUAAAGUACCCUUGGUGGUAGGGUCUGAAGUGAGUUGUCAAAAAGAAGAGCAUUGCUGGAUCAGGCCAAUCUAGUCCAGCAUCCUGUUCUCCCAGUGGACAACAAGAUGCUCACAAAUAGGUUCUGAGCACAACUGAAAAUCCCUUUCUGGAAUUUCCAGAAACAUUACUGUCUCCAACAGAGGAGACGUUUCAGUCCAACAUUCCCCGACCUUGUGCUCUUGUCCAAAUGUUUUCUUGGACUACAUUAUAUCUGUAUGCUUAUUCCCUUGCUAUAGUUAAGGUUUGGAAAUCUGAAGUAAGCCCCUGCCCUGGAUCUGGAGCAAAGUGGAGCUUGUUUUAAGUGAUCCAAAGCGAAGAGGCUCCUUAUCCGAAGAAGGUUCUUAAGCCAUAUUUCCCCCACACUGCUAAUAAACAUUAUUUCUGGUUUUCAAAUGUGUGAAGCAGCUCUUUUUAAAGUUUAUUUCUGGACUGAGUUAGCGUUAACAAUGCAAGUUCACAUUGUUUUGUCAACUUGAGCCUUGUGCGACUCCUGUGGAUUUCACAUGAACCAGAAAGGUUUGGGGGGUUUUUGUGGUUGUAUAGCCUGUGCUGUUGUGAGACUGCAAGGUGGAAACAUCUUCUGUUCUUACACUCAGCAGCUUAGCAGCUAAUAAACACUGUACAGCAACUUCUCAUCUCUCAAACUUGCUAUUACAAUACAGAGUUUUGCCAGGCGCUAUAUAUUUUAAACAUCCACACUUCCGGGGUGACUUUGGAAAGUCAACUGAGCAGUGGCAUGCAUGUUCAGGAAACCUUUUUAGCUGCAGCAACACAAGCUCCCUUAAGAGUCUCUAGGGACCUGAGGGCUACAGAAAUGGAACAUGAGCAGGUUCUCAAAUUUAAUGAGCCAUAAGAAAGCCAGUGAUAGGAAAUAAAACAAAAGAGGGAAGAGCGAGUAAUGGAGGAAGGUUAACUGGUCUCCCCUGAUUCCUCCUCACUUCUCUUGCUGUUUCUUUCCCCAGUCCUCCUCUAGCUUUGCGGACAAUAAUGAAAGCUGUUAAGCCAACUCCGAGUUUGGACCCCAGCUCUGCUACAGGCCUUGAAUGUGGCCUCUGGCUCAUCACCUUCUGCCUCACUUUCUGCAUGGGCUGUUUCAUUUUUAUUUAUUCAUGUCCCUUCCAGAGGUUUUCCCAGUUCAGAGUCUGAGGCACAGCUUGGAAAGAUCAGUUUUUCUGAUCAAAGAGGCAGUGCCAAAUUAAUCACUAAAGCCGCUUCUCACAAAGGAGUGGAUGAUUUAGAAGCCAACAGGAAAAUAUGAAGGGGAAAACCUCUAUCGUUAAAAACAUGGGUGAUAUUAAAAAUAAAAUAAAAAAGCACAGGUGUGCAGAACGUAGCAAUUCAGAAAGUUUCUGUUGACAGAGAGAACAAUAAAGCUGAAAUAAUCUCAUUUAUUAAAGUGGCUAUACCUACUCACUGACAUUUCUCUCUCUUGUCUCUCUCCCUCUGUUUUCAUUUCACAGAACUGGCCUGGAGGCCAUUAUGGAAACAUAUGCAUUCUGGAGGCCUCCCGUGCGCACGCUCACCUUUGAAGAUUUCACCACCAUGCAAAAACAGCAAGGUGAGCCAUUUUAUAAUGGGCACCAGAAUGGUGGCAAUGAAGCAACUGCAGAGCCGCUCUAAUGGGCAUAUGGUAUCCAGCUGAAUCCCUGAUAGUCCUGGGACUCUUGACAGCCGUGCAGAGAUAUAAACCAGAAAAAGUUCAGCUACUAGUUUCAGAAACAGAGGAGGUUUCAUAACAGGGGCACUUUAUAGCCAUUGCAAAGCCCUCUGUAUGGGUAGUUCAUAUUUGGACUAACACCCCUACUGUAUGGGAGAGAGCAGCACAUGUGCUUUGAGUUUGGAAGAUCCCGAGCUGAACCUCCCACUAAAGCAAGAUUUCAAAUGAAAGGCCUAGGAAAGGCCUCUUUGCCUGAAAACCUGGGAAAACUGCAGCCAGUUGGAGUAGGACAGGGCUGGGGGAACCUGGAUCUCUCCAGAUGUUGUUGGACGCCAACAACGCUUUGUUGUUGACGUCCAUCUGUCUUGAGAGAUAAUGGAGUGCUCCUCAAAGGGUGAAGACAAAUUGAAGUGGCCUCUCCAGGGCGCAAGCCUGGGCAGUGUGUAUGGGCUGCCCAGGUGACAAGACCUCCCUCUCAGCCUCACUGAUGUCCAAAGGUAAGCAGAGCAAUGAGUUUGGCACCAGCUUGGCUGCAGGAGUUGCUGGAAGGAGGUGUACAAGUUGCCUUCCAGCCAUCCCAGGGACUCCACUCUGGAUUUGUCUAGGGUUUACUCCUAAGCCUUUUCCUCUGAAGAUAUCCCACAAGGUAGCAGAGGUUCAGGGUCCUUUUUCUCGAUGGGCUACCUUCCCAGGUUGACGAGCCCCAUCUGCCCCCCAUUUCCCUCUACAACACGUGCAGAAACUGCCUUCUUGACCAUUGGGCCCACUAUUGGUUUUGUCCGCUCAAUCCGUCAGAGCCCGUCUUCACAUGCAGGGGGAAGUCCCUAACUCGCUGAGGGGUUGAGCUCCAUUGGCUACCCUCACCUGGUUUAUCCGGCCAGUCGAAGCCGUUUCCUGGGGUGUGGCCCCUUUCACAUGCCAACAGCUUUUAGGAGCCACAGGUGAGAGCUGAGUGCAGGUAGGGAGCAAAGGUGGGCUCCCAGAAAGAGCAUGACGUGUCCCCCGUCAGAUACUACCACUCCCCUAGCACCCCAUACAUGGGAGUUGUAGCAUGACAAUAUCUGGAGGGCCAUAGGUUCCCUAUCCCUGGAACAGACAAUGCUAGGCUGCAGAAACCCAUGGUCUGAAUCAAUAUACGGUUUCUUCCUGAUAGAGAAAGAGGAUGUCUACUUAAAUGGACUUACAAUGAAAGGUGUCUGGUCAACGUAAUGGUGGUGGUGGGAACGUCAAUGCAUUUUCAGUUCAGCACUGGGUUUCCUUGUACGUAUGUGGCUGACUUCUUGCUCUCUUCUCCCUUCCUCAUUUCUUCCCUUGUUCAUCUGCCAGUUGAGACAAAGCUCCUCAUUUGUAAGUUUACUGUUCCCGCACUGCUUCCCUGCUGCUUUUUCCAUCUCCUUGUCCCUGCCAAGGAACAUGGAGCCCUGAUAGACGAUCCCUGCCUUUAGCAAAGGCCAGGGCUGAAAUAAACCUCCGCUGUUAUUUUUUCCUGGGAAAAGUGGCAACAUUUCCAGUGUGCUUGUCACAAUAUCCCCACUGUGGUUUGCAUUCUCCCAGGCAACUAUGCCCAAGGGUGGUCUUUUGAGGGAUCACCAGGAGGUUCUGCCCCAGAGCCAAGGAUUGCCUCCUGGGAGGUGACCAAGAAAGCAGGGAGGAGCUGUACUGCUUUGCUGCCUUCCCUUGUCAAUAAAUAUAAGGCAUAUUUAUGCCAUAAACUUCUGUCAGUUCCCUACCAGUCUAAUUAUCAUGGUUUCCCUUGAAGAAAUCCCAGAAAUGGCAGUUUGAUGUAGGUGUUAAGAAUUCUCUAGAAGAGAGCCAUGGCUCCUUGUAUGGAACUAGACCUCUCAGAGUUUGUUUAGAUAAAAGAUUAUGCCCUCACAAUCACACAAAAACCGUUAGCAAAAAAACAAAAUGAAAGAUAAAACCAAUAAGCAGCAUAAACAUCAGCAACCAAAGUCGAACAGUGGCAGUAAACCUAAUGGAAACCAUGCUUUUAAAAAAACAACAACCCGCUCUCUUGUGCUAAAUUUCAUUGGAAGAAUUUACUGGGAGAGAAGGAAUGGCUAUUAAACAAGUUGGAACUCCCUGCCUAUUGAUAACAAGCAGGCACCUUCACUGUACGCAUUUUUGGCACCUGCUAAAAACAUUAUUGUUUAGGCAAGCCUACCCAGGUGCUUAAAAAGUUGAGGUAAUUUUAAUCUCUUUAAGUAUUUUUUUUAAAACUUUUGUGUGUUUUAAAGUACCCUUGUAAAUUGUUAUUGAUUUUCUUGUUUUAUCUUUUUGUAAACUGCUUUGAAUUAUUAUUUUUUUAAAAAAAUAAUAAAGCGGUGUAUAAAUUUUAUGAAAUGAAUAAGUAGAAUAGCUAGCCCCCCGCUUCAUCCAUAGUGAUUGAACUGUGAGGGUUGGGUGGGCAAAGGGGACCAUUACAUUUUGUGACCUCUUCUUAGCUCCCGUGUUCGAAGGCUAUUGGGGGCUGAGGGUGAUUCACAAUUUGGAUAAAAUUGGGAGGAGUCGGCAAGUGUUUCUGAGGUACAUUAAGUCCCAUGGCCCCCACUGUUCUGAUAUAAUUUAACUACUGCUUCCUCAGUCCACAGUUUAUUUAAAUGUAUGACGAGGAAGCUUCUGUAUCAUUCCAUUUUGUCAGAUUUGUGACCUAUCCAGUGCUCCCCCCCCAAAAAAAUGUUUAGGGGUACUCUCAUUUUGACCCAAGAAAACCUCCAUUUUAUCGUUCAAAUCGGGGAAAAUAAAUACAGUAAAUGGACAAAAGUGCAAAGAUUCACAAAAUGUUUAGGGGUAGGCGUCCCCCUGCACCCCCCCCCCCCCAGAAAAAAAGCACUGCACCUAUCCAAAUUUCAGAGGUAUUUCCUGGGUGCUGCUGAAAAUUCUCUCUCACCCAGUCCAAAGCUCUUUCAAGAAUUUAACACCAAACCCAAAAACAUACAAUCUCUGUUGCUUAUUGUGUUCCAUUAAUGCUACAUACAAAGACCUCAGGGACCAUGACUUUUAGUGAUUUGCCCCUGUUAUGUACUGAGCUGAAUCCUAGAACAAUAGGAUCCAGAAUGCAGCAGUCUGAUUGGUCUGCAGGAGCCACCCAAUCCAGCUCCAGGUGGAAGUGAAUCAGCAACCUGAUUGGCCUGCAGGAGCAGCCCGUAAUUAGCCAAUCACGCGGGGCCCAUUGGGUUAAUAAUGUAUAUAUAGCAGACGUUUUGGGGAAAGUUUCAUUCAUUGCUACUAUGAGCUGAAUAAAGAGCAUGAAAUUCAAACUCAACUCUGAGUAUAUUUCAGCCGCCUAGGACUGGAAUAUCUGUUAUGGUCUGUUUGAUUGAUAGUAAAGGUAAAAGGACCCCUGACCAUUAGGUCCAGUCGUGGCUGACUCUGGGGUUGCUGCGCUCAUCUCGCUUUAUUGGCCGAGGGAGCCGGCGUACAGCUUCCAGGUCAUGUGGCCAGCAUGACUAAGCCGCUUCUGGCAAACCAGAGCAGCGCACGGAAACGCCGUUUACCUUCCCGCCAGAGCGGUACCUAUUUAUCUACUUGCACUUUGACGUGCUUUCGAACUGCUAGGUUGGCAGGAGCAGGGACCGAGCAACGGGAGCUCACCCCAACACUGGGAUUUGAACCGCCGACCUUCUGAUCAGUAAGCCCUAGGUUCUGUGGUUUAACCCACAGCACUAUCCGUGUCCCUUGCCUGUUUGUUUGAUACCCUUGGUCAAAACGUUGUAAGUAAAUAGUACUUUCUACAACUUACAUGUAUGGCCAGGCUAAUAGCAGUCUUUUUUCUCUCUCCUUUUUCUAGAGGGGUGGUGGUGUCAAUAUAGAACUUUAUAAUGGCAUGGAAGUAAAAAGUUGACACCCCUCCUCAAUAUAUUUGCUCUGAUCCAAUUCAGAAUGUCCCAUAGCUGUUUUUAAAAUAAAAUGUUGGGAGAUCAGAUCACACAUCUCUCAUGUAGCUACUAUAAGACUGUGAAAGGUAGCCCUGUGCCUAAAGGCUUUGACUCAGAGCCUGGGGCAUGUUUUAGCCGCACAUUUGCUUGUGAGCAUCCUUGGAUUAUCAGGCCAAGUGUGGCAUUUUCUGCUCCAGUGAUUCGAUGGACCACCAGGCCUUGAAUCCAUAGCUGCACUGAUAACCUUCUGCCCCAGUGGCUAUCAAAUGACAUGUUCAUAUCAGCCACAGCAACUGCUGACACAGUCAAGUAAUAUAAGGAAAGGAAAAUAUUUCAUGUAUUUUUAGCUUCUUUAAAUGCAAUUUGGCAGCUGAAAAACCAGGAAGCAAGCCAAGACCAUGUGACCGGUGAGCUCCCUGCAGACUUACUACCAACUGUUGCCUUGGCUGCUCAUUCAGGAUGGCAUCAACUAAAAUUUGUCCCUAGUUCAGGACCCAUUUGCCAAAGUCAUAAAUGACUUUACACCUACAGCUUUUAUGGUCUUCAUUUUGUGUGCAGCUUUCUGAAGAGACCCUCAAGGAUAGCUAAGCUCAAGCAAAAUGGGGAGUUUUAAAGGCAUAAGGAUUUGACACCCUGGAAGAGAUGGGCGGCUUUGCAUUUUUCCAGCUAUGUAAAACAUUGAACCCAGUAGAACCAACAGCUAAGAGCAAUUUAAUAAUGCUGCCUAUGCUAGCCCAAGGGACGUGGGUGGUGCUGUGGGUUAAACCACAGAGCCUAGGACUUGCCGAUCAGAAGGUCGGCUGUUCGAAUCCCUGCGACGGGGUGAGCUCCCGUUGCUCGGUCCCAGCUCCUGCCAACCUAUCAGUUCGAAAGCACAUCGAAGUGCAAGUAGAUAAAUAGGUACCACUCCGGCGGGAAGGUAAACGGCGUUACCAUGCACUCUGGUUUCCGUCACAGUGUUCCAUUGCGCCAGAAGUGGUUUAGUCAUGCUGGCCACAUGACCCAGAAAGCUGUCUGUGGACAAACACCGGCUCCCUCGGCCUGAAAGCAAGAUGAGUGCCACAACCCCAUAGUCGCCUUUGACUGGACUUAACCAUCCAGAGGUCCUUUACCGUUUCCUUUACCUUAUGCAUCCUGCCAACCUAGCAGUUCAAAAGCACACCAAAGUGCAAGUAGAUAAAUAGGUACCGCUCUGGCGGGAAGGUAAACGGCGUUUCCGUGCGCUGCUCUGGUUCGCCAGAAGCGGCUUAGUCAUGCUGGCCACAUGACCUGGAAGCUGUACACCGGCUCCCUCGGCCAGUAAAGCAAGAUGAGUGCCGCAACCCCAGAGUUGGUCACGACUGGACCUAAUGGUCAGGGGUCCCUUUACCUUUACUAUGCUAGCCCACGUUGCUAGCCCUGGAAACAACCAUCGGAAUCUUAUAUGGAACCGACUGAAGACCUGUGGCCCAUUGCUAAACAACUAGAAUCAGGCUCAACACAAUGUUUGCCCCCUGGACUCCUGCUCAUGUGUGGAAGAUUAUGUUCUUUGUAACUAACUUCCUUACGAUUCAGCUGGACUUUUAUGACCACCGUGCAAAACAUGGACUCAGUGCUUUCUGAGUUGCUGACCAAGAGAGAUUCAGGGCUGAUCUGUGGACUCGUCAGCAUUUUACAGGCUCUUUGACAUAUAUAAAUUAUGAUUAUUAAUUACAUUUAUAUACCUCCCUUCACCCAAGGAUCACAGGGCAGUUUACAAUAUGAAAACACAAAAAUGCAUAACAUGGUAACAAACGAAAAAAAUAGCCCUCCCUCAGUUUAAAAGGCCAUUUAAAAAAAUAAAAUGUAUUUCAUUGGUUUUCAGUUACAAAUGGUUGUUUAAUCAGCCAAAGGCCUGGGAGAAGAGGAACAUUUUUGUCUGGUGCCCAAAUAUAUGUAAUGAAGGCACCAGGCGAGCCUUCCUGGGGAGAGCAUUCCACAAGCAGGGAACCACAGCAGAAAAGGCCCGAUCUCAUGUUGUCAUUCUCCAGACCUCCUGCAGAGGAGGCACACUUAAGGCCUGGGGUGAUGAUCACAGGGUCCAGGUCAGCAUAUGGGGAGAGGUUGUCCAAAGUAAUCCCUACAAAUAGCUUGUAAAUAAUUGUUGUUUUCCAUUUAUGUCACUUUCCUUUAGGAGAAUUAGGUGAGAAAGUCAAAACUGAUUUCAAUAAACAAAAACAAGCAAGCUGUUUCGAAAAAAAAAAAAUUAAAUUAAUGAGAUUAACACAAUAUUCCUUCCUUCCUUCCUUCCUUCCUUCCUUCCUUCCUUCCUUCCUCUGUGCUUUUUACAUAACUGAAAGUCCCAGCCCACAAAUAUCUCAGUCAUUAUAAAUGUUUUGUAGUUGGCUUCUUUCUUUCUAGAGGGGCUUAGGAGGACAUUAGCAGGAUUAUGCCGUGUGAGAAGUGUGAGAAGCACAGCCCAGACGACAGAUUUCGGCACGUCCAUUUCACUAAGAAAUUCUCCUGCGCAAGCCUUUAUUUAUUUAUUAUUGUCUAUAUUUUUCUCAUCUUCUAGAAGUGCUCAGAGUGGCAGACAAAGUAAUUGUAAGAUUCAGCAAACAGUUUCUUGAAACAGUAAGAAACACAACUGCCACUUUAAAAGCAACAACUGUGAAACCCCUAAAGCCUAUUACUGUAGCAGCAAAGCGUAAGAAGUGAUACGUAUUAAAACUGGCUACAGUAAAGCUAUUUGUGUUACACAUUAGAAAGUCCCUUUGGUGGAAGAGACUCCAGGAUCAGUUCUAGGAGGACCCCAAAACGCCACUGCUGUUCCUUCACAGGGAGUGCUGCUCCUGUCCAUCCAUGUGUUUGUUUUUUUUGUUGUUUAGUCAUCUAGUCGUGUCCGACUCUUCGUGACCCCAUGGACCAGAGCACGCCAGGCACUCCUGUCUUCCACUACCUCCCGCAGUUUGGUCAAACUCAUGCUGGUAGCUUCGAGAACACUGUCCCACCAUCUCGUCCUCUGUCGUUCCCUUCUCCUUGGGCCCUCCAGGGAGUCUUCUCUUCUCCUGAGGUGGCCAAAGUAUUGGAGCCUCAGCUUCACGAUCUGUCCUUCCAGUGAGCACUCAGGGCUGAUUUCCUUAAGAAUGGAGAGGUUUGAUCUUCUUGCAGUCCAUGGGACUCUCAUGUUUUUGUAGUUACCUGCAAACACAGGUAACUACAAAAGGGCUGAAAAUUAAUGCUAGGCCUACUCAGAUUAUACCCACUGAAAUCAGUGACCAUGACUAAAUUAGGACUACUAAUUUCAAUAGGUUUUCUCUGAGUAAAAGUUAGCUCCACCCACAAUAAAUGUGUCCCCUUACUCAGAUCUGUUACUGGGGGUGGGGGGAGGGCUAAAAAUCUGAAAAUCUUCCCUGGUUAUAUUAACAGACAUUUUGAAAGGCAUCCUAAUAUCUCCUCUGAAGGCAAAAUGGGGAGAAAAUUUGGGCAGUGAUUUACCAAGGACAGAUGCCAGAAUAUAGGUUUUUCCUCAGGAUGAAUAAGAGUUGGACUGAAUGCAGGCUUAGUCCCAGUGCAUGGUCCUGGUGCCUAAAUUUUUGGGUGUCCAGCUCCUUCAUGGGAAAUUUUGUGGGUGCCUGGGCACCCAGGGCCCCAGGGAGUUGGCACCUAUGACCGAAUGCAUCUGUUGUGGCCCAUAUACUGUGGAACCAAAAGGGACGCGGGUGACGCUGUGGUCUAAACCACUGAGCCUCUUGGGCUUGCCGAUCAGCAGGUUGGCGGUGCAAAUCCCUGUGACAGAGUGAGCUCCCGUUGCUCUGUCCCAGCUCCUAUCAACCUAGCAGUUCGAAAGCAUGCCAGUGCAAGUAGAUAAAUAGGUACCACUGCGGCGGGAAGGUAAACGGCAUUUCUGUGCGCUCUGGUUUCCAUCACGGUGUUUUGUUGCGCCAGAAGCGGUUUAGUCAUGCUGGACACAUGACCUGGAAAGUUGUCUGUGGACAAAUGCCGGCUCCCUCAGCCUGAAAGCGAGAUGAGCCCCACAACCCCAUAGUCGCCUUUGACUAGCCUUAACCAUCCAGGGGUCCUUUACCUUUACCUUGUACCUUACUGUGGAACCUCACCCUGCAGAGCACUGCAGAGGAUUCUGGACAUUCUUGGAUUUUCCAGAGCAAGGCCAAAAUUUCUUGGACCUCACAGUUUCUCUGUGUGAAAUAAGAAUGUGACUUAUGUAGAAUGUAUCUAAUAAACUCUAGUGGCUGCACACAGGAAGGGAAGCAUGAUAGUGGUGAGCAAGUGACCUGUGGGCAUAGCUUGUCUAUUAUUAUUUUUUAAAAUGAUUUUAUUGUUCACACUUUUUGAAACAAAGAGAUAAAUUUGGGACAACCAGGGAAUUUGAUAAUAGAUUAAAGGUCGUUGCAGAAGGGGACUAAAUCAGAACCAAGUAAUACUUAGUAUUUCUAAGCCCUAAGCACAACCAGAACCUUGUUUCUAAGAUGCCAGUUUGCCUACCCUAUGACUACAGGAGAGGACUAUUUUGCAGAGGGGUUCCAUUUCAGCCCCGUUCCACCCCCUGUUCUGCCCCCAUUCUGUCUUCUUCCAGGUCAAAAAGGACCUCCACGUUGGCGAUUGCUCAUCAGUUGGACGUGUCUAAAUAAUGCCGCCUGUACUAAAAUGGAUUGUAAAAUCAGCUCCUUGAUGAUAUUCUCAUUAUGGCAUCCCUAAAAACCUUCCAAGGAACGCUGAGGUUCCCUGAGCAAUGGUUUUAACUUGUGUAUAACAGCACAUCAUGUUCUGUGUGUGACUGCUUGUUUGAUUUUUAAAGGCUUGCUCAUCAAUAACAUUACUGAGCAAGCAAGUGGCAUUUUGCCAGACCAGGACAUCGCGUCUUUCUCCUAAGAAAGCUGUCAUCUCUCUGGCCGAAAGAGAUCAGGAAAAUGACAGGUGCAAAAGACCUUCUGUAGAAUCCUGUUUGUUUUACAGAAAAAGAAGCAUCUAGCUGGUUUAAACCAAUAACCAGGCUCUACCCAGCUUAAAAAAAAAAAGCAGCCAAAAUAAUAGAGAUACACUUCAAAACAUAAGGGCUCUGGAAGAGCAGAACUCUUUACGAAUGACGUCACCGACACUGAGCUUGGGACGAAGCAGGUUUGAGAUUAAUUAAAUGCACAUGGCAAUGAGAUGUUGUGGACUGGAGAGAGCCAAAAAACUAUUAAACACUUUAAAUGUUUUGGGGGUAUUUUUGAAACCAAGUUGAACCCGAUCCAGAUUCUCAUUAUUAAAAAUAUUUGGCUCUGCUUCUUGACUUUAAUGAAGAACAUUUAGGGAGGGAGAAGAGUUCCAGUAACUCUGUACUAUGUCAUUUUCCAAGAGUGCAGAAGCUGUUGCUGGCUCCUAGACACAAUUCCUUUUCUCAAACAACACAGAUAGGAGAUGCUAGCAAUGGCUCUAUGGGCAGAGGGUUUGCCAAAACUCAUUAGCCCCAGCCCCAGCCUUACAAAUUUAUAGCAACUAGUUUAGAAUCCUUCACUUUGAAGCACAAAUGAUUGAGAAUAAUUACUUGUUGUUGUUUAGUCAUUUAGUCGUGUCUGACUCUUGGUGACCCCAUGGACCAGAGCACGUCAGGCACUCCUGUCUUCCACUGCCUCCUGUAGUUUGGUCAGACUCAUGCUGGUAGCUUGGAGAACACUGUCCAACCAUCUCGUCCUCUGUUGUCCCCUUCUCCUUGCGCCCUCCAUCUUUCCCAACAUCAGGGUCUUUUCCAGGGAGUCUUCUCUUCUCAUGAGGUGGCCAAAGUCUUGGAGCCUCAGCUUCACGAUCUGUCCUUCCAGUGAGCGCUCAGGGCUGAUUUCCUUCAGAAUGGAUCGGUUUGAUCUUCUUGCAGUCCAUGGGACUCUCAAGAGUCUCCUCCAGCACCAGAAUUCAAAUAAUUACUAUCCUCAGGUAAUUCUCAGCUUGUGCCAAGCAGGUUUAGUUCUCCAGCGCUGUGUCAUCCAUGAGUGCAUUGAGCCCUUUUCACACUGCGAUGGGAGUAGGACCAAGACAUUGGGUAGUUUUGCCUCCAGCAGGGGAUCUUCAUAUGUCACAUUUGUAUCCUGCUCUUCCUCCAAGGAGCCCAAAUCAACGCACCUUAAGGCAUGCCCAAAUUUUAUUCUCAUAACAACCCUGGGUGGUAGUUCAGGCUGAGAAAACCAUGGCUGGCUCAAGUUUACAUUGUGGGCUUCAUGGACUUAGCAAUAAUGAUGAUGAUGAUAAUUUAUUAUUUAUACCCCACCCAUCUGGCUACGUUUCCCCAGCCACUCUGGGUAGCUCCCAACAGAAUAAUAAUAAUAAUAAUAAUAAUAAUAAUAAUAAUAAUAAAGCGAUAAAACAUCUAAAAACUUCCCUAAAUAGGGCUGCCUUCAGAUUACUUCUAAAAGUCAGAUAGUUAUUUCCUUGACAUCUGUUGAGAGGGCAUUCCACAGGGCGGGUGCCACUACCGAGAAGGCCCUCUGCCUGGUUCCCUGUAACUUCGCUUCUUGCAGUGAGGGGACCGCCAGAAGGCCCUUGGAGCUGGACCUCAGUGAAUGAUGGGGGUGGAGAUGCUCCUUCAGGUAUACUGGGUCGAGGUAUACUGGGCCGAGCAAGGACUUGGAGCCAAGUAUCUUUAGCCAAAGUCUAAUUCUUUUGCCCUUCUGACUCUCCAAAGCACAUUGCUGGCCUUCCUUCUGCACAUACAUAUGCCUGUCACAGUGAUGGGUAUUUCGCAAGUGUUUUAUAAUUCCCAGGUUAUAUGUGUAAUAGCUCCAAUUUGUGACCUUCUGUAAUCAUCUGGUGGAAAAUUCCAUGGACGGUGUGUACAGGAAAUGUGGGGGCUGAAUGCCAGCAAUUUCCAAAUCCAAUACUCAGCAUUCUGUGGAUAAUUGCUGGAGGAAUGUCAGCCUGAAGGGAACUGAUAAGCAUCAGCUACUGCUUUUGUGAACCUUGCUGAUUCCUCUGGUCACAUGGGGUUGCACCUGCUGGGUUUGAUGAGGUUAGAGGAAAAGGCAUGGAUGGUUGCAGUGUAAUUUCUUGCACUUCCACUGGUGUGCAGAAGGACAGGGGAAACUCUGUCUUUUGCUCUUCUUAGAGGUUCUCUAGCAUUGUCCAGAAUGGGACUCCCCAUUGUGAAGUUCCCUUUCCUGGAUCUCAGGCUUGACGUAGACAAUGAUCAGACACAGCAUCCUCCCUAGUGUACAUGCUUCUUUCUUUUGUACUUCUACUUUCCUUCUGCCAUAUAGAAUUUUCAUGUUUUGAAAUGUUAAAAAGCCAGCAGCCUAGUAGCCCUGAACCCCACAAACUCUUGUUUACACAGGCAACAGAGGUUUGAGUGUAUGCCCCAUGCAGUAGACCAUUCUGAAAAUGUUGGUUUCUUUCAGUUCCUCAUCUCACCCCCCCCCCAAUAUUAAGCUCGGUUUGCUACAUUUCCACAUCAGUUUGUGAUUUUUAUUUUUAUUUUUAAAAACAAGUCCUUGUGGAAAAACCAGUCGGCAUAUUAGUACGUAUUUCCCCAAAUAUACACAUUUUUCUAUGCAAUUUUGCACAAUACAAGCUAUUUUCCAUCAUCUGUUCAUUUUUGUAUGCAUUUUUUGGUUGGAAGACUGCAUCGCAAAAUUUGGAGAAGUGUGGAAGGAUGGCGGCAGGGCUAUUUUUCUAGAAAAAGAGGUGCCAGAACUCACCAUGAAUGCCUUCCUUGUUUUCUUACAAUGGCACCCAGCUGAGAGGUGCUGGAACUGAGUUGUGGCAAGUCCAGCUGAAAAAAGUCUUGGAUAGUUGUUUUUCAGUUCAAGUAUUGUUUUAGGUACUGUGAAUUACAUUGACUUACAUUAAAAUGUGAACAGAUUCAAGUUUCUCCUCCUUCCUUCACCAUGAAUAAUUCUUAGUCUUUCCUAUAACUUUCAGAAUACCUUGCUCACUGAAUAAAUGAUCUGUGGCCAACACUUCACAGAGCACCUUAGUAUGGAAUCAUUGUUUGAUGCUCCUGAACAGACAUGUCAUUUCCUAUUUUCAAUUUGCUUCUUCAGGGCUUAAUCGCGUGGUGUAGUGGUUAAGAGUGGCGGACUCGUAAUCUGGUGAACCGGGUUCGCUUCUCCGCUCCUCCACAUGCAGCUGCUGGGUGACCUUGGGCUAGUCACACUUCUUUGAAGUCUCUCAGCCCCACUCACCUCACAGAGUGUUUGUUGUGGGGGAGGAAGGGAAAGGAGAUUGUUAGCUGCUUUGAGACUCCUUCGGGUAGUGAUACAGCGGGAUAUCAAAUCCAAACUCCUCCUCCUCCUCCUCCUCUUCUUCUUCUUUAUUUUUGGCAGGUUAACAGGACAACAAGUCACAAGGUUCAGAAAUUCAGAGGUACUAGAAAUAUCUUAGGUGCAAGUGUUUUGAAUAGAAAGCUAGCUGGGUAUUGUAUGCAAGAUAAUAUACUGGAGACUUUAUUAGAGGCAGCAAACAUUUCACUUACCUCUGUGCAGUAAUCUGGUUCUCAUCCAUGUCUUUGAUCUGCCAGAGUCAUCUGCAAAAUAUUUUUAACAAACAUCAUUAUGAAGCCAAUUUCCCCCUGCCAUUAUGUCAAAAGCCAGAUACAACAUCAAUAUGCUGGGGGGGAAAUUGACAUGUCACUAACAAAACAUGUAGUAGAAUCCUAUCCGGGGCGUGCGGUGAAUAUUACAGUCAAAGACCAGCUCGAAAAGCACAACUGGGACAGCUUUCACAAGACAAAAAAUACAUGUAAAGCAGUGUACAACAACGGCUUAAAGAUGAAAAUCUAAGAUAAGCGCAUAUACACAUAAAGACCUAAAAAUUUGGGCUCCCAUACAAAUUGGCCCUGACACCCUGGAGGCCAAUUUCAACUGUUUUCCUAGCGAACUAAUUUGUUUCGGGGGUGGUCUGAGCCUGCAAAUCUGCGUGCAGAAUCUGGCGACCAUCCUGGUCGUCUUGUGGUCUUUGCCUAAGAGGAGAAAAUUGAGUUUAGACUUAUCCGGAAGGUCAGCAAGCCUCACCAGCUGGGGGUCAAUGGUAUCUCUGCGUGCCUUGUCAUAAAAGGGACAUCUAAAAAAGAAAUGUUUGGGGUCUCCUAUUUCCCCUAAUGGGCAGGCGCAAAGUCUCUGAGCAUACGGGACUUUCCCAAAUGCUCCUUCCAAAACCGGCGAGGGCAAGGCCCAGCUUCCGGCUAGAGUAAAGGUCCUUCUUAUGUUUCUUGAUACGAGAAAACAGAGGUAUGCUGCCAGGGCCACAACAUACCCCUCAUUUUCUACGAUUACAUAAUCAGGGGGCCUCAAGCAGUUCUGUUGUCUCUCUGAGUCCAUGAUUCUUUGCCUGACCACAGAUCUUGCUUGGCCCAGGCCGAGGCUUGAGGAGCAAAGCCCACUUUCUGGAGAGUAUUCAGAACUUCUGUCUGCCAGCCAGACUUGAACCCGUCACAUAGAAUCAGUGGGGCUAUUCCUCGGGGGAGCAGUUUCAGUGUCAGCUAUAUAUAGAUUGAUGUUAAACUAAUAUAAGUUUAUGCCUAAUGAAUUUGCAUUAUCUUCCCUUGUCAUCUCCCCCGUCCCUUUUCUUAUCUGCUGUAAAAUUAUUGUUUUACAAAAUUAGAAAUAAUGAACAUACAGAUAUGAAUGCUAUACAGGUCCACUGCAAAGUGGUCAGAAUCUGGGCUCCCUUCUGACGGAUUUACUCCCCCCCCUUGCAGAGGGCAGCUUCAAUAGAAACUCAACUUGGAAAUGCGAGAAUGCAUCGCAAAGCCUCCUUAUUGCAAUAAGCCAAUGGGGAACUGGUCAAAUGACAAGUUAUAUCAAUGUUCUUUUUUGAGGAAGUCAUAUGGGAUAACUAGAAGGAACGUGAAGACAGAUGUCACUUUAUAAGUGUGGUGGAAGUAGUUCAGAACACAUUAACUGUCUUCAUGGCAUUUGUUUUCACGGCAGCAAAGAUGUGUCCAAAAUUCCCAUCAUGCUUAAAAUACUACAUCUGUUUCCGCCCAUCUGCUUCAUUUUACAUCGAGGUCAGAAGUAGCGGGUUGAAGAAUUUGCCCAUUUGGUUUUCUCGUUCUCCCGUUUUUCUAAUCUUAAAUCCAGUUCUUCACAUUUCUGGAGCAAUUCAUGAAUUUUCCUUUUUACAUCCUUAUGAAAAUUCUCCAGCAUUUUAGUGUGAAUUUCUUCUAAUAAGCACAUUUUUGUAUGCAGUUUUGACUAAUGUAAAUAAUAAUAAUAAUAAUAAUAAUAAUAAUAAUUUAUUAUUUGUACCCCGCCCAUCCGGCUGGGCUUCCCCAGCCACUCUGGGCGGCUUCCAUAGAAACCAAAAAUACACUAAAAUAUCACACGUUAAAAACUUCCCUGAACAUGGCUGCCUUAAGAUGUCUUCUGAAUGUCAGGUAGUUGUUUAUUGCUUUGACAUCUGAUGGGAGGGCGUUCCACAGGGCGGGCGCCACUACCGAGUUCCUGGUUCCCUGUAGCUUUGCUUCUCGCAGUGAGGGAACCGCCAGAAGGCCCUCGGCACUGGACCUCAGCUUUCGGGCAGAACGAUGGGGGUGGAGACGCUCCUUCAGGUAUACUGGACUGAGGCUGUUUAGGGCUUUAAAGGUCAGCACCAACACUUUGAAUUGUGCUCGGAAACGUACUGGGAGUCAAUGUAGGUCUUUCAAGACCGGUGUUAUGUGGUAUCGGCAGCCGCCCCCAGUCACCAGUCUAGCUGCCGCAUUCUGGAUUAGUUGUAGUUUCCGAGUCACCUUCAAAGGUAGCCCCACGUAGAGCGCAUUGCAGUAGUCCAAGUGGGAGAUAACUAGAGCAUGCACCACUCUGGCGAGACAGUCUGCGGGCAGGUAGGGUCUCAGCCUGCGUACCAGGUGGAGUUGGUAGACAGCUGCCCUGGAUACAGAAUUGACCUGCGCCUCCAUGGACAGCUGUGAGUCCAAAAUGACUCCCAGGCUGCGCACCUGGUCCUUCAGGGGCAACAUUUUUACAAGCAGUUUCUCCUAAUAUAAUGCACUUUUGUGAGUGUUAUUUUAACUAAUAUAUGCAGGUAGAUGCACAUCUUAAUAUGUGCAUUACUGUAAACAAACUUUGGUUGGCAAACUGCAUAUCAAAUGUCAGAUAAGGGCGAAUUUCAUAGGAUGGCUGUGUCCUAGUUCUUGUACUGUUUCAUAAAGUGUAAAUUCAACUUUUGGUGACAGCAAAAUUGAUUUCUUGCUCAUCCCUAGCCAGAAGUGAGUGACAAGGAAGCAACCAUGGGUUCCAUUGUUAAUCAAAGGUGUUAUUCACUUGCAGAUAGCACAUAAUUGGCAAAGACCCCAGAGACUGUAAACAAAAGUAGGAUAGAACAGUGCCGGAUUUAUGUAUAAGCUAAACAAGCUAUAGCUUAGGGCACCACUCUCUUGGGGCCCCCCAAAAAAAUUACAGGGAAAAAAACUGGAUUACAUUUCCAAAAUAUAUAAAACCUACAUACAGCAACAGUGUUUUGUGUUGUGUAGGCUCCUAUGAUGUAAGUAAUGGGCCCGCCUGCUAGCCUGCUCCAUAAAAUAUCACUGGUUUGCUCACAUCUAUAUAUAGGGUGCCUACAUUCUGCAUGGACUGGUUGCAUAGCAACAAGUGCAAAUGGCUUUAGAUACCCAUGAGGUCCAUAAAUUGCCAUAUAGCAUAUAUUCAACACAAAAAACAGCUACAAUUUGUUGUUGACAAAGGAAAGCUGGACAUAUAAAGGGCCCCAUUGUCUUCAGUAGCUUAGGGCCUCAUCAAACCUGUCAGGUGCUGGCGUGGUUGCUCGAGAGCAAGACUCCAACCUGUCUUUCCCAGGGGAGGGGGAGGGAAGGAAGGAAGGGGAAUAAAAUAUCAGGCUAAUUGUUCAAAAUUCAGUUCAAAUUGAAAGCCAGGCGGAAUAGCUCUGUCUUACAGGCCCUGCGGAAGGAGGUUAAAUCCUGCAGGGCCCUGGUCUCAUGGUACAGAGCAUUCCACCAGGUUGGAGCCACCACUGAGAAGGCCCUGGCCCUGGUGGAGGAUAAUCUGACUUCCUUAGGGCCUGGGACCUCUAAACUAUGAUUAUUCAUGGACCUUAUUCAUGAUGUUGAUGCUUGGUGGUUGUUCUGCAUUCUGCCUCAGAAAUGUUUGUUGUCGCUUUUGUUUUCCAGGGGGCAGCACAGGAACUUCUCCCACCACAUCCAGCACAGGGACACCUUCCCCUUCUGCAUCCUCUCACCUUCUCUCUCCAUCAUGCUCGCCGCCGGCCUUCCACUUGGCUCCCAACUCUUUCAAUGUCGGCUGCCGGGAGAGUCAGCUGUGCAACCUAAACCUCUCUGAUUAUCCUCCAUGCGCAAGAAGCAACAUGGCCGCCCUGCAGAGCUACCCAGGGUUGGGCGACAGUGGAUACAACCGGCUGCAGAGUGGUGGUGCGUCUGCCACCCAGCCCUCUGAAAACUUCAUGCCUCAGCGGACUCCAUCUUUGAUCUCAGGGAUGCCAGCUCCUCCUUCGCUGCCCAGCAAUGGCAAGAUGGAAGCUUACGGUGGCCAGCUGGGGUCAUUCCCGACUUCGCAGUUCCAGUAUGUCAUGCAAGCUGGGAAUCCUGCCUCCACCUCAUCUUCCUCACAUAUGUUUAGCGGCGGCCACAUGCAACAGAGCUCCUACAACGCCUUUUCCCUUCACAACCCUUACAACUUGUAUGGAUACAAUUUCCCAGCUUCUCCGAGGUUGGCAGGAAGCCCCGAGAAACUGGCCAACACCCAAAGCACUUUACUCUGCUCUUCGCCUUCCAACGGGGCCUUUGGAGAGAGGCCAUAUCUGUCGACGGGAAUGGAUCAUGGGAUGCAUGUGAUCAGCCCUCCCGGCAACAGCCAACCCCCAGCCAAUGCUUGCGAUAAUAGACAAUACGGGGCUGUACCAGGGUCCUCUUCACAAAUGUCAGUGCACAUGGUUUAACUGGUGCUUAGAGUCACCAUCCUGGUCGACAGUGAGCGAGGAUCUCGUCAUUUCUAUGGGAGAUCUCAUCCCUGUUGCUUUUCAGCUUUUGAAAAAGGACUUGUUUGUGAACAAUGAAUGGAAACACAAGCCAUCCUUAGCUAAAUCCCAAAGAACCUGAUAGCAGCAGACUGGAAUCAAGACCGUCAUGCAACUGAGUAGCUUCUGUUUCUAAUGGAUUUUUAAAAAAUAAACAAAGAAAAUGGCAUUGUUUGCAGAAAACCUGGGGUGGGGUGGGGAGACCUAUAUAGUGUAUGCGUUAACUAUCUGAACUUGGUGCGAACUGUUCACAACAGAGGAAGUCCAGUGUGGGUGUGCUGUUCCUUCUGUUUCCCAGCUGCAAGCAACAAGACUUCGUUCCCUAGAUCUGCACUUCCAGUAAGAGGUCCUUGUUGUAACAUCACCAUCUUUCCCUAUCUUGUCGUCUACAGUCAUUAAGUUGAAUCUACGGCUUUCUCUCACCCACUGUAGGAAAAGAACAUUGUGUUUGAAGUGGGCAUUCUCUUCCUUGAGUAAUUAUUUUUUGGUGUUCUUGCUGUUGAGGGCCUUUCAAUCUCCCUAGACGACAAUAAUUUUCCUAACGAAAGCAUGCCAUCGAAAAGAGGGCGAGGGAGGAUUUAAACCAUUAAAAAGGGUUUUCUUUAACUUUGCACGGAAAGGCUUCUGUUAAACAUGGUUGGUAGCAAAAAAAGAGGAGGAUCUCUGCUGCACAGGAUUCCGUGUUGAAAAUGCUGUGUAAGGGGAAUCGGUGUUUACCGUAUUUUUCAGUGUAUAAGACAACCCCACGUAUAAGACGGCUCCUAUUUUUUUUAACCCAAAAUUAAGAAAUUAAGUUGUUUAGCUUUUUUGGGGGGGGGGUCACUUCUGCCAAUCACUCGCCUGCCUGCCACUGCCCAUUGCACACCUUGCCGCAGCCGCCAGUUGUCUGCCCUCUCACCACCACCACCAGUCCACCCACCCACUUGCCACGGCUGCCAAUCGCCGGCCCAAUUGCCACAGCCACAGCCAAUCGCCAGCAGGCCUUGCUGCAGCCAUCAAUCACCCACCCAAUCGCUGCUGCCAAUCUCCUACUUGCUGCUGCCAUUAAUCACACAUCCCCCCCUCUGCAUUCACUAUUUGUGUAUAAGACGACACCCAGUUUUUGCCUAUUUUUUAAGUCUUAUACACGGAAAAAUACGGUAAUUGUACGUACGUUCAGUGCCUUUGAGCUAUUGAUAGCCUAAGUAACAUUAGCAAAGCCAUAGCAAGGCAUGCUUAAAAUAUAUAUCACUCAGAGGAGUCAACUGGAAGGGAAGGAAGUCUCCAGACUGUGAUAAUGUCAAAUGACAAGUUCUGUAAGAGGCUAGGCCUGUUCUGUGAAAGUAUGCAGCCUAAGCCCAGGCAUCUUGCAUGUACCAGGGAAGUGGUGAAAGCUAGUUAUUAACAUCAGGGGAAAGUCUUCUUAUCCCCUGUCCAGCUUGCCAAUUGGACCAUCAAGUCAUGGCCAAUUUUCUUUCUUUCUAAAGUACUGUUCUCUUCUGGUUUUACUUUUCCUUCAGCUCUUUUAAAAGUAAGCAAACAAGUGAUGCUGAGCACGUGCUAAGAAGUUUGAAAGUCGUGUGGAAGUCCAAACGCCGAGCAACAGAAUACAGAAAUUGCAGUAUAGAGAUUUGUUUUGAUGUGUUGUAGAUAAAUGUAUUUAUGUCUCUAGCGUGUGGGGGAGGGAGGGGAAUCAAUAUUAUGAAUAUUAAAGAGGGUAAUAAAUGGGUAUGUAAAAUAUAUAUUAAGAAAGAAAAUGUAUAAAGAUUUGCCCUCUGCAGGGGACUCUCUUUGUAGGUGCCAAGCACAUAACUAAUGCAAAAUAAACCUUUGUUCCUUU